GCGCAGCAUAUUUUCCUAAGGCAGGCCCUUAUCUUUAGCACGGAAUGAGGAAGAGGCUGCGAAAAUUAUGAGCAAAGGUUAGCUCAACUCCCAUCAUUCUGGCUUUGCUCUCCCAAUAUUAAGACAGGAGAGCAAUGACUCCACAAAGAACGGAACUGCCCAUUUUAUAAAGAAAAACACAAGAGACAAAGGAAAAAAAACGUCAAAAAGAGAACUUCAACCCAAAGAGUGUACAAGUAAGUUAUCUUGAAUAUAGCUUUGUGAGUAAAUAGACUGUGUAUACACGCACUAGAGAGUGAAUUGUCAGGAGUUUAAAGUGAAUUCCAAUUUUAAAUUAACUUUCUGUUGUUUCACAGGGUUACUUACGAAAGUGAGAAUUCACAGUGAAUUUAAAUGGAAUUCCAAAUUAAAGCUAAGCUAUCUAUGUUUCUGACUACUCUGGUCUUAAAUUUGAAAUUCACUUUGAAUUCUCACUUAGUAAGUUAGUAACGAGUAACUAGUAAAUGACUCUGUUUGAAUUUUGUUUGAGAAUUCACAUUUGUGAGUGACCUCAGCCGUUUCAGUUACCAUUUCCGAACUGUGUAGGCUGUCUGUUCAAUAUAAUUACCUUUCAUUUAAUGUUUUAAAAAUAUUUUAGUAAUUUUAGGAUUUUUGAUCCAUUAUUACAUUGGAUUUUUUAAAGCAUUAUUCAGAAACAUAAUAACCGUUUUCGACCUAAUCCGAUAUUCUAAAUCAAUACAGAGUGUGUUGGAGGGUGAUUGAUUGGCAUUCCUGCUUGAUAUGGCUGAUAUAAACACACGUAAUGUUCACCAGUGUGGGAGAUUUUGUUUAUUCUCUGUGGCUAUUGUAUAGUGAACACAGCUUAGUAUUAUAUAUAUAUAUGGUAAUAUCAAAGGUUGCACUCACAGAUUCAUUAAAAAAUUAACUUUUACUGAAUCUUCCUUAAAAAAAAAUCGAUGUUUCAGUCCUACUUGAAGACUUUCAUAAGCAUUAUGUAAACAUAAUGGUUUACAUAAUGCUGAUGAAAGUCCUCAAGUAGGACUGAAACGUCGAUUUUUUAAGGAAGAUUCAAUAAAAGUAAAUUUUUUAAUGAAUCCGUGAGUGCAACCUUUGAUAUUACCAGUUGGAUACUUGGAGCCCUGGGAGUGCACCUGGUUUGGGAAUUGGAGUCUGAGUGCAAGGUACAGUGCUUUUUUUCUAUAUAUAUAUAUAUAUAUAUAUAUAUAUAUAUAUAUAUAUAUAUCCCAUUUAUUGCCAUUUUCUGUAGAAUUCUCUGCUCAGUUUCUGCACAUUGUUCUGCUCAUUUGCAGGUGAAGGAAUUUGUGAUAUUCCAUGUUACAUUCUUCGAAUCCUUGACAUAUAGAAUUAAGGGCUAGGCAGGUAAAUGCUGUCUACCGGCAAUUAUAAACCUAGGUACAGAGCCGGUUGCUCUGACAAUGCGGCCCCUAGGCAUUGCCCCUCAAAUAAACUAAAAAAUAUUAUUAUCUCUUGUGUUCCUACCGUCUAAUGGAAGAGGGAACUUAUCCCUGGUGAGCUCUGGACCAGUCCUAGAAUAGACCUCAAACCAUAUAGUCUCACCCUCUGAAUGCAUGUUCUUACAUAAAGGGUGCUGUGACAUGACACAUGAUUCUGAGGCCCUAGACAGAGCACUUACUGAGUUAUUAGGGAUCCAAAACAGAGGUCUGAGUCAUUGCAAGCACCAGCCUCAUCUUUUUUCCAGUUACUGAUUGGAAAUUUGGAACAUUGCAGUGCAGUUUGCACUUAGCACCUGGAAGGGAUAUAGCAAGGGUUAUCGUAUACACCAGGGACACAUAUCACGUAUACAUAUUGAUGGGCAGCACAUGAAAAGGGUUGCCCUGUAGUAUGUAGAAUUCAGAAGAAGGAGUAUAAGAUUAAGUAAUGAUGAAUCCUGCAGAAUUACAGAAUAUUACAGAAUUACCGAAUAUGCAUGCAGGGCAAACCCUAUAAAUAAUAGCAUAAUAAUAAUAAUUACUAGCCCAGACUGUCUGCUCGGCUACAGUAUAUCAAUGAUUCCAGCAUCUUACCUUAGACAGUAAGACAGACAAUGAAUGCACUACUAUAUUUGUGCUUGGAAUUUAAUAUGUUAUGGAAUGUAUAAGAUGCAUAGUUGGUUGAGGUGUGCCGAAACCAACGAACAAGCAGGCCUGUAAUGAAAGAGGGCCCACAAAGGUGAAAUGUAAUAUUUAGAUGGGUGUUGGUGGGUGGGGUCAAUCAGCUUGAACGGCAGAGGUGAGUAGGGGCUAGGAGUUUAAGUAGGGGCCAUAACUCCUCCCACAAAUUCAGGUCUAAUGGCCUUUUAACUUGUGCUCGGAAUUUAAUAUGUUAUGGAAUGUAUAAGAUGCAUAGUUGGUUGAGGUGUGCAGAAACCAAUGAACGCGUAGGCCUGUAAUAAAAGAGGGCAAAAAGGAGGAUGCAUAGAAAACACACUUUAUUGCUUGUUACAAUGCUAAACUUCUAAAUGCUUGUCGUAGCUCCCUCUUCAGUCGUGGUAUGUAAGUAUUGUAAAUUGAGGAUUUCCAGCGGCCCAGUCUCUUAACAAUGUGGACUGGUGUGUUUGAGCUAGAUGCUGAUGAUGCUGCGCCUAUACAGAAGGAGUGACCAGAGAAGGAAGCCGGGUUGCAGCCUAACCUUGACAGCAGAGUUCUGACAUGAGAUGUGAACUUAGCUGUGGUGAGUGGGUGCCCUUGGAGUAAUAAUAGUGAGGUGUCAGGUGAGUGUGCGUGGUGAUAUUCUAGAAAAAUGUUGAGUACUUUGACAGGGCACCAGGCAUACCUGGUAGGGAAAAGAGGAAUGGUAGUGGGAUGAUCGAUGUGGUUAGUUUUCGUGGAAGGUAAUGAAAGGACAUAGUGAGUCAUCGACUUUCUUUAGGUGAGACAGUUUUAGGCUUGAUUUGGUAUCUACCUGGCGUACAACAGUAAACUCCCUAGGUCUAAGAAAGCCAUAGAAAGCGAUAAUGAUGGCGACCUUUAUAACAGAGUUUGUGUGAUAAUCAAGAGGGGAUUUGUCCAGUUGUAGUCUAACAAUAGGUCCAUCUAUUGGCAAUCUGGUAGUGGUAGGGGUAGCUGUAACCUUAUGAAUACCUUUAAGGAUGUUCUUAAUAAGGUAUGAUGCUAAGAAAGGUGCGUGAUUAGGAACGUUAGUGAGGACGGUGUUGUACCCGUGUGAAGUAAAGAUUAAUGGUGUUGUAAGAUAAUUUGAGGUGUAGGUGACAGAAGGAGGCAAAAGCCACCAUGGUUUUAAUAGAGAAAAAUCUCCCUGCAAGUGAAACUCCACAGUGAACUUAUUGAAAAUAGUCAGUGCCCUAGCGUAAGUGGUAGUGGUGUUGGGUGAGAGUGCGUGGUGCGUGAGUGCCUGAGCGUGGCUUAGUAGCUCAGUUAGUCCAUGAGUAGUUGUGAAAAGGUUGUAUCCUGGAUGGUAGGUGGUGGGCCAUAGGGAGUGCCUGGAAGAAUACAUGAAAAUGAGAGCGGGAAAGAGCAUCAGCAGUUGUGUUACGAAUACAAGGAAUGUGUACGUAGACUAGGUGAAACUGAGUGGUUGCUGCUAGCCAAGUCAGCUUGCAUACCAGCCUCAUAAUGGUUAGAGAGGAGGACCGCCCCUUGUUGAUAAUUUUGCAGGCUGCUGAAUUGUCUGAGCAGCAUUUGACUGCCUUGCCGGUCCAAAGAUGGCCUCAUGUAUGAGCGGCCGCCAUGAUGGGGUAAAUCUCGAACAAUGAGGAUGUUUCUCUAAAGGCCGGCAAGGCAUCCGUCUCAGUGGGUCAGUUAUCCCUAAACCAGUGGAUUCCAAAUAUGGCUGCAAACCCAGUGUGUGCUGCUGCGUCUGUGUAAAUAGUAGGUGAAAGAUCGGAUAGUGGAGGAAUAAAUAGGGAGACUCCAUUCCACUCGGACAAGAAGUUUCUCCACAUGUGCAAAUCUACCCUGGCUGGAUCAUUCAAUGUAAUUGAGCAGGAGUUGGGCACCCCAUGGAGUAGACACAGUAGCCUAGAGACGAAUGAUCUGCCCUGUGGAAUGAUCUGCAUCGCAAAGUUAAGGGACCCCAACAAGGACUGGAGUCCUUUUCUGGUGCACAUAUCACUCCGCAGGAGCAGACUGAUUUUCUCCCUACUGCGGGUCAAUUUCUCUGGUGGUAGGCUGGCUUAAAAAGAUUCUGUGUCCAAAACGAUGCCCAAGAAAACUAGCUUAGUGAAGGGUCCAAUUGUUUUACUUGGUGACAGGGUCACACCUAGUGUAGUGAACACGACUGUGGUGCUGUGAAUGCUACAGGUUGCUUGGGAGCCUGGUUCUACUGAAAAACGUCCAAAUUGUGAAUAACGGAUGGACACCUAACUAUGUUUAGGGACCGGCAGCAGUGCGUUUCUGCGAAUAUGUCAAACAGGGCUGCUCCUAGACCCAAAAGUGAGCCGGGUAGAAAAAUAAUACCUGUCCCGCCAUUUAACACCAUGUAAGUGCCAUAGUUAGGGGUGAAUGGGUAAGAGCUUGAACGCAUUGGUAAUGUCGGUCUUGUUUAGCCAUGCCUUGCUGCCUGCUGUGAUAAUAGCUUGCAUAGCGUUGUCGAUUUUUGCGUAGUGUAAUGAAAACUCCUCAGCGGGUAUGAGAGAGUUUAUGCUGGGGACGGGAGAAGAAUGAGGUGCUGAGAGGUCGAUAAUCAAUCUUUUUUUAUUAGAGUACUUGUGCACAGCUACCCCGAUGGGGUUGGUACGCCAGGAUGAAAAAGGGGAUACUGUGAAAGGGCCAAUCAUGAAACUUGCUUUAGAUUCUGUGGACAGUAGGUGGUCCACCAUGAGAGCACCAUGAGAGCUGACAGCAGGUUUGGGCAUUCGGGAGUGCCUCUGGGGAUGGCAAUGAGACCUGUGUGAAAAUCCUGUGAAAAUCCUGUCACCAAAAAUUCUACCAAAUGCCUAGCUGGGUGGGAGCGUAGGUAGUAAGCCACAACAUCUAUGUUGACAUCAGUCAUUUUUUAGGUGAAAGUCAGGCUGGGCACAUAGUCUUGGUAGGCACUCUGAAACAAAUGGAGCAGACGUGGAACAACCUGCAUGCGCUGAAGCUGCAUGCACCACCAUUUAAAUUGUUGCACACUUGCGCCACUCGGCAGAAUAGGGAUUACCAAAGGAGGACCUGAAGGGCCUGGUAGGUCACCUGGCUGGUUGGUUUUGGCUGAUGCCACUUUGGACAGUCUACUAUUCAUAGUUUGGAGGUUGGCCAGUAUGGCGGUCAGGGUUUCCUGCGUAGAAUUGGAGGUGCUGGAAGACAGCCCUUGUGAGUUAGUGCCAGGCCUAGGGUCGCUGGCCUGAGCUGUCAAAAGGCUGUACAGCUCUGCCUUUCUGGCAGUGGCUGGAAAGGGGAUAUCCCUGAUUCUUAGUUCUUCUGCAAUUUUUGAGAUAGUCCAUGAUCUUAGGGACCUGGGGGUAGAGGUGGUGAGGAAUUCUUCUGGGGACCCAGGCCUGGCUGGCACGAUGGGUACUUCAUCCAAUGGUAGAUCAUCGAUGGAAAUGGAUUCUUGUGACAUUCUGAAAAAGGAAUAAUGAAUUAAAUUAGGUAGGGGAGUGGGAAGGAAGAACGGGAGCUUCGGAGAACUGACUUGCUGACUAGUGCCGAGGCGAAGAACUUAACAAAGCCAAGUGACAGGUGAGGCCCUGCUAAUGCCAAGAGGUGGUGAGAGGCUCUACCUAUUAUUUGGACCAAGGGAAAUCAUGGCCAAGAAACGUGGUGGCAGGAUGUUGGCCUCUUGAUGACCAUAAAAGAUUCAAAUACGUGUGGCCAUGACCUGGGAAGCCCUAGCUGUAGCCCUAAAGAAGGCGAGCCAGGCGGCUAACUAUGAUUUUGGCUGUGGGGCUGAACCUCCGUGUUGAGGUGGGGAGUAGGCCUUGCGGGACUGGUGCACUUACUUAGGGUUGCUAAGGCCAGCACCUAUCCCUGUAUGCCAGUUCUCUAAACCUGUUGGGGCUUGUCUCCUAACGAUGUGACCAAACACAUGUAGAUUCUAACCUAUUUCUCAUUUUGCUUAUUGCGUGAUACAGCAGUUUGUGGAUACAAAUUGCCCCUGAAGAAUAAACUGGUACAGCCAAGGCAUCAUAGGGAUAAGGUUGAUGCUAGUGACCCCUGAGUGUGCCACUGGUAUGCAUGAUGUAUGUAAAGAUGGCCAAAUGUAUGGAGAGGUGUGUACUAAUGCUGCAGUAACGUGAGAACCAUUCCAAAUCCAUUCCAAAUCCCUAAUAUAGCGACCCUAAGUAUUAAAAAUAGCCUGGCCACUGUAUGAUAACAGUGAUUUGUCAGUAGGGGACAGUUUAAAUUAAACCAAAAGGUCUCCCUAUCCGCAAUGAUAGACUAUACUUGUAUAAUAAUGCCAACAAGUGUGGGGUCAACUAUAAGAAAAUGUAUCUAAAUAUUGUGAAUACACAGUAACUAGUAGGAGAACAUGUAUAUAAUGAAAGGAGAGAGACAGUCUCUGAUACUAUUGUAUCUCCUACAAGGUAACUAAUAGAUACAGGAUAUGGAAAAUGAAAGAGAGGUAGAAAAAUCAAAUAGUGCUAAUGUGCAGCACCAUACUUAGGAUGUUGGUUACCUGCACAUGGUGAAAAGUGCCCAAAGUGAAAUUGUGAGAAAGAAAGAGUCAGAGAACGUGACGUGCGUUUCGGUGCUUAAAGCAUGCACCUUCUCUGGCCCCUGAUGUCUUUAAGGUCUGGGAUAAGUUGGAAUCCUUCUACAUUACUAUUGUAAACAUUAUUUGUCCACAGAUCGAAUCUUUACUAUUUAAUUCCAGACUAAACUCGAAUUGCAGGAGUACUUCCAGUGUUUUGAGUAUUUUUCUUUUUCUUUUUUGUCGAAUGGCCUUUUAACAUAUAUAUAUACAUAUAUAUAUAUAUAUAUAUAUAUAUAUAUAUAUAUAUAUAUAUAUAUAUAUAUAUAUAGGGGGAAAGCGUAAGCCCCUUCAAAGGCAGCUAAAUGUAUACCUAUUGUAUUUUUAAUGGAAAAAAAAGAAAAAAAACAAAAACAUAUUUCAAUAAACCCAACUUAGUCUAUUUGCUCCAGUGCUUGUCCUCCCCUGACUGAGAAACUAAUUCCUAAGCCAGAGCUCCGGUUAGCUCCAAUGCAUCGCACAGUGAGACUGGAAAUAAUUUAACUCCUUUACCCCAUUGCACUGUACAGGAGCCUUCAUGGAACUAUGUGUACAGUGCUUCAGAAAAGCGAAUUUAUUUAUUUUAUUUUAUUUUUGACAAUCUUUGUUCAUUAGGUUUUUUUCCCCAAGAUUAAUUAGAAAUACAGAAAUAAGAAGACAGUAAAACAAAUAUUGAGUUGUUAUAGCAUUUCGAGUAAACAUUUCCCUCAUGGGAAUUCCACAAUGCAAUAUUCACAGAAUGUUUUUUGGUUCAGGCUAGCGUUUCUUACAGAAGAAAGAGAAUUAAAAAUAAGGGGGUCAUUACGUAUAAUCUUGAAUUAUUCUGCUUUUGCCUUCUGUACAAUAAAGUUAGCUUAGGCAUUGUGUAAUUGAAAUCUUAUUUUAGUGCCCGGUCACUAUAGCUCAGGAUAUACCGUGGUACUUCCCCAGAUAAGCGUCUUUUAAUGUUUCAAAAAGCAUUUUAUCUUCUGGGAAUCCCGUUGUUACAUGGGCUAGAAGAGUGUCUUGUCCAUCUUAACAGUGUCUCCCCUGUCGUCCCCCUGCACUGUCGAUCGUAUGGGUUAAACCCCUGGAAGGGGAGAUGAGAGUAUUUCUGUUCUAUAUAAGUACCAUGGGGGCAUUUCAGACCUGAGUGUCCUAGAGGGUAGUGUGGGGAUAUUUAUGGGAUGAUAAUAUUAAGCAGUCGAGAAUUGCCCACUAUUUCAAUUCUCUUAGAUCUUAUAGAUUGUUUAUCAAAUAAGUGAAAUGUGUUCCAUACAAUUAAGAUCACAAUGUGUUAUAAAAAUAGAUUUAAUUUAUUGUGACAUAUAACAUAACAAUAAUAUUAGGCAGCAUGCAUGAUAUUAAUCAGUGAAUAUUUAGUAUAACAUAAGUAUGCAAUAGAAUGGCUAUAAAUGUUCCAAUGGCUAACAGCAUCUUCUGUCACUUAAUAAGAUUUAUUAGGGUAAGCUUCACACAGCGAAAAAAAGCCAUAAAACCUUGGCUAACAGUUAAAUCAACUGAGUAACCCUUUCCUCAUAGGCAUAUAGUAUCCUAUUCUCAUGUAAUUUUCAAUUAAAAUAACAUUCGAACCAGCUCAUUAGUCAUUUCCUGGAACCAUCCAAUAAGAAUAAUCUACCAGAUUUUUUACAAAAGCUGAAUUUUAAUUUGCCUAAAAAGAUAUCUUAUCUUAUUUUAGAGUAAAUCAAUACACCUGGAUAAAAACAGCGGUAUGCUAACACAUGAUAAUAUCACAUUAAUAUAUAAUUAUUCUUAAUUCCACCUGCAGAAUGGAAUGUUUAUAACUAUAUAUUCUUUAGUUAACUAAGAUUUCUAAAUAUUGAAACCUGACCGUGAUUUAUCCAGUCAUAUAUCAUGCUAUUAGUAAAUUUUAAUUAAUUUAAUUAAAUAAAACCAGCAUAAUUACCAGUUAUGUAGAUAUUCUCAUCAGAUGAGUAGGUAGUCCCAGGAACUUGAUUGGUUGUAUGGAGGUGCGUGAGUGAUAGCGAAAAGUGGUGUUGGUUAGAAAGUCAGAGUAAAAUUCUAAGUGUCAAAGAGUUUAAGAGUUGAGUGUCCAAGAGAGUUUAAGAGUAGAGUGUUAGUCCCAGAGAAUGUUUCUUGAGUCUCUCUCUCUGCAUGUCCGAAUCGGAUUGCCCAAACUCCAAUUCGUCUCUCUACCAACUACCCUCUUUCUUCCCUUUGUCCUAACUUUUAAAGGGCCAGACUCUCUGUACGUUAUUAGUUGAUACGCCAAUAGGAAACCGUAGGGGUGUUCAAUCUAUGGAUCGCAAUUUAGGUAUUUGAUCCAUAGAGGGCAGUCUUGCCUAACUAGACCUUCCUAUCCAGGAAAGAGUUAACUUUUCCUGAUGACGAUUUUGAUGUCAUUUGGCUUAUCUAAAAUGACCACCAUAACUUAGAUUUGCUGUCAGUUCAAAGCGUUUGUCUCAGUCUUUGUGGCAACUACUUUGAUCGUAAUUUCUAAAAUUGACAGUUCUAAACUCAAUUUCACCCCUUACUUACAAUGAAAACUUGUAAAAUGUAGAAAGUAAAAUUAAUUACUUAGUCUUCUCUGUCACUAGUGUCUGUGUUUAUGUAAUACAUUCCUUAGUGGUUAGUGAAAGCAAGGAAAUUAUGUGUCUUUGUUAUCCUGAAGAUAGCAAAAUGGAGUCUGCUCUGUUCUGAGUGACUCUGGCAAUAUACACUUUUAAUUUCUUUCUUAGCACAAAAUGUCUGCCGAUAUAAAUAUUCUGACAGUAGACCCUAUUGUUAGUCACUCACUAAUCCCUUAAGCUAAGCGCACAGGGGAAGAAUGAUCCAUGCUGGAUCCAGCUAAUUGCCAUUUGAUAUUGGUGAGUCAGCCUUAGCUGAUGAGAUGAGAAAGACGGGUGAACAAUUUUAGACAAGUAUGGUAUGGUAGUUCAGAAGUAGGGAAAAAGUGGAGAAAAAAAAAAUGAAGGAUGGGAGGGGAUAGGGUACGCAUCCCAAGUCCCGCAGGCUGCACCCGCCCACCACGCCGCAUGGGUACUCAGAGCCAGUCCCUCUUAGUAGGAGAUGUUGCCAUUGUCUCACUCAGUUGGUCUGUUACCAGGAGCUUCUCUUGUGUACGUCAAUGUCCUUCAUAUCUCCUCAUGUUUCUCCAGUCUUCCACUCACUGCUGCUAUUUCUGCUUCCACCUGCCCAAUCUCCUCCACUCUUUGGAGCCAGGCUUGAAACGUUGGUAGUUCUGUUUGCCGGCACAGAAAUGGGAUCAGUGAUUUAGCUGCCGUGAGUAGGUGAUGAGAUACUGUCUUCUUAUAUGUCGAUAUAGGCAGGGCUGAUUUGUUAAGUAGGACAUCUACCGGGUCAAAAGCAACCUCCUCAUCAGCUACCUCAUCGUCUUGUAGAUUUGUUUCGAGUAAGGCGUUAUGUGUGGACAAGACCGGAAUAAGUGGAGGAGAGUUCCCACCCCUCCCCAGUACCUCCAACAGACCUCCGACACCUCAGGGAGAUAUUAAUGAAUCUUCUGUGGUAUGUCAUACCACUGCAUGAGUAUUUUAUAAUUGAUUUCUUGAUAUCUGGCACAUCUAGAGCUGAGGGUUAUGUACUUGGCCACCUUGUCCAGUUUCUGAGGAGUGGUAAAGAGAGUUUAUGUACUUAUUAUGACGUAUGUGUUGACUGCAGUAGCAGCAUUCAAUGUCCUUUGAAUUACAGAUUCCUGAGUAUAUUUACAAUAUUCAUAAAGGGUUAUUUACUAAAGUGAGAUCUGCUGGUGUGUACUAAUGGACAGGAGCCUAGCUCCUCGCUGGUAUUUGUAUCCAUGUUUAUUUAAUUCCCCCCAAACCAUUGAUGAGUAAAUGUUCACCGUGAUAAAGAAAAUAUACAGGAUUUCGCUUGGAGACAAAAUAAAAUCUAAUCUACAUAGUUACAUAGUUACAUAGCUGAAAAGAGCCUUGUGUCCAUCAAGUUCAGCCUUUAUUACAUUUGUAUUUUGCUGUUGAACAUGCAUGCAUUUAAUUAUACAUUUUCCAUUAGUGGUAUACCUAAAAACAGCUUACAAAACUUGCAGACUUUGCAAGCCCUCCCCUUAUAAACCCAACCAGACUUUCUGUAGCUGUCCAAUCCCAUUCUCCUAAUGCAGCUCAAUGAGAAGUCUUUGCAAGGCAUGUGCUCUGUGCAAUUGCUGCCUCUUGAGUUUAGUUCCACUGAGCUAACCAAACCAGGAAGUAACAGGACCAGUUAUGUGAUUGACAGCCAUGGGGGUGUGACAAGGUUAAUUUAUAAAUGUGUCCAUUUCUACUGAAAUUUACACACUGUGUACAAUGAAACCAGAGGACACACUAUUCACACAUUAAGUACUUCAGUAAGCUAAAGUGUCCUUUUAAUAUAACUAUGAAUUAUCUGAGUUUUAGCAGGAGUUGUAUGCCUCCACUAACUAAUUUCAUAGUACAGCAAUGUGUUUCCCGUCUCUUUGGUAUCUAAAGGUUAUGGAUUCUCUGACCUACCCCCCACUCUCCCUUUGUUGUGUAUUCAUAACAUUGGUAUGUUUAAAGGAACAUUAUAGUGUCAGAAAUACAAAACUGUAUUCCUAACACUAUAGUGUCCUAUUGCCUCUGCUGUCCCCCCUUGCUCCCCUCUCCCCCAGUCCUGAAAGGAUUAAAAACCCUUGUUUUACUUACUUGUUUCCAGUGCAGACACAGGCUUGGUCUCCUCCUCCGGUGAUCACACGGCGGUAGGGGAACCUAAUACGCAUGGUAGACAGCCACUAGAUACAGUCUUCACCCUGCAAUGUGAACAUGUUUAAACAUUAAAACAGUGCCUUACAUUGCAGGACUAAUGAGGACAGGGACACUACACGCAGACCACUUCAAUGACAUGAUGUAGUCUGGGUGCCUAUAGUGUCCCUUUUAAUCUGAUACAAAUCCCACAUGAUCCUAUGGCAUUGUGUAUUUUGCAUCUCUGGUACUGCAUGAUUGUGGCCUGGUUUCUUCAUGGCCACGAAUCUGUGCUGUUGUUUCUUGACAUCGGACACUACCUGACCUUUUAUUCCAUCCUGAAUUAGUUACUGCCUGAACUCACACUACGAUUUAUUUUGUAAGGCUUUCUUCUAUCCAGCACUACUUAUGUGCCAAUAACUUGAACUCUGAAGUUUGGCUACUCAAAUUCCAACGUGGUGGGUGCUCCUGAGCUGGAUGUAAAUAAUAAUUAUAUAUGGUUUUGGAACCCAUGGUUGAGUCCUGGUCAGACCACCUCACCAUUAAGUGUCUGUCAGCAAGACAAUGAUAUAUAUCCACCCACCUCAAAUCCUCAUUUGAAGAAACCACUUGAAGCAUUUAUUGUGUCGAGCUAUUUUAAUUGCCUGGGUUUGAUUUGUUCAUUGCAAACAGCUGAGAGUGUGUAAAUUGUGACAAUAAACCUGAAUUUCAAUGACGGUAGGAAUCAUUUUGAUUGCAACCUUAGACUGAAAGCUCCUUAGAGCACGACCUUCACCUCUUGUCUCUUUUAAUAUUCUGUUUGUCAAUUACCUGUUGUCAAAUAUCUCCUUUAUAUAAUUAUAAACAUGUUGGCCCUAAAUAAAUGCUAAUAAUGAUAAUACUUGCUAAGCAGAACCUUUGUGAGAUACCCUAGACUUUCAUACGUUUAAGCCAUCAGUAAAUUCAGGGGUUGAACUUGGAAGUUGACAUAGUAGCGGAAAUAAUUUAUGGAGUUUGGCCAUCAUUUCUCAAUAUCUGUGAUUAUUAAACAUUUCCAUUUUUCUGAAAUUUUUUGUCAAUUAUCAGAAAAUAUACUAACUACAUAUUUACUGUAAUUUUUCACAGAAAAUAUUACAUAUACACACACACAAAUAUAUAGAGAGGGAGAAAGAGAGAGAGAGUUUUAAUGCUCUGUUGGUUACAUUUUCUUACUUGGUCUGUGAAUCAAAUCAACAUUUAGUAGCUAAAUGGGGAGCUGUCAUCUCGACCAUUGCAUUUUUCAGUUGGUUCAUGAUUCGGACACAUUUCAGUUUAAGUUUCAGUAAUUUGAUAAGUUAAUACAUUAGCUCCUCUUUAUCCCAAUGAUCACCUGUAUUUGUACAGCUAACACAGUACUACGAUACCUUUACAUAAACCGAUAACAAGUUGCACAGCCAUAGUACAGGUCUUGAUAAAUGAUCACACUUGGAAUUCUGCGGCCGAGAGAGAAUACCCAAUUAAGUGGAAAGUAUACUGUCCAUAGCCAAGAUCAUUUACAUCUCUCCAAAACACCCACUGAUUGUAGACAUAGAAAGGUUUACUUUUAAUGAUACACUCCCAAUUAAGCCCUUCCCUGCAGAACUCCGUGUGGACAAACAUUGUGUGUGGCAUAAAGCCAUGUUUUAUCUACCUGGCUAUAGAAAGCUAGUUAGAAACAUGCACUGCAGUCUAAACACUACAUUGUAUACACAUUUGCAUUGCUAAAGGUGAUAUGUAGUCACGUCGUGCUGGAAUUACUAAUAAGGAAAUGGAGAGGGACUUUUCCCUCUAAACUAAAAACACAGUUUCACAAUAAAAUGUAUCAAAGGCAGCUGUCUAGGAUCUUUCUAUUACAGAGAAAUAAAAACCAUUGAAUUUCUCACUGCCUGCAUUCAGUUAUAAGUUGUCUUUCAGGCACAGCCACGCGGUCUGAAGGGGCUUCCGUUCGGUUUGGUACACACAGACGUAUUAGUUUACAGAUAUUUUACUUGUGAGUUUCCAAAUUAUUUCGCUGUCACUCUAUCUGUACGUCAAUAAACAAACUGGCAGCUGACAAAAUAUUUUAGAGCUCAGUUGCUAAUUUCAGUUUAACAAACCAACUCAAGUUACCCUACGUUACAGUGAUGGUGGGAACACAAGAGGAGAUCCAUUAGUCACACAAUUCAAAUUGUUUGUCUGGAGGCCAAUCUGGCUAUAUUAAGAACAUUUUAAGUAUUAAUGCUAAAAUCUGGAAAUAAAAUUAAAAUGUAGUUUUCUCAAAGCCAUAGAUCCCGCAAAAUCCAAAGUAAAUUCUAUUACUAAGACCUAAUGCCAAAACAGCCACAAUCAUAAUGAGAAUGGCACAAAAUGCAAGCUACGUUCGGUUUGGACACGCAAUACUUAAUUCCGGUGAAUUAAAUUUUGUAUUUGAAGAAUUCAUUGUGAUGGAGGAGACUCAAGACUUUUCAUAAGUAUUAUUAUUUUGUUUCACCUUAUUUUCAUAUGUCUGCCCCAUUCUGUUAGCUUCAUUGACGACAUUUGGAUAAAUCUCGUGCUCUAAACUGAAUGUACACUAAACCCACACACUCUCAUAUCAAGCCGAUUGGUAUGGUAUAGAUAUUGAUAUAGUUUCCAAAAUCAGAUUCAGGUUUUGUGGGACCCUAUUUAUAUAUUGAAUAAAUCCUAUAAGUGUUUUUUUUUUAUUAUUAUUUUUGCUACUGAGCUCAGUUCAUUUGCCAGAAAUAAAAUUGAAUUAUGGGAAAUGUAAGAUGAUUUGGAGUAAAAAGAAACAUAGAAUGUGAUGGCAGAUAAGAACCAUUCGGCCCAUCUAGUCUGCCCAAUUUUCUAAAUACUUUCAUUAGUCCCUAGUCUUAUCUUAUAGUUAUGAUAGCCUAAUGCCUAUCCCACGCAUACAUAAACUCCUUUACUGUGUUAACCUCUACCACUUCAGCUGGAAGUCUAUUCCAUGCAUCCACUACCCUCUCAGUAAAGUAAUACUGCUUGAUAUGAUUUUUAAACCUUUUCCCCUCUCAUGGCCCUUACUGUGCCAUUUUAGAAGGCAGUUCCUGUGAUGUCAUAUUGAUUUUAUGUGAACCUUACCGUGUUUCUGCACUUGUAGUUCCUGGUGUUAAAAUAAUUGUUGAAUUGAACCUAGAUUAAGUCCAGUGGGGAUACAAUUAAAGGGUUAAAAGUCAAACUGGACUUGAGAAUGAAUGAUUGAAGAUCACUAAUAAAGGUUUAGUUUAUUCACAACAAGAGCCCAGAAAGAACACUCUAGAUUAUCAGAAUUGCCCACAUUUUGCAUAUGCUCACUUUGUCCUCUGCCCUAUCUGAGCAGUGAUGUGAUCUGCAAAUUGAACUUCUCAAUAACUAAAACGAUCAAUCAAUCAAUCAAUACAUGCAUGAGAAAAAAACGCCAUUAGCUCAGCAACACGCCUUCAGGCACAGUGUUAAAAGAAGUACAAAAUAAAUUAGUAAUUUUGGUGACAUCAUUUUAUUCACACGAUAUAACCUUCAUAUGGAAUCUUAGAAGUAAAGAAAAUAAAUUAUACACAAAGGACAGCUUUUAUAGGCACGCCGCAUGCAAAGAAUUGAGAUUACUGAGUUUUAAGUAAGUCUCUGAGCCCAGUUCAGCAAAAUUCCUCUGAAUUACAGAAAUAUUAGCUGUGUCUGAUAGACUGGCACUGCUGUAUGUCCAGACACACUCUGCUGAUGAAGGUAGGGCGUUCACAGUCUUUUCAGUAAUGCAGAAUCGUUAAUACGAGAUGUACAAUUUCACGCCAUCCUUUUUUCAUUCCUUUAAUAAAUUAACUAUAUAGCCUCUGUCUGUCCCAUUUGCUUAUGUUAAAGGAGAAUAUAUAUUUUUAAAUGUUUUACAGUCAAAUCUUCCCAGAACCUCUAUUCAUCAGUAUGUAGUUUUCUAAUAGCAAGCAAAUGUUUCUAUAAAAUAAACUCACCUGCGGCAACUGAUCUGCUUAAGGGCCACUGCCUGAAAUAAACAAUAGAAUUUUCCUGUUUUCUGUACUUUUCCCAUGUAAGUUCCAGACGAAUUUCAAUGGUUUUAACAGUCUAUUUAUUAGAAGUUAGCUAAGCAUCGUGGGACAUACAAGAUAAUUAGCAUGAAACGCCAAAUUUGUGCCUUCCCUCAAGGUAGUAUUUUGACAUUGAAGUGAAAUAACAAAGUAUAGAAGCACAGGAUACAACCCAAAAUAACUAACUCAAGAUAUGUCUUAACUUACAUGUUGAAUAAGACUUGCAAAAAAAUAAUAUUAUCUCAAAUAUGAAGGUCCUUUUGAAGCCAUGGAUACAGUCUUCCCAGAUUGGUUACGUGGUAUUACUAGCAGAACGUUAUUAGAAAGAAACAAUUUGCAUGAGAGGUAUGUAAACAGACACCCCACAUACUGAUUAAACCUUUACUGGGCCUCAGGCAGGGUAGCAAAUCAGGACCCUCGUCUACCAAUUUGGAGAAAUAUGUUUGCUGCUUCCCUUAGAAAACCUCAAAUCGCACUAUAAUUUAUUUGUGCACAAAGAAGCCCCACCUGACCAGGAUUAGCCAUAAGACGAACCUAGGUGGUCUCUAAGGGCCCAGAGACUAGACUGGAGCCCCGGAACCAUGAAUUUGCUUGGCCGCAUUAGCCAUUAAGAAUGAAAAAAGGGGGGCAAACCGCCUAGGGCAUCAUGGGAUGUUAAUCCUUCUCUGACCCCCACCCUUUAGCACGACCACACGACCACACUGUCACAUAGCACAUACACAUCCCAACUCUCUCCGAAAUAUCUCAUUUAGCCAUACACAUAGCUAUAAUCACAGAGAUAAGUAUUGGGGACCUUAAAACAAUCCUAAAUCUAUUAAAUAUUUUAUUUAUUACUAUGAUACCUUAUAUACUCGAUACCUGAGAAGAUAUUGUUACUGUAACAAAUUCUGCAGGUAAAGUGAAAUUUAGAAUUUUCAACAGUUCAUGUAUUAGAAAUCAGCUAAGCAUGAUGGGUGAUUAGCAUUAAAUGCCUUAUUUGUGCCUUCCCCCAAGGUAAUAUGUUGACAAUAAAUUGAAAUAACAUUAAUGUAGCUAGAGUGAAUCUGUGAUGACAGAUUGAUUUUAGCAUUAUUGUCAGUGUUGCUGGUUAAAGUUAGCGUUAAAGUUGGAGAUUGGGUUAGGGAUACAAUUAAGGUUUUUAAUCAUAUAGGCAUAUAACACCGUUCCUUGAUAUUUUCAAUUUUCCUCUCUAUAUCAUUUUAUAUCCAAUAUCAUGUAUAGAUUGAUUCUCCACAUUAAUUUAUAUUUCCUCAGAGUUCCAUUUCUUUUUGUUCGACCAUACAAAUUAGAGAGUUGGCCAGGGCAUGUUCCGCCGUGUGCGAAUCUGUGAAUAAAGGUCAAUCUAAUGAUAGAGAUGUAACAGUGGAUAGAGUUAAAAAAAUUUAAGGAAUUUAUCGUGGGCCGUGACAGAGUUUUUGGAAUACUUUCUCUAUUUAUAAUAGAUCAAUAGUUUUGAAUUAAAGAACAUUUAACAAUCUUUGCUCUCAUACACUUCCAAUUAUCUACUUAAUCAUUUACAUAUGGCUGUCACUAUUUUACUGUCUUGAGUGGCUUUAAUGGAAGAGUGAAAUUAUAGUAAAUUCCACAGAAAGUGUAAAUCUGUCCCAAUGCCACUAGUCAUGAUACAGACUGCAUUACACCGAGUGAUCCAGGGAGCCACGCUAAAAUGGGACAUUUAAACAAGAAAGCAUGUGAUUCCACUGAAAUAAUAAUCUCUCCAUCGGGAUCAGUGCAAAUACAGGAUAAGGUGCAAAAAAGUCCAUCCAUGGUUACAAAGAUCAGCAACACAUUGACAUAGAGGACUAUAUAGUAAAGGAAACAGCCAACUAAAAUUCCGUCAGGUGUGUGAAGAGUUCUGGGUAUUACCUGUUUAUCCUUUAUUAACUGUUGAUAGAAUCUGUGCAUUUUAUUGAACCGCCAAGGAAAAUAAACUGAGUGGUCUUGUUAAACUGAUCCUUCGUUCUUAUUGGAUGAUUGGUUGUUGUUUCUAGCCAAUCGGAAUACAGCUGUAAUUCCAAUGAUGGUCAGUGACCAAAGGAGAGAUUACAGUAUUAGUAUUACAGAUGGGCAGGGCCAGCCUUGGAUGUGUGCUGAGCAGUGGUGACUAUAGGUACAAUACACAGGAAGGGCACAUAGAAUAUCCCAGUCAAAACUGGGGAGGGGGUGAGGGGGGCUAAUAAUUUCUACCAUUUAAUAACUUUAGUAGUGAUGGUAGUGGCUGUAGUAUGAGGUCAGGGAGGCAUAAGGGCUGUAGUGGGUAAAGAGGGGGAGGUGGAUUCAGUGGGUAUUGAGGUAUAAGGGCUGUAGUGGGGUAAAAAUAAUAGGGGUUGUAGUGGGUAAGGGAGGAUCGGAGCUGUAAUGAAUGCAGGAGGAUAGAUGCUGUAGUGGAUGCAGGAGGGUAGUGGAUUCCGUGGGUAUAGAGGCAUAAAGGUUGUAGUGAGGGCAAAAGUCAUAGGGGAUGUAGUGGGUGCAAGAAUAAUAGGGUUUGUAGUGGGUGCAGGAGGUAAAUGGGGUUUUAGUGGAUUCAGGGAGAUGGGGGUUGUAGUGGGGUAAUAAGGGCUGUUGUGGUUGCAGGAGGGAAGGGACUUUUCUGAGUGUAUCUCAAUGUCCCUAGUGUCACGUAUUCAUCCGCUUACAAAAAUGUGGUUAAUGACAUUUGCUGUCCACACAGGAAAAGUUGUGCCGAGCAACAACCAAAUCCACAGAAGGGUUAAUGCUGAGCAUCAAUAAUGAAAAUGAGAUCUGGUAACUGCCUUUGGGGUCAAAGGCCGGUUACAGCCUAUCAGAUCUAGAGGAGGGGUAUUUAGGCCCAGUUCUCAUCCUGCUCAGUGCCCUGUCGUGGUUUCCCUUGUGGUUGUCAGAGAGCGUUAUUGAUUCUGGUUAUUCUGGUUAUUUGACUUUGGCAUUGUUUUUCCUUAUCGUUGUGUCUCUUUCUGUAUCCCUUGACCUCGGCUAUUCCUGACUAUUCUUUGGUACGUUAGUCCGGCCAUUCUAAGGUCCGAUAUACGUUACCUAUCAGUCCUCUGUGUUACACAGUUCUACGUGCUGGAUCAUACUGUAAUCCUGACACCUAGUCAUGAUACAGACUGCAUAAGAUAAUCAAACUCCAUUACACCGAGCAAUCCAGGGGGCCACAAACAAAAAAGGAUGUGAUUCCACUUACAGAGUAAUCUCUCCAUAGGGGUCAGCGCAAAUACAGAAUAAGGUGCAAAAAAGUUCACCUGUGGUUAAAUAGAUCAGUAACACAUUGAUAUAGAGGGUGUAGAGGGUUAUACGGGCUGUAAUGGGUGGAGGAUAAUAGUAUUAGUGGGUAAAGGGAAUUGGGGGGGAUAGGCUCUGUGCAUGUAAGACCACUGAGAAGUGGAUAACAGUAGUAAAGGCGAGAAAGGACAAUGGAAUGGACCAGCACCUUAGUCGCAUCUGGCAUUAAGUAGGGUCGGAUGUGCGCAAUGUUUUGAGCGGAUUUGGCGAUAGACUGAACAUGAGGUGUGAAGGACAGUUCGGAGUCAAAGAGAACACCUAGGCAGCGAGCCUGCGUGGUGUAGCUGAUGGUAGCACCGUUUCCUUGGAUGGAGACAGACACAGGAGUACCAACACUUGAGGGAGGAAAGACUAGAAUUUCAGUUUUGGUGAAGCUGAGUUUAAGGAAGUGGGCAGCCAUUCAGUUAGAAAUAGCAGAGAGUCAGUCAGAGACACUAGUCAAGAGGGACGGGGAAUGAUCAGGGGAGGACAGGUAGAUUUGCUUGACAUCUACAUAGAAAUGAUAUUGGAAGCCAAAUGAGCUAAUGAGUUUACCAAGGGAGGCAAUAUAGAUGGACCAAGGGGGACCAAGGACUGAACCUUGGGGGACACCAACAGAGAGGAGUUGGGGAGAAGAAGCCGAGCCAGAGAAAGAAAUACUGAAAGAGCGCUGGGAGAGGUAGGAGGAGCACCAGGAGAGAGCAAUAUCUUGUAGACCGAUGUUACGGAAGAUGAGAAGAAGUUGUUGAUGAUCAACAGUGUCAAAAGCAGCAGACAGGUCAAGGAGAAUUAGGAUACAGUAGUGACAACGAGAUUUUGCAGCGAGCAGAUCGUUUGAUACUUUGAUCAGAGCCGUUUCCACAGAGUGCUUAGCGCAGAAACCAGACUGAAGUGGGUCUAGCAGAGAGUUGGACUCAAGGUAGUCUGUCAAUCUCGCAUACACAACUCUUUCAACUCUUUCAAGUGACUCUAAAAUACUGAAAUUCCAUCUGUGAUUGCAUGUGUGUGUGCAACAGGCUCUGGCAAUGGGGAGGGGGGCACGCAGCAGCAUAUAUUUGCUAACAAGUCUCUAGAUUGUAAACUGUUCGAGUGAGUGUUCCUGUGAAAAUGUGUAAUAGUCUGUCUCAUUUACUGUUAUAUUAUUCAUUUUAUAAUAUUGUAAUGUGCUGUGGAAUAAGCUGGUGCUAUAUAAAUACCAAUAAUCAUAUUGAUAAGUCUGUUAGCACGGUGUAUUUAUUUACAAACUGUAUUAAUCUUUUCGUAAAGACAUCGGGGCUCACUAAACAGUACAUUGUAGUAAAUUAUUUAGAAACAUUCUCCAGUUCAGCUAUAGUCACAGUCUGAAUUUAUAAGCCUAAAUUUUGCAAUUUCUAUUUCAGAUUAAUCCAAUUAAAUAUUCACUGAGUAAACUCUAGAGUUGUAACACAAAUGACAAAUUCACUUUAUUUUUUCAAGUGUCACUGAGCUAAAACAAACAUAAUAGUCAAAGGGAGGCGGGCUGGAAGUAAAGUUCAUUUGAGAUCUGUAACCCGUGUGAAGCGAGAUUUAAGUUGAAGAAUGCUUGAUAUUUAAAGGUGAAUUUAAAUUGAUUACAUCACACGGCACUAAGGGAAGUGCAAGGUCUAAUAAGGAAAGGUAAGAAUGUAACGUGCCUGAGAAUUCUAUAAUCUUCUGUAUGUAGUCCAUUAUAACCACCCAGCAUGCAAAGCGUGUCCGUGACCCCGAGCGCCCGCUCUGUGUUUUCAUUAUUACAGAGAUAAGAGAUCUGUCCGUUGGUGCACAAACCUAUAGAUUUGUUGUAAUAAUUGCCAGGUGUUUAUAGAUGUCUUUUUGUCACCCAGUGCUCUCGGCACUAGAAGAGACCCCUGUUAAAGAGGGUAAGGCAAGUAUUAGAGAAGUAAAUUGGUAGAAGAGUAUUCACUGAACACUUACGUUUUUUGUAUUUAUUUUUUUUAAUGACAGUUGCAGGAGAGGAUUCAAUUGGGAGCGUAUUUUAUUGAGGAAGUAAAUGUAUCAUUAUCUGCAGGACAGCAAAGGGGUCAAUAACUAAACUGUGAAGAGGAAGCAGGCAACACAUAUAAUCUCUCCCAUUUGACGCAUACUUUAAUUAUAAUUUGAUCAUACAGUUUUGCACUAUGUUGGGCCAUUUCUUCCCUGACAGGAUAACCCCUAUUUUUAUACACAAAUAUAAUCUCAGUAAAGUAUAUGAACCAUACAUAUGCAGAUUUGGGCUCUUAUAAAAACACGGAAAUAGCUACAUUUAAAUGCUUAACUAUUUCAGUGUUCCUCAUGAUUAUUGCCCCUUUGUAGCAGUGGAGAUAAAGAGAAAUUGCACUUCCUCGAUAUCCAUCCACAUUCAGACAGUCAAGGCUAGGCCACCUCCCCACACUCAAAGUCUUUAUGUGAUGGGGAAACCCUGUUUGUUUUUUCUGUCAAUCUACUAGAACAUUGUUUGAAAAAAACAGGGACUACACUAUUUGCACAUUAACCACUACAAUGACCUAUAAUGGUACGUAAAGCCUCUCUUUAAAUAUGAUACAUCUGUGUACUUGUUAUUACCAUAACAAAUGCAUAGUUUCAAUUAUCUAUUGCCCUGGGUAUUUACUUAUUGCCAUGUGCAGUGCAUAGUUGACAAUUGUCCUGAAUUUACUAGGGCAGUCCCAUGUUUUAGACUUCUGCCACAGCAAAAAUGAGUCCCUAAAUCUGUUCCAACUUCAAAGGGGACAAUUACUGGUUGUCUAGCCAGUGUAGACUCCCCAGAACCCACAGGAAGGUAGCUAGAAAUGUGUGUUUUCUUUUUUUUACUUUUGUGUCAGUGUGUGUGCAUGUUUAAGGCAGUUUAGGGUGUGUGUAACUGUGUGUCACUGUAUGUACACAUAUUUGUGUUUGUGUGCAUACCAGUAUAUCACAGCAUGUGUCUGUGUAUGGUUGUGUGUAUCUGUGUUUGCCAGUGUGUGUGUAUCUGUGUGGGUAUGUGUGUUCCAAUGUGCAUGUAUCUCUGAGCGAGAGAGAGAGAGUGUGUGUGAGUGUGUGUGUGAUUAUUCACUAAAUAAAGUAAUGAUUUCAAAGAAUACAAAUUAAAUUCAAAGUGAAUUUCAAAUUUAAGGGCAAAAUAGCCCAACUGAAAAUAGAAGAAACGUUUAUCUAAUUCUGCUAUCUUGACUAUAUUUUAAAAUUCAUUUUAAAUUCACUUUAAAUUUUCACUUUAAUGAAUGACCCUGUUUGUAUUCAGUUGAGGAGACACCAUGGCACUCUAAUCCUUAACAUCCAUUAACAAAUACCUGUCUUUGUCCUGAAGACAAGAUUUUUUUUUUUUUUUUUAAAGAUUCUAUUUAUGCCAGUGACCAUUGGGAGAACUUCUGGGAGCGAUGUACAUAUGGAUUGAAUACAAAACAGUCAUAUAUCUUCAAAUAUAUCAAAAUUGGGGACACAUCGGAUAAUAAACCCAUCUGGAAUUUAUAUAUGGAAUGUUAGACCAUGAUUAAUUUAUUACAUAGAAGAAAGAAAAUGCACCACGAUUAGAAGAAUGAUGGACUCUCUUUCUAUCUUUCUAUCACGACCUGUUUCAUAGUUGAUACUUAUAAUUUGGAAAGAUGUUUAUGAGACCAUGUUGGUCCAUUUUAUAAAGUAUAGGAUAUUGAAAAUGCUGAGUGUCUGAGGAUGGACAGUUUAGAUUGGAUUACUCUUGAGAAGAUCACAGAGUAGAUGGUAUAAAGUAGCAUUUUAUUAACUGUUUGAUAUUGUAGGUCCAGAUAAAACAAUAAUUGAAUGUGUAUCUACUAAGAGACAGGUAGGAGAGGGACCAGUAUUGGGGACCAGAGCUCUUUGUCCCUGAAAUUUUUGGAAACUAUAGAUACUUUUUAAACCAGUUAUUCUUACCAUAUUUUCAAAGGGACUCAAAUCGUGCUCAUGACAAUAGUCUGGUGGUCAUUCUUCCUUUGUAAAGUUAGUUUUGUCCUAACUUUCAAAUGUAAUAUGAUGUAUAUUCAAGACUCUAGUGCGGUAGGAACCUGGUUCCCUUACUAUAAUUAUAAAGGGAAAAGAGUUCCCACAAUUCUGCGUGUGAAGGGAGGAGCAUUGCUUACAAUUCGGCAGAGUCUAGUACUGGGGAAUAAAACUGUAAAGAAGUAAAAAAGAAGCCCUGUGUAUAUAAUCCUGCGCCAUUUACAGUGAAACCCAGUCUCCAAUGAGCUAUGAGAGAUUCAAAUAGAGUCUUUCCAUGUAUGCUGACAGUCGACAAGGACACUUUUGAGAAAGGCUUAAAGCCGAAACGCGUCAAGCGACAAUUCUGUAUUUCUUUUAUUGAGAUCGUGUUUUUAUUAAGUGAAUACAUUGUUAUCCCUGCAUUCAUCUGGUAUCCUGAAGUUUUGUAAGCUGAUAAGGAAUUCCAGGACAAGCUGGGCACUGCACUUUUAACCAUCUCUAAAGAAACAUCUACCUCAUCCUUCCAUUAUCACGAGCCUUUUGAGUCUGAGCCAGCUAUUUAAGUGGCUCAGCAGCAUGUGAGUGAGACCAAAUAGUGUAUAAUAAGAAAAGUUAUUUUAACUGUGCUACUCUAAGGUUUUUAUUUUAUAUUUUAUAUAUUGGGAUAAUUACCCGUGGUAAACUUUUUAUUUAUUGAGUUCUCUUACUGUUUUUUAUUGUAUAUAUAUCACGUUUUCUGUGUAUUGGGAGUGUACAUAUUAGGUGAUUGUAGCACCAUAUAGUAGAAUCUUUCAUUAAUCUUUACUACAUUUUUACUGAAUUUGUAUUAUGCGGUAUAAAUGGAUAUAAACUGUUCAUGUUUUGGUAUCCUUCUGUGAAACCACAACCAUCGCCACUUUUUGUUCUACCAAACCCUAAUUUCUCACUAAGCUCACACCAACUGCCCAGAAGCCAUUCCACUGACCUGUCAGUGCUCGGAGGGCAACAAUCUGUGAAUGUAAUAUACGACUAAAAACACCUAAAUAAAUUAAGGUGAAAGGGAUCCUCUAGAUCUCAUAUUACCACGCGGAACCCCUGAUUGGUUUUAUCCUCAUUCUCAUGGCUUGUGCCCCAAAGUGGUGGCCCACCCUCACUACCAGUGGCACAGGAGACGUAUAUUUAAUUCCCAUCUAGUUACAUUUCUUUUAUUGGAACACUUGUUUCUUUGACCUUUGCAAUAGUCUGCAGUCAACUUGUCAGCUUAUUUAGUGCUGCCCUAAAAUGUUAGGGAAGGAAGUGCAACAUGUACUGUAACUGCACAAACUGGGAAUCAUGCUGAGGGGUUUUUAGUACCUCGGCAUUGCCCAUUGAAGUGAGAGCUCUGCUGCCAACAUCACAUUAAAUCUCUGACAUUUACCUUCUCAACUUUCAGGUAAAAGGGGAAAUCCCUGAUGAGACAGGUGACACAGGUAAACCCCGACAAACUAAUUAUCCCUUUGUAGAGCACACGCAUGGUAAACACUAAAUCAUGGCUGUGUAAUGUACAGACAGAAAUUAGAGUUUCAGACAAAAAUGAGGGUUCAUUAAUCCUGUGGAGUUUUGUUAGAAAACCUUCUUAGAGAUUGUGCCUUUUACCUGAAGGCAUCAAGGUAGAUGUUUAGUGUAAGACUCACCUGACAGGUUUGUCUUGAUGUCGGCAUUUACAAGUUACUGAAAACUGUUGUUAUUUAAAAAUGUACACUGGAGUUUAGAACAGAAGGGUGUGUCACUUGUUGGUUUUUGAAAAAAAUUUCAUAGCAGCCAAAAGCCCAAAAUUUGCCGGGACAGUCCUGGAUUUUGAGGUACUGUCCCUUCGAUUGGCAGACCCAUGCCUUCGAUUGCCAGGUGAACUUGCCCCCUUGCUGGGAAUAACUGCUUACACUGUGCCCUGUGCAGCCUGCGCCCUUCCAUGCCCGCCCUGGUCCUGAAAGGAGGUCAGGAAAAAAAAUGGCAGGUAUAAUUUGAUGUUUAGUCGCUUCUUUUUGCGUCCAUUUUGUGAAUUUUAUUAGAAUUGUUGGAAUUGCAAACAAUGUGUUUGGGAUUUAGAAUAUGGAAAAUGCUCCGUCUAUUGACAUAACAAGCCUACUACUGGCUAAUGUGGCCGCUGGAUUUUCCCUCUGGUGCAAAUUAAAUGUUGCAGCACUGCAGUUCUGGCUUUAAUGGAGGACUGUAGGCAGUGCCAAAUUCAUCCGAAUUGCAGUUUAACCCCUUAAGGACCAAACUUCUGGAAUAAAAUGGAAUCAUGACAUGUCACACAUGUCAUGUGUCCUUUAGGGGUUAAACUUCCAAGUCUACGAAGCAGCAAUUGAGAAGCUGUUAGUAUAUAAACAAGACAGUUCUGAUAAUGGCUGGGGUUCCGCUGAAUUGGUAGCAAUCUAUUUUAUAAUUAAUAAAAUGAAAAACAACUGAACGUUUACAUUGUGGCUGCUUUGGGCCUAUUUCAACAGGUGAGCCUGGAUCUGCAGCUCCAAUAGGCCCUAUGUUAAUUUGGCCUGUGACUGCUUAACGCCUCAAACUGUCUAAAGAUACUGACUUGGCUGUGCUUGUAUCCUCACAUUUAUCUGUAUUUCCCUUUAUAGAUUAGGUUAAACUGAUAGAAUGUGUCCAUAAGGAGACUGGCACUAUCUGUGUAAAUUAAUUAGCUGCCUAUGGCUCAAAUAAAUAGUAACAUUUAUCUUCUUUACUAACCCUUGAGUGUGUUCAUUUUUGCUGUGAAUCAAUGAACCCAGAUAUUGCACCUGGGUCAGAUACCAGCAACAAAUAAAUGAUUACAAUAUUAAAUUCUGAUAUGAGAAUUGUUAAUCACCUGCUGAUUUGGUGAAAAUCCAAAACUUUGAGCUAAAUCUCUUAGAGCCUUAGUGGAGAGAAAAUCUCCCCGUGUAUGUAAAAAUAGAUUAAUAGAUUAAUACUGAGAUUAUAUUAGCACAGCACACACCGCGCAGGAUAGGUUCCAUGGGAACUAGUUAAUAAGUCUGACUUAAUAACACAUUUUUUACGUGUCUAGAUUCUUUAGCUUGGCUCUUUCUUACUGUAUGGAAAUCUCAUAUAUUAUUCUCAUUCUAGGAUUUCCAGAAUUCCUGUGGACUGCGGUUCCAUGGCUCCCUCUGCAGAUGAAGUCUUGCAUUACAUUUACGGAAAAAGCAAUCCUUUGCUAUUUUUGGCCAAUACUAUUCUACUAUCUCUCUUGCUUCUCGUCUUUUGCUCAUUUUUUAGAAGGUAGGUUUUAAAAGAUCACUUAAUAUAUGGCUUGUGAAAGGUCCAUCUUUCGUCCCUGAUAUUCUGGAAAAGAAUGGGUUUUCUAUUUCUCUAAAAAGUGUAAACUCAUUCUGCCAAGCUCUAGAAAUAUUAAGUAUUUGCAAUAAAAUGCUAUAUCCAUACGUACUGCACUGUGCUGCUGAAAUUGUUGGUGCUUUAUAUAUAAUUAUAUAAUAAUCUGGAGUUUUUAAUCUGCGGUUUUAUAAAAAAACGAAAAUGAAUUUAUUUAUUUAUACAAAUUUUAUAAAAUUCUGUAUGUAUAAAAGGCGCUUAGACACAUAUAUAGUUUUAAUAUGUUAAAGGGAUCCUAUAGUGCCAGGAAAACAAACCCGUUUUCCUGGCACUAUAGGCUCCUGGAGUGCUCCCUUCCCGUGGGGCCCCCCUCCCGUGGGGCUGAAGGAAUUAAAACCCCUUCAGCCACUUACCUGGGUCAGACUCUACCCACGCAACAACAGACAAACAGCCCCUAAUGCAAUAUAUCAAUAACAUUUAUUUAUUUAUUUAUAGACUAUCCUUAAAGGGACACUAUCGGACUGACUGUCCCUGCCCCCCUUAAUCAUGCAAUGUAAAAUAGUGCAGUUUUAGAGAAACUACAACGUUUACAUCACAGUACUAAAACUGCCUCUAGUUGCUGUGUACCAGAGUUUGACUCCAUGAAAUGACGCUGGAUCUCCUUAUGUAUUGGCUCUGAAAUUGGAAAGUGAAUACAGGGUUAUUUCGCCUUUCACAUCGCUGGGGGGAUCGUGGGAGCUGAGGAAGACGUGAGUGUUAGGAAUACAUCUUUGUAUUCCUUACUUUAAAGUGUUGUUUCAAAUCUAAAAGAAAGGGGUCAUAAAUAAGAGGUAAGGGUUACUGUAGAUCUUCUACACUGGUUGGUCUGGUCCCCCUAACAUGCCUGCUGCUGUGAUUUCUCUGUGUGAACCUGCAGCAACCUGCAGGGAAGGUUGAGCAGCAGUUGGUCAGAUAACAGUAGAGUCUGACACAACCUGGCUGCUCAAUCAGGUAAAAAAGCGACAUUUGUAAAAAAAAAUAAAAAAAUUAAAAAAUCAAUAAACGUAAUUUAAGAAAAAUACAAUUACAUUUGAUGAAAUGUAAUAAUUUUUUUUUUUUUUUUUAAGGGGAAAUUUGAUGAUAGUCGUCCUUUAAUUUACACACAAAGCCUUGUUUCACCAAUCUUUGAGAUUUAAUUACAACAUGCCACUUGAAUAUAACAUUUUUGAAAUAUUAGAUAUAUAUCUACAUCCACAGAAUUGCUGUUUAGGUUAUACCUAAACAUUGUACAUUUCUAUAUUUUUUUAACUUUUCAUUUGUUUAUUGUAUUAAUCCUUUGGAGAAAUGAUGGAGUGGGUGUAUAAAACGUUAUAGAGAUUGCAUAGAAUCUUUUCAUAAAUUAGACAGGGUCCGAAAUAUUAGCAUAGAAGCAACAAUUUAAUUUUUACAUUAAGUAAAUGUGAAAAAAAUAUAAAUAAAAAGGCCAUAUACCCUUUCCAAUGGGAAUUUCUACAGAUUCCCAAUAGCAUUUGUGGAAAUCAGGGCCGUCUAUUAAAAUCAGGGCCGUCGACAUGCUGACACACACAGACACAGACAGACAGACAUGCUGAUACACACAGACAUACUGACACACACAGACACUGACAGACAGACAUGCUGAUACACACAGACAUACUGACACACACAGACACUGACAGACAGACAUGCUGACACACACAGACAGACAUGCACACACACACACACAAAAUGUACAUUUUUGUACCUUUCCUACCUUGCCUGGCUCAGCCCCGCUCCUCUCUGCCUCCUCUCUGCCUCCUCCUCUGUCUCCCACGUGGCUCUCUGUGGGCUGUAGUUACAGCCGCAAGUCACUACCUCCCAUAGAGAACAAAUGCCCACCGGGUGGCCCUUAUUGAAUGGGCCACCCGGUGGGCCUCCUUAGUGGGGGAAGCAAGGGGGGUAAAUAAUUAAGGGCAGCGGGGCCCACAGGGUAGUUGCCCUGGGCCCCCCAGGAGUAGUGUUAAAGAGGGCCCUGGUGGAAAUUCAGACUCCUGAAAAAAAAGUUCAAAAGUUUAACGUGAACCGGUCAUGCAAAUUUUCACUUAAUUGAAAUCACUCCCAUAUACAUUGAUACACUAUAUAAACACAGAUACACAGUGUAUUCAAUGUAAAAUAUCAAGAUUUAUGCACUUUUGCUGUAUUCCAAUGCCGCUGUCAUCAAUCUUUGUGUAACACACACCUCCUGGCCAUGCUCCGCUCCGCCGGCGCUCCUCUCACAGGCUUUUUUGAUUUGCCCUGAUUGGGACACAUCACCAAGCAGAGAAAAUCUCCUCUGAGAUAUACUCUUGGCUGAUAUAUACCCUUUGUUACCAGCAUGCUGACGUGGGAAUGUAAUGGCGUCACAUCACUGCAUUCUUAUACUCCCUAGCCAGUGGCUGUUAUUGGUGUAAAGCAGAUGGAACCCCUGUGAGAUCGUUUAUGCUCUCUCUUGUUAGUCCCUUGACACGCAGAGGCACUGACUGACAGUUGGGAUAAAAAACUAUUUUUACAUAGGUUUUUCUCCUAUUUCUCUUAUUUUAUACAUUUGUUAGAAAAACUGCUAGAUAGAAUCUUAUAGGCAGUCAAAUAAGCAUGCGUUGUUUGGGGCAUAACAGGUGCCCUUUAAUCUGACAGUAUAUUUGGUCCAAUUACACUCGGUGUAGUGCACUCAGUACCGUCCCUCUCUCCUCACUGUUUGCUAGAAUGCAGCCAUAAAGUUUGAUCUACAAAGGUUGCAGAACAGUGUCGAAGGAGGGAGAUUUAUUUACAUUUACCUUUACUCAAAUAUACAUUUGAUUAUAAUUUAUCUUUAGCACUUACACCUAUUUAUGUUUAUAUACAGUAUAUAAAUAUUUUUUGCUCAUACUCUGAUCCUUAUAUAGAGUAUUUACAAACAAUUGGAGAAAUGUGGUCUAAUUCUCUUUUUUUUCUGACAUCACUUAUCUGUUAUGAUGUUGGUUUAACCCCUGCAUUACUACUUCGGUUCGAAAAACAUGCAGCUUCAGAAAUACUCAGGGGCGUACCUAGAGCAUUUGCCACCUGGGGCAGAUCCUGUGUUUGGCCCUCCCCUCUACCCACCUUUUAAAUGUAAGAAAACACCCACUAUUUUUUUAAAGAAAGAUUUGAGUUUUCUAAUUGUUUUUUUUUUGUUUUUUUGCUUUUUAAAUUGUCUUCCAGUUCCCCUUCUACAAAACACCUGCCUGGUCCCCCUUUUACAAAACCCCUGCCCCCUCUACAAAAUCCCUGCACCCCCCUACAAAUCCCCCUGCCCAGUUCACCUUCUACAAAACCUCCCUUCCUAUAGGACCCCUCCCCCCUAUAUAAAUCCCCUCCUCUACAAAAACCCUUGCUCAGUCUCACUUUUACAAAAACCAUGCACUCCCCCCUGCCAAGUCCCCUUUCUACAAAACCCCUGCCCCCCUUCCUCUACAAAAACCCCUGCCUAGUCCCUCUUCUACAAACUCACCCUUCUACAAAACCCAUGCCCAGUCCCCCUUUUACAAAUCCCCUAACCCCUCUACAAAAACCCUGCACCCCUGUCUAAAAAAAUCCUGCACCCCUCUCUAAAAAACCCCCUGUGCUCCUCUCUAAAAAAAAAAGAACAUGCACCCCUCUACAAAAACCCUGCACCCCUAUACAAACCUCCUGCACCCCCAUUCACAAAAAUGCCUGCCCUCCCCUAUAAGGCUCCUGUACCGCCCAUUCACAAAAAAACCCUGCCCCCAUUCUCUACAAAAAAAAACCCUGCACCACUGUACAAACCUCCUGCACCCCCUUCUACAGGCACCUGCCCACCUGUCACGUGAGUCGUAACCCAACACGCAGGAAAGAGGAAAUCACAAAAGGUAGAUCCGAAAGUCUAUUACUAAGCCUUAGAAUGUCCGGAGUUAACGUAACUAAACAACACAAAUCAGGGUCAAGAAUAAAUCAAGGACAGAAAUAACAGAGUCAAGACAAAGCCGGGGUCAGCAUACCAGAAAUCGCAAAUCAAAUAUGAAGCCGAGGUCGGGAUACCAGAAAUCACAAGUCAAAUAUGAAGCUCAGGUCAAAUACAGGAAAUCACAAGAGAAUCACUAGGAGCACUAAGCUAGGUUCUAACAGAAACCACGAUAGGGCAAUGAAUGGGGGCUAAAACAAGCCUUAAAUAGGCUUUCCUAUGUUCUGAUGGUACCUAAGUUCCUAUGUUCAAAACAGAUUAGGAUUGCAAUAAUGACAUGGUCACUUUAAGAGUGGGCUUGACGUCACGUCCACAUCUAUAUAUAGAAGUCCUGCUGCACGGCCGUGUAGUUCAGUCAGACCGCGUGGCAGGAAGAGCUCGGCUAGGAUCAAGGAAGGCGAGUCUCCCUCAGUGUGCCAUGCAGUCACAGAGUGAUUGGACCAUGCGGCAGGAAGUCGACUAGGAUCGAGGGAGGGGACUUUCCCUAAUUGUGCCUGUGCCGCACAGUCGCGUGGAGCGGUCGGACCACGCGGCAGGAGAGGGUCUGCAUGGCUCGGUGGAGGUAAGUAAUGCUACACCACCACCCCGGGAGGAUACGCCCACUGGGUUUGAAGGACCAGGCUUGUCCGAGUGACGACGAUGAAAGAAACAGACCAACCUUGGAGCAGGAACGUUUCUCAGGACCAUACCCCUUCCAAUGGACAAGAUAUUGGAGACUACCCCUCAGGACAGCAGCAACCUCAUCUUCCUCCACCCCCUCAACCAAUACAGGAGGUGGAGAAGUGCGAGGUCCAAGAAACCGAUUACAGAUCAGAGGUUUUAACAAGGAGGUAUGGAAAACAUUAGGCAUACGCAUGGAACGAGGCAACUCCAGAGCAUACAAUACAGGAUUCACUAUGGGCAGGAUGCGGAAAGGACCAACGAAACGAGGAGCGAACUUCAUGGAGGGUACACGGCAACAGAUAUUUUGGGUAGACUGCCAAAAACCCGAGCACUUCAGUUGAAAACACUGUGAGGGCAGAGCAAGUUGACAGCCUCCGGAUUCCUCCUCCUGCUGCCAGUCGCUGCUCUCGCUGUGAGGAUAGGUUGCACCCCCGUAACGAGUGGCACACGGGGAGGACCGCCCCACCUAUUUAGUAUGCCUGUGGAAAUACUUACAAUAAGUAAAAAUCUCCAACAAGGUUGUCAAUAAAAAAAAUAACAAAAACCCCUCACAAAUACUUGCUUAAUAUUACCACUCCCUAUAUACUGCCUUCCAGAGAAGAGACGGAUACAACAUAACAGUACAUCUGUAUGUUUCCCAUAUAAGAUUUGAGGAGUGUUCACGUAUUAUUUUAAUGAGAGAGCAUACCAGCAGCAUGAGCAUAGUGUCGCUCAUUAAAAGCAAAAUGAAUGAAGCUACAAGUUAAUAAAAACAUUCUAGUAAAUUACACCAGUAACACAACCUGUUUCAUUUACAUUGUUUUACGAAUGAAUGAACGAACUACGAGGAUGUUUGCAUAUUUGCACAGCACUGGUAUAAUUAUUACUUGUAAAGUAAACCAGGUUUUAUGAGAUAUAUUAAAUUUGUGCAUAAAACAUAAAGAAGGAAAGUCCAGGUUUGUUAUGUGGUAUGUGUUUAUAUAUGUUUUAUUGCAUCAUCUCCAUAAUUAGGACUUUCUAUCCCUUUAUAUCCGUGUGCAGCUAUGUGUGUUAUAACUUUAUGUCUUGUCUGUAACCAUAUUUUAUUGUACCACGCUGCAGUAUCAGCUUGCACUAUAACAAUCUAAUAAUAAUGCGUAAAAAAGGGGAAUUAACUACCAAAAUCAGUGCAGAGUGCACUUCUUACAGCUAAAUAAAAUAUAACAUAUAUAAUAUUGCAUACACAAUGUCUGCAUUAAUGGACCCCCGUUUGCUUUGAUAUUUAGUUUCAAUGAGUAUGCUGUAAUGCACAAUAAAAGGACCAGCUGCGUGGGAUUUUAUUCUCGUCUCAUGGGGAGCCUGUCAGCAAACAGUUUCCGCAGAGUUUUUUAGGAAACCUUUCUCCUGUAUGCUAGUGGAUCGGGUUACAAGCAUCAUGUUUUAAUUCUCACACAAGUAAAGCAGACAAGGCCUGUUUUUAACAUGUCCCAUUGCUCAGAGACGGCCGCUGGUCCAAAGCAAUGAACAUUUUCUGAACCCAGCAAAAUAUAUCAGUUCAAAUCCAAAAUGCCUUAUGGUAAUUGGGGAACCCUCCCACUAGAUCACAGAGAUGGCGGAAUUUAGAACAGAGCCAAGCUUGUGUCACUAAAAAAAUCCAAUAAACCACAAGUUCGAAUAAAUAUUGAUUGUCUUCAGCAUUCUCUGCUUUUCCUUUUUUGCGCUGCACCUCUCGCAUCAACGCACACGUACUGUAUUGUAUAUUGGAAAGAGAAACUCUCACGAUAGGAAAAAUAUUUCAUUUGACAAAUUUUGUUUUUCUGUUCAUCCAUUUAUCCUUUGCAGAACUGGUUAGUAAUAUUAAUGACUAGAGAUUAUUAAAAUCUGACAGGCUCAGAAAAAAAUACAUGGAAGAAUAUCAAUUCAGUAGCAUACGGGAGACGCAACACAAAAAUAUAUAUGACAAAUUAUCUAUUUGUGGGUAUUUGUAACGAUUAUGCUGGUACUUGUGGGAAUAGAGACUCUCCAAAUGUUCACUUACAGGGUUAUUCAAUAAAAUCAGAAUUUCUGAAAAUUCCAAAAUUAGGGGAAAUGGAAAAAAAUAAUAAUGUAAAAGUAAAUUCUAUUUUGUAAAGAAAUUUGAAAUUCACUUCAAUUUCUCAGCUUUAAUGAAUAACUGUGAGAAUGUGAAACUGUUUUGGGAAAUAAUACCACAAUUAGUAAAUUAUAUUAUUAGGUAUAUGUUAUGUUAGCCUGUAGGGGUGUAGAAUGAGCUAUUUCUUCAUUGCCUGUAAUUUCACUACUGUUGAGAACCAAUAUUUAACAACGGAUGGUACAGUAUCAUAGAAUAAGAGAGCAUUUAAAGAAUGCUGUAAUCAUAUAUAUUAUAAUUAGAUGAAAGAGAUGAGUCCAAAUUAAAAUAAAAAAAUACAUUAAUAAUGCAAUUAAAAUUCCCUGUAAUUAAAGAUGCAUUCCUAAUGUGUUCCUCAGCCCCCGCACUCCCAUCCCCCAGCUAAGUAAAGGGUUAAGAAAGAUUCCUCCUCUGAUGUGAUCUAGUGGGGGAACCUAAUACGCAGCUAGUGCCGCACACUUUUUAGGCUUUUCGAUAGGAAAGCAUUGCCUCAGUGCUUUCCUAUAGGGUUUUUGAUGACGCUGAACGUCCUCAUGCAGGGUGUGAGGUGGUCCAGCGUCCUUUCACAAACUCUGUGAAACUCCAGAAAGCACCUCUAGUGGCUGUCUAGUAGCCACAAGAGGCAGCCUUAGUUCUGCAAGGUAAACAUUGCAGUUUCUCUAAAACAUGUAUUAUAUUACAGGACAAAGGGGGACAAGGACACUGCACCCAGACCACUUCCAAGAGCUGAAAUGGUCUGUGUGACUUUAGUGUCACUUUUAGUGCUUAAACGAACGUCUCUCUGCAGCCUGGUCCUCCCUCUGUGAGGUCAUCAGGCAUUAUGGUUGUAAGAGGAUCAUGGAGGAAGUGGUCCAUACCCUCUAGAGUUCCAAAGCUUGCCUGCCUACCCCUGUGUUAGACCACGCAAACCGCAAAUUGCACACAUACCACCAUUUCAAAUGCCACGCUAUAACCUCUAGAACGGUUUCCAUACAUUAUAAAAACGUAAAAAAAAGCUUUUGCAACAAGCAUAUAUUUUAAUAAAUAUUUGCAAUACACCAGCUGCAGCUUAUAUACAUGAUGCGGUUGCCCUGGUUACGUUGUAACAAUAUCCAAAUAGUAUCCAUGCUGAACACAGUGAAUUAACCAGCAAGCUGUAAAUAUACUUUGUGUUUUCUGAUAAUACAGCAAUAUGUUGUAAGUACUCUAAUUACUAUAUGGACACAAAUAAUACGAAUGUUUAUAGCAGCAAAAAAAACUAUUCUAGGAGUCAGCAUAGCAUGAUUUACAUGACAGGUUUGCAUAUUAAUGGAAUAAUAAAUGCUUAACCAAACAUAUCGGCAGACUCCAUCUUCUUUCGAACAGCCGGUUUGUCUUAUAUUGCUGUUAUUCCAAUGUGCAAAUAGCUCAUCAGCAUAAUGGCUGGCAGAGAAUUCUGGGAAAUGGGGUGCAACAAUAUUUGGAUGGCAAAGGUCGAACAAUCCCGAUUUAAAUAAUCAAAUGACCAAGUCUAACCAGUGAUAACGGCACACAUUAUACAAAGCUUUUAUUCCCUGCAUGAUCCCGGUAUAUGGCUCUAAUUCUGGUUUAUUGUUGCUGCUACAUUAAGCUCAGAAAUGUAGUAUUUUUAGAAGACACUGUAAUUAGUUAUGUGAAACAAUGCUGUGUUUUGGUAUUUGAUGGAAAUUUCUUUCAAUAGCUUCUCAUGGGACACUGCAGGCACUAUAACCAUUUCGUCUCAUUGAAUUGGUUAGGACAAGGUAUCGUAAUGUUUUGCAAAGUUAAAGGGACAAUCCAGAUCCCUAGAGCACUUUAGCUUACUGAAAAGCUUUUUGUGUGAAGGCUGUGUCCCCUUUUUUUUUUAUUUUACAAAAGUGCAGAUUUCAACACAAAUUACCCCCUUGGAUUUCCAGCAGAAAGCUGGUCCUGUUACUUCCUGGUUAGGUUAGCUUAUUUAUGCUGAAUUCAAGAAGCAGCAAUUGCCCAGAGCACCUGCCUUCCAAAGACUUCUCAUUGAGCUGCAUUGGGAAGUCUGUGAUUGGAUGGCCACAGAAAGCUUGAACAGGGUUAGAAGGGGAGGGCUUGCAAAGGCAGCAGAUAAGAGAUCUGCAGGUUUUGCAAGCUGUUUUUACAUAAACCCCAAUGAAAAAAUGCAUUAUUAAAUGCACGUUUCCAUUUGAGGUAUAUCUACUAAACAGUGAUUUUUAUUUAUUUUAUAUUUGGCCAGUGGAGCUUCAAAUACUCAAGUACUUGGUACUGCCCCUCCAUUCACCGUUAAACCAUUUUCGUGCAGUUUAACACUAAAUAAGGUUUCAUGGCCACUCAAAGCCCAGCCCCCCAUGGCCAUGUGGUUACAGAAGAUAUUACACACUUCCUUCUAGCCAUACCGAUUUAUACCAGCAAUGGGUGCUGAGAAAGGGGGAAUGCAGUCAGCUGACAAUCUCAGCCACGAAUUGCUGCUUAGGUUAAGACUUCUUCAUUAGCCCAAGGUGCACAGAGGGUAUGAGCUUCAGGGGACUCUUGUUUAGCAUUAGAACUAUAUAGCAGUUUAUGGAACUACAGACACUAUAAACACUUCAAUGAGUUGAAUUAGUUACAGUGCCUACAGUGUGCUUUACAAGAUCACUGGAUGAAUUGAGCAGAUUGCCCCUUAAUGGUCCAACCCCCUCCCCUCCCCCAUUAUACCAUAAAGGGUGCAAGGCAUGCUGGGACAACACUGAUUGCGAUUUAUAGUGAUACAUAGCUGCUAUCUGAUUGUCAUUAUUUCGGGGUUUUGUUUUACAGCCAUAAACGACAACUUGAUUUAGUAUCGAAUGGAAGGCGCAGUCCAGAUUCUCAACUCACUAAAAUAGUAAGUUUAUUUUAGGAAAUGUGUUAUGCUUGGUGAAAACACGUUAUUGUUUUGCGUUGAGCACCAUAACAACAUAAAGAAAACUGCAUUUACUGUCAUUAUGGCCAAACUUUUCCAAACACACUUUUUAACUCUCUUCCCUCACCUCUUACAUUUUUUAUUUUCCAUCAGAAACACAGAAAUUUUUUUUUGUUUUAUUUUGUAUUUGGCUCUCUGCUGCUUGCAUUGGAUUUGAUCUAUUUUGAGCUUUUCCAGGUCAAUUAAAAAAAAAAAAAAAAAAAAAGGUAUGUGAAGGUCCUGAUUUUUCAGAUUCCUCUGAUCGAUUUUCAAUUCUAACAACAUAAAGAAUCCGAUAUAAUGCUGGUGUGAUGUUAUUGUUUGUCUGACUUAUUAGAUGUUUUGUCUUUAUUCAGUGAUCGUAAUCCCACAGUGCUGACUAAAAUGCUCAGUAUUGUUAAAAGCACUCUGCAUUGAUAUCACCUGAUUGCACUUUAAUAAUAUUUCUAAAUAAUUAUACUUUAAAGCUCUCCACCCUAAAGCGUUUAUAUUUUUUUUUCUUGUUUUUUUUCAAUGUUUCUAUGUGAAAAGGCUUUUUUUUGUAAUUGAAUUUGCAAUUGGUUCUGGCAGUCUUUGAAGGAGUAAGAAUAAUGGAUGUUGGUACAAAUUAUUUACCUAAGAAGGGUUUUCGGCAUAUGUCACUGAAUGGAUUUCUGCUGUAUAAAAGUGUCCCCUAAUUUCACUGUUCUUCUUCUUGUCAUGGGACUUGGACUAAAUUUAUAGGUUCCUGUAUGUUGUGUAGUGUAACAACAAAAUCCAGCUGUGCUCAAAAGUUUGCAUACCCUAGGAGAAUUGCCGCCCAGGAGUAAUGGGAGUUUGAGCGCAGGACUAGUUUCUUUGUAUUUGUUGCAAAUGCUGCUGCCCAUCACAUGUGUUCCCUAUUAAGAGUUAAUAGGCAUGUAGGGUUGUAUAUAAAAAAAAUACCCCUUUCUGUCUCAUUAGAGUUAUUUUUGCCAGAAGCUCAAGGAAGCAAGGUGAGUGGUUAGAGUUAGGAUCCACCUAAGAGGUCUGCUUUGAUGUGGCAGGUGGGCAUAUCUUCUCAUGGCCAUUGGAGGUAACUAAAAACCUCCAUUUGUUACAUAGGGAUGUGGAAAGAGCGAAGGUAAAAAAAAUUUUUAUUUUUUUUUUGGUUUUUACUAUAUGUAUUUUGGCUGAUGUGUACUAUAGUCAUUGCUGCUGCCCAGGAGUAAUGGGAGUUUGAGCGCAGGACUAGUUUCUUUGUUUUAUCGGUUUUGCUUAUAAGUGACAGAUCAGAAUAUACUGAAAAUGUUUAUAUUAAUUAUGUAACACAAUAAAAAGAAUAGCCAGUGAUUUUCCUACAAUGAAAUAUUGUGAUUUUUACUAAAAUGUGCAGCAGGUGGCAGAGGAUACACACAAGACAAUACAAUGUAACAUGGGCCCAGCAAUGACUCAAUUGUUGGCAGCUUGUAUGUAAUCCGUGUAGACAGCACAGAUAUCAACAGGGUUACUUCCAGAUCAUUCAGAGAAAAAUAAAACCACAUUCUCUGUAUCUCCUGCAUAAAAAGCUGCCACUGUAUGGCACAAAGUGCAGUGUAACAAAGUAUCUCAGACCUAGGGAGCAGAAAGGCCACAAGACAAUUUGUAUGUAGGAAACAAAAUGGCCGAACGACAGAAGCCAUUGGCUAGAAUAUUUGUGGUGUCGGGUUAAAUCUACAGGGGGUAGGUUUUGUUUAAGGGUACAUUUUGUACACCAGUGUUAAAAUGUCACAUGUUACACUAGUUGCCAUUCCAUAAAAGUCACUAGUUGCCUCUUCCAGUUUAGAGUGCCCAUGCCACAAUCACCAGUUCACCUGCCACUGGGUGAGUGGAAAAUGUACCAUGGACUUUUACUCACCCAUUUCUCUCUAAUCUAAAAUAGCAGAUAGUGAUGUCCCGAACGGUUCGCCGCGGACUCAUCAUUGAGUAAACUUUGACCCUGUACCUCACAGUCAGCAGACACAUUCCAGCCAAUCAGCAGCAGACCCUCCCACCUCCUGGACAGCGUCCAUUUUACAUUCAUUGUGAAGCUGCAUUCUUAGUGAGCUGUCCAGGAGGUGGGAGGGUCUGGGAGAGAGGGUCUGCUGCUGAUUGGCUGGAAUGUGUCUGCUGACUGUGAGGUACAGGGUCAAAGUUUACUCAAUGAUGAGUCCGCGGCGAACCGUUCGGGACAUCACUAAUAGCAGAUUUACCAAUAAUGGGCCGCUAAUGGUCAAUUCACCCAAUUAAUCUCACUCACAAUGAUAGCAUAUCAUCUAUUCUCACACGCACAUAUAAAACUAGCCACAUUCUCUCUCUGUAACAGUCGGCCCUUUGGUUCGUUUGAUUUGUUUUCCCCAAAUCUUUUUUCAUUAACUAAGUUGGUUGAGCCGAACUGCAAAGUUUGUCCGUGCUGAAAGUUUAUUUUCACCAGAAGUUAAUUGGCUGAAACUGAUUUUUCUGCCAUACAAAAGUCUACCUUACUGUGAUCUAUAUUCUUAUAAAGCACUACCAGCCCUGACUGUCACUGUUGAUCCUUUCAAACCUCUCUGUAAGGUCAGGGCCGUCUUUAAUAACGAAUGGACCCUGGGCAAGUGUUUGCUUGGGCCCCCUGUGCCCUGCUGCUCUCGCCCCUCACUCCCUGGUAUGCAAUCACGGCAUCCAUCCCAACGCAGUGGCGGUACUAAAGUAGAAUGAAUUUUAUUGGGACCCCCAAUUGCAAGGUUGGACUAAAGGUAGAACCCCAUCUGUCGUGCAACUCCAACAAUGCUUUGACAGCUGGGACUCUACCAAUUUCCCAUGCUUGCAGGGUUGUAUUUAGCACUGAGCCAUGUUAGUAUGUUUGAAUGUAAGCAUGUGUUUGUAUGGAGUAUGUUUGUGUGAAUGUGUUUGUAUGUGGUACUGGAGUUUGAAUGCAAGUGUGCAUUUAUGUGUAGUGUUUGUUUUUGAAUGUAGGAGUGUGCUUGUAUGUAGUGUUGACGUUUCAAUGCAGGAGUGUGUUUUAUAUUUAGUGUUUAAGUUUGAAUGGAGGGGUGUAUUUGUAUUUAAAGUUGCGGCUCAGAUGCACAGGUACACACUGACGCACAAGCAGAUACACAGAUACAUACACUGACUACAUACAGAUAAACAGGCACAUACACUGACAGACACACUGACACAGGUACAUAUAUUGACACACACACAGGUACAUACACUGGUAGGCGUACUGACAGACAUACUGACACAGGCACAUAUACAGACAUACUGACACACACACACACAUACACUGAUCAACAUACUGACACACAUAUACUGACACCCACACACUGACAGAUAUACUGACACCCACAUACACUGAGAAAUACUGACACACACACACACAGGCACAUACACUGACACACACAGACAGAUAUACUGACACACACACACACACACACACACAGACAGAUAUACUGACACAUGCAUACACAUGCACUGACAAACAUACUGACACACACAGAUAUAGACACACAGACAGACAUGCUGACACACACACAGACAUACUAACACACACACACACUAACACACACACACGCAAACACAUACACAAACACACACUAACACACAUACAAACACACACAUACACACACAUACAAACAAACACACACACACAUUUUUUUUUUUUUUUAAAUGUAAUUCCCCCCCAGCCUCCUUACCUUUUGGAGUGCUGGGGGGGAUUCCCUGGGGUCCAGUGGUGCUGCUGGGCUCCUGGGUGGGUGGCCGGUUGGGCAGGAAGGCGGGCGCGCGAGGGAGCACUCACUGCUUCCUCUUCAGCUCCCUCGCGCGCCGCGUAGGAAUGCCGGCGCCGGAAGAUGACGUCAUCUUCUGGCUCCGGCAUCAGUGCGGUGCGCGAGGGAGCUGAAGAGGAAGCAGUGAGUGCUCCCUCGCGCGCCCGCCUUCCUGACCGGCCACCCGCCCGCUGGGGUCAGCAGGGCCCACGGGGCAGGUGCCUCGGGCCCCCCAAGAGAAACUGGGCCCGGGGCAGCUGCCCCGUUUGCCCCGCUUUAAAGACGGCCCUGUGUAAGGUGGAUGUGUUUUUAAACAUAGCAAAUGAUUAAAAACUGAAUUAGAUCAUUUAGAAGGUACAGAACAUUUGUUAAAUUCUGAUUAAAGUAUAGAAUUCAUGCACAGUUUGUAUCACGUUUAAUCAUCUAAAUAUGGAAUAUUUAAUAGCUUAGUUCAGCAUCAAUGAUUUAAUGGAAUAUGCCGAUCAGCUUGCACAAUUAUUUGCGUUAUUGAAAAUUAAAUGUACAUAUAUUGAGUACGCAAGCUGAAACGGUUUAAGAUAUUAACAUGAAUUAAAUGUGUGUGUGUGUGUGUGUAUGUAUAUGUAUAUGUGUGUAUAUAUAUAUAUAUAUAUAUAUAUAUAUAUAUAUAUAUAUAUAUAUAUAGUGUGUAUGUAUAUAUGUGUAUAUGGAAUUGACAGUGUCACUCAAGACCAUUGCUCUACAUACAAAUAUAUCCAGUAUUUUGAUUUAAGAGAAGAAUACAAUGUAUAUGUGCAUAAUAAGGUAUACAAUGCUGUAAUAAAUCGCAUAUAGAGGCAAUAAUCACCAGGCAAUAAAUACAUCACCAGGAUAAAAAUAGCCAAAUCAUGCAAAUAAGCAUAUCACAUUUGGACAUUCAAUAAAUGUAUGUGCUACUGGAAAUUAAAAUAAUAUAGCAUCUAUAAGAAAAAAAAUUAUGUAUAACAUAAAAGUUACAUACACAUGAUAUCUAGCCACAAACUAUUGAAAAUAAUGAAAAAGAAGAUAAAAUUAUUAUGACACGGACACUAAAUAAUAUUAAACAUUUAAACCUUGAGGUUUCUCUGUAUCCGAUUCCCUUAUCCCAUGUGCCUUUAAUUUCUGAUGAAGUUGUUAUGGUGCUCAGUGUCUCUUUAUGCUGUUACCUCAUGUUCAGUUAUAUAAAAUUAUUCCAAAUUAUUAUGCACCCUCUGCCUAUAUGCCAUACAACACUUAGUGCCAAACGACUGCUCCUCUUAUCCACCAACGCAGAGAAAGCGUUCAACCGUGUAAACUGGACUUUCAUGUUCGCCACCCUGAAAGCUAUGGGCUUCGGUGAAAAAUUGAGGAAUUGGAUCGCUGCCCUAUAUAACCACCCCAAUGCUAGGGUACAUGUCAAUGGGGUGCUUGAAGACAGUUUUCAGAUCUUCAACGGCAUGUGUCAGGGCUGUCCUCCCUCACCCCUGUUAUUUGCCAUAUCUCUCGAACCCUUCCUCAUUGCGGUUCAUCUUGGGCUUUCAUGACAAGACUACGGAGCAUAAGCAGAUAAUCUGCUCUUCUUUAUUAACAACCAGCAGAUUACCUUGCCAAGUCUGAUGAAGGAGUUCGAAACCCUAAAUUGAACCUUUUCGAAAUGUGAAGUCCUCCAUAUCACCACCCUGACAGAGGAAUACGAUAAUCUGAGGCCCAACUUCCCAUUCCACUGGUGCACAGAUAAGAUAAAGUAUCUAGGUACCUGUGUGAUGGCUGGCCCAAUCGAUCUCUACCACGCUGACUUCCUGCCUCUAUUACAGAACAUCUUAGAAGUGUCACGGUUAUCACCGCAACAUACAGACAGCGAGACGUGGUUGUCCUGUGGUCUUGUGCAUUCCAGGUCUGUGUCUCUGCCUCUGAACCACAUUCGGUUCUUGCUUUCUGCCUGGAAGUUCAUUCCUGCCCUGUCUAGUAUCCAGCACUGGGGGCUGGACAUUAAUUCAAAUUACUCCUGGUACACCUGUUGUGGAUAGUCUCAUUAGCCAGGUAUAAAACACUGCCUCUCCCAGAAGGCAGUGUCAGUUCCUUGACUCUGGUUAUCGGUUUGCUGACUCCUGUUUUCCAGUGUAUUUCUUGACCCCAGCUUGUUAUUUCGUUUAUUCUGACUUCUGGCAUCCUCUGACCUUUGGCUUCCCAUGACUAUUCUCUUGCUUUUUCCAUUCCUGUACCGUGACUUGGAGUUUACCCUGCACAGCCCCCGUGCACCGACUCACAGGCCAGGUGAAUUCUUAUCUGACCACCUCGGCAUGUGUUUUCUUGCAAGGGUGAGCAUAUAUCUCUGCCUGCCGGACUCCCAACCCAGGUAAGCCCUGACAUAAAGAACUGACCAAUGGCGUCCACAGAGAUGUGCUCACCCCUGUCCCAGCAAGUGUCAAGUCUGGUCCAGACCAUUUCAGACUUACAGUGAGAAUUAGUGCUUCUUAAAGGCGCAGUACACCCAGCCCCGGAACCUGGUUAUCCUGUGGUCUUGUGCAUUCCAGGUCUGUGUCUCUGCCUCUGAACCACAUUCGGUUCUUGCUUUCUGUCUGGAAGUUCAUUCCUGCCCUGUCUAGUAUCCAGCACUGGGGACUGGGCAUUAUUUGGAAUUACUCCUGGUACACCUGUUGUGGAUAGUCGUGUUAGCCAGGUAUAAAACACUGCCUCUCCCAGAAGGCAGUGUCAGUUCCUUGACUCUGGUUAUUGGAUUGCUGUCUCCUGUUGUCCAGUGUAUCUCUUGACCUCGGCUUGUUGUUUUGUUUAUUCUGGCAUCCUCUGACCUUUGGCUUCCCACUACUAUUCUCCUGCUUUAUCCGUUCCUGUACUGCGACUUGGAGUUUACCCUGCACAGGCCAGGUGAAUUCUCACCUGACCACCUCGGCCUAUGUUUUCUUGCAAGGAUGAGCAUAUAUCUCUGCCUGCCGGACUCCCAACCCAGGUAAGCCCUGACAAGAAGACCUAAAGCAGGGGUCAUACCCACAUUUAUACUGGUUUGGACGCAUUGUAGUCCUAAAGAUGAAUGAUCUGCUGCAGUUGCUCUACCUUUUCCAGACAGUGCCACUCUAUUUACCAAGAGUAUUUUUCUCUUUAUUUAAGACAGCGGUAAUCUGCUAUGUAUGGAGAGGCGAAAGAACCCCUAACCGACAUGAUCUGCUUUGACAGUGGGGAGGUCUAGCCUUACCAGACUUCAAGAAAUACCAUCAGGCAGCUACACUGCAAUGUAUCCAUGACUGGCACCACCCGCACCCACACCAGCAGUGGCCAUCACUCAACAUACACAUGCAUGCUGUGGUUUGGCUUGGACGGUCUGAGACAUUAGACCAUAUAGCGACGGAUCUCUAGUAUGCAACACCCUAAGGACUUGGAAGGCACCUAGAGACCUGAACCAUAUCUCCCCUAAACAGAGUCCCCUGAUAGCUCUACAACUUAACAAAAACCUGGGGGGAGGUUUACCUCCCUGUGUUUGGACCUUCAUAUACAGAAACUCUUUCAUCCCUAUUCGCAAGGCACUGGGUGAUGCUAGUGUUUUGGAACUGCGGGACUUCAUGGGGGAAGAAGCCCCGACUCAGAUUAUCAGAUUUUGCAACACCCAACUGCAACACUAUUACCAACAGUUCCUUAACCCUAAUAGAGCACUGCUACACCGGGACUUGACCUGCUUCGAGGGCAUCUGUGAUGGAGGCAUCAUCCUGGAAAAAGUCAUAUCGGUCCUUUACUAACACUUACUCAUAGGGGACAAAACCGCGAAAACAACUUUUAAACGGCGAUGGUAAAAUUCACUUGGUAAUUCACUUUCACUGAGACACAAUGGGAGAAAGUAUUGAUCUUCAACCAAAAGAGCUUGAUCAGCUCUAGUAACUAUAAAAUGCUGUGGGCGUGGUAUCGCACUCCCUCCCUCCUACAUAUGAUAUUCCCAAACACCCCCCCAACAUGCCGGAGACAAGGGAACAAUCAAACACACUUGGUGGAGCUGUACCCAGCAAUCCCCCUACCCCCCCACUAUACCUCCCCACAAAAAUCCACACUUAGUAUACCUCCUACAGCAAUACUUUCCCGGUAUACCUCCCCACAGCAACACCCCCCCCAGUAUUCCUCCCUACAGCAAUACCAUACAGCAUAUCUCCCCACAUAUUAUUGUGGGGAGGUAUACCGGGGAGGGGGGCUAUUGUUGUGGGGAGGUAUAACGGGGGGGGCUAUUGUUGUGGGGAGGUAUACCGGGGGUUGUUGUGGGAGGUAUACCGGGGUAUUGUUGUGGGGAGGUAUACCCGGGGGUUGUUGUGGGAGGUAUACCGUGUUUGUGGGGAGGUAUACCGGGGGUAUUGUUGUGGGGUAUAGGUAUUGCUGUGAGGUAUGUUGUUGUGGGAGGUAUACCGGGGUAUUGUUGUGGGAGGUAUACCGGGGGUAUUGUUGUGGGGGUGUAUACCGGUGGAUUGUUGUGGGUGGGUUUUCCCAGGGAUUGUUGUGGGAGGUAUACCGGGGUUGUUGUAGGGGUAUACUGGGGGUUAUGGGGGGUUUCCGGGGAUUGUUGUAGGAGGUAUACCGGGGAUUGUUGUGGGGGUAUACGGGGAUUGUUGUGGGGUAUGCAGUGGAUAUUGUUGUGGGGAGGUAUACCGGGGUGGUUGGGGGGGAGGGGGGGUAUUGUUGUGGGGUGUAUGUGGAUUGUUGGGUGGGUUUUCCAGGGGGUUGUUGUAGGGAGGUAUACCGGGGGAUUGUUGUAGGAGGUAUACUGGGGAUUGUUAUGGGGGCCCGGGGAUUGUUGUAGGAGGUAUACGGGGAUUGUUGUGGGAGGGUAUACCUGGGAUUGUUGUAAGGAGGUAUACGGAUUGUUGUGGGGGGUAUACCGGGGAUUGUUGUAUAGGGGGGAUUGUUGUGGGGGUAUACCGGGGAUUUGUAGGAGGUAUACCGGGGGAUUGUUCUGGGGAGGUUGUAGGAGGUAUACCGGGAUUGUUGUAGGGAGGUAUACCGGGGGUUAUUGUUGUGAGGAGGGUAUUGCUGGGGGGUAUUGUUUUGGGAAGGUAUACUGGAGAUGGAUAUGACUGUGGGAAGGGACGUUGAUCAGUUAUGAGCAUUUUCAGACGGUAAUAAUUUCUGCUCAUUCUUUGCAAUAAACACAGACUGCAGGAUUUUUUUUUUUUUAUGUUCUAUAGAACGUUCUGAUCCAAAUAUGUAAAAUGAAUCAUGUUAUACCGUCUUUUUCAUGUGGUAAAAUGGAAUACACGCUCAGAAAUAUUUACAGUUUCUUGUGGGUUUCCAGCUGCAUUCAAAAAAAUAAAAGACUAUUCAUUAAACAGAAAGUACGUCGGAAAGUUUGUUGUAUAUUUUGUAAUUUCAUCAUCACUCUAAUAACAAAGACUAAACCCUGAAAAAACAGAGACAGCAAUGUCAAUGCUAGAGAUAAUUCUAUAUCUAUAUACGUACAUUAGGGUGCUGUCAUAAAAACUUACGAAACAGAGCGUCAGUAAUUGUAUCAUUGAACCUAAUGCACUCUCUGCCAAUGAAUGAGGGUAAAAGUUGCACAAAACUGAUAUAAAUAAAGUGUAAAUUGAAUCCCUACUUUAACGACUUUGAAAAAAUGAUAAGGACCAUCUGAGCUCACGGGACUUGGGUAACUAUCAAACUGUUCAAAAAUGGUUUGACUAUUUACUGUCAGAUGUUGCUAGGGAUCGCAUCGUACCAUAACCACUACAAGAAAAAGCUAAAUAAAUAAGAGGAAAAAGGAAUAAGUAUGUAGGCCAGAAAAAUAUCUUCGUAAAGACAUCGAGCACAUCAGCUGAGUUCAUAGUUUGCAAAUUAAAUUGAAAUGCAUAUGUGCCAAUCAGUUAUACAUGGUGGGAAUAUUAGUAUUAAUAGUACUAUAUAUAGUACAGAAUAUUGGCAUUAAAAUUAAUUUAAAAAAAUAAAUGUGUAUUGAACACAAAAACUUAAAGCAAUAAGGCUCACAAUAACGGCUGUAUCGUAAAUUGUUGUUAUGGUUUCAGGAGGUCUCUGACACCAGCUUAUGUUCUGGGGUUUAAUUGUUAAUGAAUGGUUUAGCCCAAAGUGUUGAAUACAGCACCAUUUAGCUUUGCCAAUCUCCUUCCUCUUCUGUCCAAAGCUUGAAUCUUGAAGUCUUGGACAGAGACGCCGAUGAUACACUGAGAGCAUCAACUGAUCCGCACAUUUCUCAAGCCGGUAUGUGGAUAGGGAGCUUCUGAUUGGCUGAAAGCAUCAGCUGACACUCUUCAUCUCUUAUUAGCGCUCCUGUCUGAGACUUUCUGAUAAAGCCUGGACAGAAACAGAAGGAGAUGGGCAGAGAUUAACGGCACUGAAGGUAAGCCAGCUCUGGGUACCCUUCUGUCACCAUAACUUCAUUCUGAUGACGCUGUUAUAGUGCCCUCUUUCCUUAAAGGACCACUAUAGUGCUAGGAAAACAUACUUGUUUUCCUGGCACUAUAGUGCCCUGAGGGUGCCCCCACCCUCAGGGUCCCCCUCCUGCCGGACUCUGGAGAGAGGAAGGGGUUAAAAUCUUACCUUUCUCCAGCAUCGGGCGGGGAGCUUUCCUCCUCCUUUCUAGCGAUGUCAUCGGCUGAAUGCGCAUGCGCGGCAGGAGCAGCGCGCGCAUUCAGCCAGUUCAUAGGAAAGCAUUUACAAUGCUUUCCUAUGGACGCUGGCGUCUUCUCACUGUGAUUUUCACAGUGAGAAGCACGCAAGCGCCUCUAGCGGCUGUCAAUGAGGGGUUAAAUUCUAGCUGUACCAGGCACCCAGACCACUUCAUUAAGCUGAAGUGGUCUGGGUGCCUAUAGUGGUCCUUUAAGGAUAUAUGAAUAUAAACAAUAUAAGAGAUAGACGGAGAACCUAACAGCAUAUUUAAAGUGUAUGGGAAUAGGGGUUAAUAUAUAGAAAUGGUAAAUGUGAGGCUGUUUUUAAGAUCACAUGUAAGAGUUUGCCCAUAAUAUUACAUCCAGUUCUGCAGAUCAUAUCUCGAUAAAUAAACACAAUAAAGAAAUUCUACGAAGGGCUGUUACAGAUAUAACCUAUCGAGCGAGACUAAAGGUUUAAAUAUCCAUAGCUUGGAGCAGAGAAAUCGGUAGGAAGGCACAAUAACAUGACUCAAGAAAACUUACUGCUGCUAUAAACAAUCAACACCUUCUCUUUUAUGAGAAUUCUAUUCUUACUAUUGACCCUUUCAAUAGAAGCACAUACAAUGGAAUAUACAACGUUUGGCUAUCAGGGUACAAAGAACACAACCAAUGUUUGGGCAUUUUAUGGGAUUAGAGAACUGUCUGGCCUAUUACCUUUACCAAUAGUCAUUAGAUACUACCAAUAGUCAUUAGGACUUUAUUGUCUUAUUAUCCCAUAAAACAUCUCCGUAAUCCAAAGAUUCCUGGACUCUCAAAAGCAUUGCAAUAUCAAAAUGUACAUGUUAUGUAUGUUGGAACCACCAAUCCCCCCAGCCCUAAAUAUACCAACUUCCCUCAAUAUUCCAGCAAGUGUGAUUCAUGCAAAUCAUGUAACAAACCCAGGCUCAGAUAGCACUUCAAUAUGCUGCAUUAUUUAGUAUACAACUCAAUUCAAAUGGUUGCGAGUGAUUUCUAUGGCAUAGAAAUUCUGCUAAUUAGGCUUUUAGUUUGUUCCACGUUGAUGUCUGGGGAUGGAAUAAAGUCAGCAGUAUUUAAUUGAAUUAUCGCCCAGACACAGAGGUGCUGAUGGUCCCAGUUGAUGACCCUCUGUUGCUAUUGUCCCUAAAUACAUACAGCUGUUUGGUGGCAAUAAACUGUUGUUGCACCCUAUACUGUGUCAUCUAGUGUUUGGGGAGGGCUAUUAUCCCUGAAGAGUGACUUUCUCCAGCUUGAAGAGGCUCAAGACGGAGGUACUCAACCUACCGGUACUCAGUCUACCGGCUCAAUCACAGCCGGUAUUUUCCCUUCACUAGGAUUUUGAUUGUGUUAAAGAAAAAUCUAGAUGUUUUGUGCCCAGCUAAUUCUAGUUGUUAUGUUUACAGGAGUUUCUGGAUGCAGUCAUAUCUUUAGUGGUUAAACUGUCUUCCAAUGGUCAAACCUCAGUUUGUCCUCCAGCGCCCAUUGACGUCCCCUUGACCUCACAACUCCUGCAGUAUGAGGUUUUGCCAGGUGGCUGUUGAUAGGCUGAGAGUGUCAGAUGACACUCUCAGCCUAUCAUUGGCUGCCUAUUCAGAGGAAUAAAUAACACAGUUGUUGGCUGGUUGCCAUUUAGCAGAUGUGCCCCCACGCACAGCAUUGUACUUGGGGAUAUGAGGCAGGUUUUUUACUUCCCUAUAAGCUUUUAUUUUAUUUUUUACUUUUCACUGUGGCGACUGGCUAGUAAAUUCUAUCCAAUGGACGCUUGAUUAAUAUACGUGCUCCUAGGGCAGUUGGCUCAGGGUACUAGUGCUGUUGCUCGGCAAAUAAUUCCAAAUUUUAUAAUUCCCUUGCCAAAAAUCAAUUUGUUUUAAAAUUGGUGCUUUGGAAAUGUCUGGAUAUAAUAUUUUAUACAGGAUUUAGAUGCAAAAGGCAGUAAUGUUAUACACAGACUGCAUCCAUAUGAAUUUUGGUUAAAUUGGAAUGAGCUUCGGUGAACAUGAGAUUUGCCAAUCUAGUUGGAAUUCAGUUAUUUUCAUAGAAAUUUGCCCAUCCAGGCAAUAUCUAGUGAUUACUGAAUAACCCCUUGACAAGUGGGGUCUAACCAUUGAUUUAUAAAGAGGUAUAAUUAUUUAUUAUGUAACACCAAGCCCCUUUCUAUGUGCAUAACUUUACAUUUAUUUACAUUGAAUUUCUGCCACUUUGUUGCCCAUUUCCUUUAGGUUCUCAAAUUCAUUUUUGGAAUAUAUAAGCCCAGUUCAGCCUUUACUGCUGUCUUUAAUGUUAUGCUGCCUGCACAUAAUCCUCUAUGGUUUCUAUGUCUCCAGCGAGGUCAAUAAUAAAAUGAAAUGUGCGACAUAUGGGUGCGUCAUUGUUUUCAUGUGACUGAUUACCCAUUAUUCUUCAUGGAACUGAAUUUAUCUAAGGGAUGGGCAAUUAGUAGUGGGUAGGACGUAAUGUGACUGCCAACUCCUGCUCAUAAACCCAGUGACAUUAAAUUCUAAUCAUGUGUUUUCAAUGACAAAUCUGUUUCGGGAGAUAUUUGAUAAAUACAUCCUUUCAGUUUAUUAAUAAAAGCAGACGUUGAGUUGCGGAUUGAUAAGGGAAACUCAACAUUUUCCCAAAAUAUCCGAACUGGGAAAAUUCUCCAAGUUAACUAUUUUUCCUGCUCGAGUAAUAUGGCCUAAUGUCCAAUUCUCUUGUGAAUGCUCAUCAAUAUUAGUGAAUACAUGUUUCUGUUGAUUCCAGGCUCUGUUUGUGUAAAAGAAAUAAAAAAAAAAAAAAAAAAAUUAUGUAAAAACUUGCAGGAAAAAUGUAUUUAUUUCUUUUACUCAAAUUAAAUAAAGUCCAGGUAUAUCUGUAGUCACAAAUCAAAAGAAUAUGGGCAUUGGGCGAUACCUCUCUAAACUCUGCGGUUUUGAAAGCACACCCAGAAACAAAGAACGCAGACAUUGUGGCUAACAUUGGCCUUUUUUAACAUCAAAGCCAUUAAACUAUGCAACUUGGCCCAGGUUGAUUUAAUUUGCCGCAGCUCGGAUUUGUUUGCAUUUGGGCUUGCAGUAACAUUUGUUCCUUGAUAAUUGUCCACCACUCAAAUGUUUCCUGGAGUCGAAGGUGGUGUGGGUAAAAAUAAAUGUAUCUGCUAGAUGGGAUUUCAGAAAAGGAUUCAGAGUUGAGUCAUUUAUCAUUACAGAUUGCUGUUAAGUUAAUGCACAUGUACGUUGAGAAAGCAAUAUAAACAUAUGGGUAUGAAAGGUAAUACGUUAAUUCAUGGGAAACAUAGACUUCGGCUAAUAUAAUUUAGUGUAAUAUCCGCUUAUUAAAGCAGAAUGGAAAGAAGAGGUUAGUAGGAAGAUUUGAUGCAAACGGCUGGGCUCCUUAACAAACAUUAUUAACUUGUGGAAGGGUUAAUUAUUAUAAAUUGAACUUCAUUAUCCAUUUUACAACAUUUAGAUUGAUCGUCUGAGUAAAAAUUACAUAUCCUAAAUUCCCCUUAUUCUAGCAGCAAGGUAUACAGUUAUGGAAUUAUUCAUGAAAAACGGUACAUGUUACAAAUUUGUCAUCUAUUUAAAGGAAUACUGUAGGUGUCAUAACCGUUUCAUCUCAUUGAAGUGGUUAUAGUGACUGGCAUCCCUUGGCACGGUCUUGCUUUCAGUGUUAAGCCAUUUUGAAUGAGGGUCCCUGGCUUCCCGUAGGCCCUUCUGUCGGUGUGGCUAAGGAAGACACAAUAACAUGAUUCAAGAAAACUUACUGCUGCUAUAAACAAUCAACACCUUCUCUUUUAUGAGAAAAUUCUAUUCUUACUAUUGACCCUUUCAAUAGAAGCACAUUACUUCCUUCCUUUCAGCCAUACUGAUCCAUACCUGAAUGGGCACUGUGAUAGGCUGAUAGCUGACACUUUUAGCAAAAUACAGCCACCCGUGUAUUUAUCUGUGUAUUUUUACUAUUAUCUAGGCACACAAGAAAUGUAGUCUUGUCCAGUGGAGGAGAAAUAUGUGUAGCAUGAUAAGUGAUCCAUCAGCUAGCAUUCCAUGUGUCUGUGCUGGCACGAUAGGAGACAUGGUCUCAUGGCCUCACGCCAGGGCACCCAUUAUCUGCAGCAGUUAUGGAAUGACAUAAUCAAAGCCAUGGAGAGUGGGAAUGCUGCAUAACCUUCAUGACAUCAUCCGGGAUCGCUGCAGGAUUUGGCCUUGUGUUGGUGUCAGGGUAACUAGCUGCCUUCUAGUGGUGUCAGUUAGCAGUAGAGCUGCAGACAGUGGAAACAUUGAGGUGGCUAAAAGGUAGAGAAAUGUGAGGACGAGAACAAAGAGAUGAAUGAGAGAGAGUGGCUGGGGGUGAGUUUGCUAUAUUGCGGAAGGAAGGUGUAGAUAAGGAUAAUACAUUGUAUUGAGUAAAUAAACCGACAAUGUGACACAAAUGAGGAAUGUGGAAUGGGCGUAGGAGAGGAUUGGCACACAGAGAUUGACUGGGAGGAUAUAAGACUGGCAUAGUCACAUUAAAUGGCACAAAAUAUCAUAGAAACAUAGAAUGUGAUGGCCGAUAAGAACCAUUCGGCCCAUCUAGUCUGCCCAAUUUUCUAAAUACUUUCAUUAGUCCCUGGCCUUAUCUUAUAGUUAGGAUAGCCUUAUGCCUAUCCCAUGCAUGCUUAAACCCCCUCAUUGUGUUAACCUCUACCACUUCAGUUGGAAGACUAUUCUAUGCAUCCACUACCCUCUCAGUAAAUUAAUACUUCCUGAUAUUAUUUUUAAACCUUUGCCCCUCUAAUUUAAGACUAUGUCCUCUUGUUGUGGUAGUUUAUCUUGUUUUAAAUAAAGUCUCCUCCUUUACUGUGUUGAUUCCCUUUAUGUAUUUAAAUGUUUCUAUCAUAUCCCCCCCUGUCUCGUCUUUCCUCCAAGCUACAUAUGUUAAGAUCCUUUAACCUUUCCUUGUAAGUUUUAUCCCGCAAUCCAUGUACCUGUUUAGUAGCCCUUCUCUGAACUUUCUCCAAAAUAUCAAGAUCCUUCUGGAGAUAUGGUCUCCAGUACUGCGUACAAUACUCCAAGUGAGGUCUCACCAGUGUCAUGUACAAUGGCAUGAGCACUUCCUUCUUUCUACUGCUAAUACUUCUCCCUAUACAACCAAGCAUUCUGCUAGCAUUUCCUGCUGCUCUAUUAUAUCUUUAAGUCAUCAGAAAUAAUCACCCCUAAAUCCCUUUCCUCAGAUGUUGAGGUUAGGACUCUAUCAAAUAUUCUGUACUCUGCCCUUGGGUUUUUACGUCCAAGAUGCAUUAUCUUGCACUUAUCCACAUUAAAUGUCUGUUGCCCCAACUCUGUCCAUUUUUCUAGUUUACCUAAAUCAUUUGCCAUUUGGCUUAUCCCUCCUGGAACAUCAACCCUGUUACAUAUCUUAGUAUCAUCAGCAAAAAGACAUACCUUACCAUCAAGACCUUCUGCAAUAUCACUAAUAAAAAUAUUAAAGAGAAUGGGUCCAAGUACAGAUCCCUGAGGUACCCCACUGGUGACAAGUCCAAGCUUCGAAUAUAUUCCAUUAACUACAACCCUCUGUUGCCUGUCACUCAGCCACUGCCUUACCCAUUCAACAAUAUUGGAAUCCAAACUUAAAGAUUGCAGUUUAUUGAUAAGCCUUCUAUGUGCAACAGUGUCAAAAGCCUUACUGAAAUCUAGGUAAGCAAUGUCUACUCAGUGGCUGAUCCAGAAGCUAAUCACGGGAGGGGAACUGGCAGAUCAUUUUAAGAAAUAAUCCAGGCACAAUAACCACUACAGCUCUCUGUAGUGGUUUUGGUGCCAGGAUUUGCUGUGAUGCCUACCCAGAGUAAGUAGUGAAACCGUUUAAAAACAAAAAACAAAAAACGUUUGGUAACUUACCCAGGGUCUGCUGGGAUAGGGGCUGUAGUGUGUGUGUGUGUGUGUGUGUGUGUGGGUCACAGUAUGUGUAUGGAGGGGUAGUGCGUGUGUGAGAGGGGUGCAGUGCAUGUAUGGGGUAGCAAUUUGUAUAUUGGGAGCAGUGUGUUUGUGUGUGAGUGGCGCUGUGUGUGUAUUGGGGGCUAUGUGUGUGUAAGGGGGGGCUGUGUGUGAAGGGGGACUGUAUAUUUGUGUGUAGGGGGAGACAUUGCUUUCUUUCCAGUCCCUGGCAGUCCUAGUGGGGGAGUGAACUGUAACCUGCAGCUCAGACUAGAGUUCACUCUUGCGAGAACGGAGCGUUGCCAUGGUAACCGCGGCAACGCUCCGUGCUCGCGAGAAGAGAACCCGGCAGAGCUGCAGGUAAGAGUUCCCUCGGGUUCUCUCUCCCCUGCCGGCCGCCCAGCAACAGCAGGGCUGGUGCUUGGAUAGCGCCAGCCCUGCAUGGGCUGGCAGUAGAGAGCCUCGGACUCACUAUUUUCUCGGGGGGUGGGGGCAAUGCCCCGUUGCCCCCCCCCCCACGGAUCCGCCAAUAUGUCUACUGCACCACCCUGAUCUAUUAUUUUAGUUACCCAAUAAAAAAAAUCAAUAAGAUUAGUUUGGCACUUAAAUUUUCCAGUUACAGAUAAACAUACCAUACUUCUCAUAAUAAAUAUACUGUUGGCCUCUAAGAUAGGUCUAGCUAGAUAUUGGAAAACACAAACUGUUCCAUAAUGGCCAGAGAUUAAAAUUCAAAUUAAGUUCCAGGCAGCCUAAGAGAAAUAUUUUUAUAAUAGAGAUGUAUCGAUUAAAGUAUUAUACGACAAGAUCUGGUCAAAAUGGUCUGUAAUAUAAAUCAAACUCGGAAUUUCCUUCCCUGUGAGAAUUAUACUAAGUAGAACUCUUAAAACUCCAGAGAUCUCCAAAACAUACCAGCAAUGGAGCAUGUACCCCGAGACAAUAAAAAAAAUAAGACGAUUGAUAGGAUUUAUUGAAUAUAUACUGGUUUUUUUUUUUGUUUUUUUUCUGUUUUUGCUUGGUUCUUUUUUUUUUUUUUUUUUUUUUUUUUUUUGACAAUCUCGUUUUUAUUGAAAGAUUUUAGUACAGUGGUUUGAACAUAUAAGAUAUGCAGAAAGGUUACAGAAAUGCAUACUAAACCAGGGUAAAGACAUCAGUGAAUCAUACAUUGUUCGCUUGGGUUUCGCUAAUUAUUCAGAGCCUACUUAAACCUGCUUAGUGUAUCGAACAAGAGACUACUACUGGUAGGUGGGAGGGUUAAUCUUUCUGCUGCGCCUUGCAUGCCUCGUAUAAGAAGGUCGUGUGUAAGUGUGCAUUGUGUUUCAAUGCAUUUAAGUUCUAGCCUUGUUGUAUAAAUUGGUGUCUACUCUGGCCCCAUGCCUCAACCUGUUAUACAUUCCCGUCUCCCCCUGACUCCGUAGCAUCCCCCAGACAGUGGCCCGUGAGAGGUGUUUGCUUUGUUCUUUUUAUUUCUUUUUAUCCUCUUCUUUUACUUUUUUAAAAAAAAAAGUAUUAUUUUCUAUCCCUUCCUCUCCUCCGACAUAGAAUGAUAAAUUAUACGAUAUAAGUACUAUUUUGUAAUGUCGUAAUUAACAUUUUUAACUAGUAUGAAGAGUUUAAGAGAAAGAAGGAAGGGAUAAGAAGGAUUUAUCUAUAUAUUUAAUUAUAUAACUAUGUUUAUCAAUGUAUCUGCACAUGUAUUUUAUCAUGAAGUUCAUACAAUUUGUACUUUUCUUCUUUUUUUUUUUUUUGUCUUUUAUCAUGUUUGUAAAAAAAAAAAAGUCAAUAAAGAGAAGAAAUAAAUAAAUAAUAUAAAUAUAUAUAUAUAUAUAUAUAUAUAUAUAUAUUUAGUUUGGCAUGAUCUCCCUGAAGUAAACCCAUGUUGUCUCUGAUCUUGAAAUCCAUGUGAUUUUUAGAUGUUCAACAAUCCUAUCCUUUAACAUGGUUUCCAUCACUUUCCCCACUACUGAAGUAAGGCUUACUGGACUAUAGUUGCCCGACUCCUCCCUACUACCUUUCUUAUGAUUGGGCACAACAUUCGCUAAUUUCCAAUCUUCUGGGACUACUCCUGUUAACAAUGAUUGGUUAAAUAAAUCUGUUAAUUAUUUUGCUAGUACACCACUAAGCUAUUUUAAUAGCUUUGGGUGUAUUCAUCAGGUACCAUUGACUUAUUUGUCUUUACUUUUGACAGUUGAAAUAGAACCUCUUCCUCUGUAAACUCACAUGUAACAAAUGGCUCAUCUGUCCUUUUUCCUAACUGAGGCCCCUUUUCCUUCAUUUUCAUCUGUAAAUACAGAACAAAAAUAUUCAUUGAGGCAGUCAGCUAGACCUUUAUCUUCUACAUACCUUCCUUCUUUUGUUUUUAAUCUAACUAAUCCAUGUUUUACUUUCCUUUUCUCAUUUAUGUAUCUGAAAAAUGUUUUAUCCCCCUUUUUUACUGACUGUGCUAUUUUCUCUUCUGUGUGUGAUUUGGAAGCUCUUAUAACUUGCUUAGCCUCUUUCUGCCUAAUCUUAUAGAUCAUCCUGUCUUCCUCACUCUGGUUUUUUUUAUAAUUACUAAAUGCUAACUUUUAGGUUUUUUUUGUUUUUUUUUACUAUUUGGCCAUAUCUGCUGCAUACCACAGUUGUUUCUUAAUUUUUUUGCUUUUACUGACCAGCCUAAUGCAAUUUUCUGUUGCCUUCAGCAGUGCAACUUUUAAAAAAUCCCAUUUCUCUUGGACUCCAUUUAAACUGUCUGUUUUUCAAAAGUCUAAAACUUUUUUGUUUUUGUGUGGUGUGACUCAGUCACUGUUCUUAUAUUAAACCACACUGACUGAUGAUCACUGGAUCCUAAACUUUCACCUACAGUAAUAUCUGAUACCAAAUCUCCAUUUGUUAACUCUAAAUCUAGUAUGGCCUCUUUACGAGUUGGCUACUCAAUGACUUGUUUUAUUUUUUUUGAAUAUUUAAUCUUUAUUUUAAAUUUUUUUUCUUUUAAAUCUCAUUAAAUACAUAUAUCAUACAAAUACAAAUAUACAUUUAUAAUACAAAAAAACAACACAGCAGCAAAAUAGGGGAGGGAGAAGAAAAAUACAUCAAAAAGACUUCCAUAGUAGAGUGGUAAUAUCAUUUAGAUAAGUCUCAUAAUUAUUUACAAUGUUCAUGGAAUUAUUCUACUACUAAUUGAGCGACAUUAUUUUAUACAUCAAUCAUCUCAAUACACUUUGACCAAACAGAAAUCUUAUUGCUUAAUCUUUGUUUACUUAGCAUCAGCUCCAUUCUAAUCUGAAACUCGAGUUGAAUUUUGACUUUCUUCCAGGGGACUUCUGAAUCCCUUUUCCACCAUCUCGCAAUUACUAUUUUAGCCGCUAAAAACAGAUGUAUAAGAAUUGCUUUUAAUUCAUAUGUCAUAUGAGGCCAAUUUAGAUGAAGUAGAACUACCUCUGGAGAGAUUAUCAACUCGAGUUUUAAAUUAUUAGAUAUAAAAUGCUGCAUUUUCAACCAGAGAUUUUUUAAUUUAUAGCAAUCCCACCAAAUAUGUCUAAAAUUGCCUCUAAUACUAUUGCAUCUCCAACAGAUAGGAUUUACUAGAGGAUAAAUUUUAUUCAAUUUAGCUGGUACUAAGUACCACCUAUUUAAAACUUUAAAGUGCGUUUCUAAUAAAUUUAAUGAAUGUAUAUUCUUCUUAACAUCCAUCAUUGAAGAACCCCAUUGAUUCAGAUUUAUAUCGAUAUUCAGGUCUUGUUUCCAAGCCUGUAUGGCAGUAGGAUUUGUAUCUUUAGCUAUUGAUUUAAUUAGUAUUAAAGCUUUGGAAAGUGGUUUAUUGACUUUUUUUGAUGUAAAUAAUAAAUCUAUCAAAUUGCUUAGAUUAGAUUUUGGUAUUAUAAGAUGUGUAUUAAUAUAGCUUUUAAGUCUUAGAAAAUUAAACACCUCUCUAGGAGGGAGAUUAUGUGUCUCUGUUAUUUGAGCAAAGGUUUUAAUUGAUCCUUCUGUCAAUAAUUGGUCCAAAGUCGUUAUCCCUACUUUUUUCCAAUUAUUUAAGUUUAAAUCUUCCACUUGUUUUUCUACAAUGUCUAACUCUAAAUAACUUGGAACUUUUUUUUCUAUAUUCAUUACUUUUUUAAUUUUUAACCAAUUUUCCAAUAAUUGAGUUAGAAUAAUACUGGCAUACUCUUUUUUUCUUUGACAUUUUAUUUAUAUUCCAAAUUAAACAAUCUAAGCUAGAAACUUCUCCUGCCUUCAAUUCCAUUUUAUACCAUCCCUCAUCUUUAUUUUCUUUCAUUUGCAUUCUAUAAACAUGUAGAAUAAUAGCUGCUUUAAAAUUAUUCAUUAUGAGUGGAUAAUCAAGUCCACCUUUAUAUAUUUUCUGCACUAAUAUUGACUGUUUCAAUCUUGGCUUUUUGCCUUUCCAGAUGUAUUGAGUAAAACAUCUUUGUAUUAAUUGAAGCCAAUGGAUUGGAAUAUGGAGAGGUAACAUUUGAAACCUAUAAUUCCACUUUGGUAUAACGUAUGAAUUGAUAACAUUUAUUCGCCCCCAAAAAGUAAUCUCUAGGUUUCUACGAUCUUUUAACCAUUUAUUGAGAUCUAAUAAUAAUGUUAGGAAAUUUACUUCCAUGAUCUUAUUUGUCUCUCUGGUUAUUUUGAUUCCUAAGUAAUCCAUACUUUCUUAUUUCAAUUUCAUAUUUGUUUUUAAUCUCUUGUUGUAUCUUUUUAUUUAGGUUAACAUCUAAUAUCAAAGAUUUAUUUGUAUUUAACUUAUAAUUUGAUAUAAGGCUGUAUCGCUCUAUUUCUUGCAUUAUGCGUUCUAAAGAAUUUUUAGGGUUUGUAAGAGUAAUUAAAAUGUCAUCAGCAUAUAAGAUAAUUUUUUGGUCCUCAUCCAUUAUUUUAUAACCAUGGAUCUCUUUAUUAUUCCUAAUAUUCUCAGCCAAUGGCUCGAUAGUCAGCAAGUAGAGCAAUGGUGAAAGGGGACAACCCUGUCGGGUACCAUUUCUAAGUUGGAACCAUGGGGCGACAAUAUUAGGUCCAAUAGUUCGUGCAACAGGAUUUACGUAUAGUGCCAUUAUAGCUUUCUUAAUCCAACCUUCCAAUCCAUAAUGUUGUAAAACGGCUUCUAAAUAUUUCCAGCUGACUCUGUCGAAUGCUUUUUCAGCAUCAAUCGACAGAGUCAGAACUGGAACAUCAUAUCUAUUUGCGUCAUCCAAGAUAUUAAUAAUUUUCCUUAUACUUGUAUAGGAGUUUCUACCUGGAACAUAUCCUAUUUGAUCUUUGUGGAUGAUUAGUGGAAGAAGUUUUUUUUUAUUCUGGCAGCCAAAACCGAAGCGUAUAGCUUAGUGUCAACAUCUAUUAAAGAUAUCGGACGAUAGUUUUUGAUAUCAGUGGGGUUUUUAUCGUUUUUUAGGAUAGGCAAGAUAUUAGCUUUAAGCAUCUCUGCUGGUAAAAAUCCUCUGUUUGCCGCUAUGUUGAAAGCAGAGGUCAAAUGUGGGCAUAUUGAAUCUUUAAAUGUUUUAUAAAAUAGGUUGCUAAACCCAUCCGGGCCUGGUGUUUUAGAUCUUUCUAAAUCAUUUAUUGCUUUCAUAGUCUCCUCCAUAGUUAUAGGUUUAUUUAAGAAAUCAUUUUCAAUAGAAGUUAAUUGAGGCUUCUUUAUAUUAUUUAAAUAGUUUUUAAUAUCCUCAUCUGUGUUAAUCUGAGGAAUAUUAUAUAGAUUGGCAUAAUAUUCAUUAAAACACUUUCCAAUCUCUCUAGGGGUUAGUGCUAUUUUUCCAUUCUAUAUUAUUUUGUCUACCUUAUUUUGUCCUUUUUGUUUUCUAAGUUUUUGGGAUAGCAUCUUUUCAGCUCGAUUGCCUUUGGAGUAAUAUUUAAGUUUUAAUCUAUCCAUAUUUUUAGCUAUCAUAUCCAUUAAUUUUUGCUUUAUUUUUUCUUUAAGUUCUAAUAUUUUUUCAUAAAUUUCAGGAGAUGGAGAUUGUUUGUUGAUAUGAGUCAAAUCUCUUAAUUCUGUGUGUAAAAAUGCCAAAGUAUUAUUUUUGUCAAGUUGGCUUUGUAACUUGAUAAUAUGACCUCUUAUAACGGCCUUAAAGGCACACCACAAAAUAGAUGAAUCAAUAUUUUCUGAGAUAUUUUCUUUAAAAUAAUUUUUUAUAUUAUCUCUUAUGAGUUUUUUUUUUUAAUUCACAACAAAGCAAAUUAUCUCUUAACCGCCAAGUAUAGGCUUCUCUUUUAAAUGUACUAAAAAUCAUUUCACAAAAAACUCCAUUGUGGUCUGUCCAAACUAUCUCGUCAAUCUUAGUUUUUUUGGUCAUAUCAAUAAUACUUGGGUUGACCCAAAUCAUGUCCAAUCUUGAAUAGGAAAAAUGCACUUUAGAAAAAUGCGUAUAGUCUCUCUCAUUGGGAUUAAAAAUUCUCCAAAUAUCGAAUAAAUUAUAUUCAUCUUUAAUUUUUUUUAAGGCUUUUGCUUGUUUUAUAACCAUCUGAUUUAAAGUAUUUCCUUUCAUUAAUUUUUUAUCUAUCUGAGGGUCUAGUACAGCAUUAAAAUCCCCUGCCAAUAUUAACUUUCCCACUUUAACUUCAUCUACUUUUUCCAAAAUUGUUUUUAAGUAAGCAACUGGUAAAUGAUUAGGAAGAUAUAUAUUACAUAAUGUAAAAAGUACAGAGUCAAUUUUGCAUAUUAUUAUUAUUAAAUACCUGCCUUUAGUAUCUUGUAUUUGAUGGAUUACUUCAACUUUAAUCUUUUCUCCAAAUACCACAGCUACUCCACAUUUUUUUUUUUCCUUAUUGGAAGCUUGAAUUAUAAGUGGAAAUCUUUUACCCCCCCAAUUUUGUUUAUCCACUUGUCUCCAGUGAGUUUCUUGUAAGAAUAUUAAAUUCAAUUGUUUUUCACUGAGGUAUUUAUACAAUAGAUUUCUUUUCGCUAUAGUAUUCAAUCCCUGAACAUUAAGUGCAAACAUUUUUAUCAUUUUAUCUUCAAAAACCUCCCUGCAUCUCUUUCCACUCGAUAACCGUUACCCUUCCCUAUUGCUGCAUAAACAUAUCUGCACAAACACACAAAACAAAAUAUUAAAAUCAUAGGAGGAAAUCCUCCUUUUUUAUCACAAAGACUGUAAAUUUUCAUAUAGAAAUUCAGUCUUUACUGUGUCUUUAAAUUAGACACUAAGUGGGCGUAUCCAGAAAGAGGUAGUAAUAUUUACAAGUUUGCAAUCCCUCUCCAAGAGGGAGAGAAAAAAAAAUAAAAAAAUUUCUUCCAUUAUUUUAUACUUAGCUUCAUUGCUCUGUGAUUCUUUACUUUAAAUAAAUCUAUUUCUGUUUAACUUACUAAUACCUGUGAAUAAUUUUCUUUUAACCACCUCGUUAAGUACAAAUCUAAUUAAUACUUAGACAUGUUUACUUUUAAGUCCUUAUGUUCCACAUGCUUACAUGCAUAUACCUAAUUAUUUAAUACCCUUAAAGUGAGAACAGUCACUGACUUGUUUUAGAGACAAUCCCAGUAGGGAGUUUGUAAUUUGUCCUAAUGUGUUUUACACCCCACCUCCUAUAGAAUGUAAGCUCCAUUGAGCAGGGUCCACUUCAACCUAUUGUUCCCGUACGUUUAUUUGUAAUUGUCCUAUUUAUAGUUAAAUCCCCCUCUCAUAAUAUUGUAAAGCGCUACGGAAUCUGUUGGCGCUAUAUAAAUGGCAAUAAUAAUAUGUGUGCUCCUGGCACAAGCAGCUAUUUUGGUUUUCCAAUUUACAUCAGGAAGAAUAAAGUCACCCAAUGAGUAUAACUUCCCCCUUCAUGGUCAUUUUAGCCAUUUCCUCAACUAGUAGAUUAUCUAACUCUUCUUAUAGGCAUGGUGGGAAAUAUGAAAUAUGGACUAUGGGACUAUUAGGUAAAAUGACCAAACCUAGAAGACCUACAAAGGUAUCGUCUCUGCCCUUCCCCUGCCCCCCCCUUGUCUCGGCACUCCUUACAGCACUCAAUAAAGCUUUUUUUAUUUACACAGGGGAUUCUAUUUUCUUCUUUAUACGCAAAGGUCCUUGCAUGUUGUAUCAUUGUAACAGCCCUUAUAUUAAAGGGAUACAAUAGACACCAAAACAACUUUAGCUUGAUUAAGCAGUUAUGGUAUAUACAGAUAUAAUCAAAAUGAUUCACCCCUCUUUGAAAAUCAGGUUUAUUGUCAAGAUUCACAGACUUUCAGUUGGUUUGCAAUAAACAAAUCAAACAAAAGCAAUUGAAAUAGCUCAACACCACGAAUGCUUCAAUUGGUUUCCCCAAAUUCAACUGAAAAUGAAACUUAUGACUUCUUCAGUCUUAAAAUUAUCCGACCCCUUCAUGGAAAGCAUCUUUUUAGUACUUAGCAGAGCACCCUUUUGCUGUCAUGACCUGCUGAAAAUGACCUGCUGUCAUGACCAGCCUUCUUCAAAUCCCACCUGUCAGGGAUCCGCGGGCGGCUAGGAGGGGAGGCUGCACGCCGCUUGCAGCACUCACCCUCACUCCAUUGCUGCCCGCGGUCUCCCCUCUGCUUACCUCUCGGCGAGCGGCGUCUCCUCUCUGCCGCUCGCCACCCGCGUCCUCCACGCCCCCCAGCGGCAGCAUGUAUAACGCUGGGAGGUCAAUGAAUUAUGUAAACGCCGGGGUCACGUGAGUGACCCGGCGUUAAAGAAACAGUACCACAAUCACAGUGGGGGGUAUAGAUAUCCCCCACGUGUGAUUGUUAAUUCUGAUUGGAAGUUAUCCAAUCAGAAUUAAACCUAGGGUAUUUAUACUUACCUUUCCUGUCCCUCAGUGCCCUGUUGUGGUCUGAUACCUGUAGCGUAGUGUUCUCAUCUUGCUCUCUGGUUACCGAUUAUUUGGCUCGUUAUUCCGAUUAUUCUGUCUUCUCCACUCUUUUGACCUCGGCUUGUUUCUCAUUCUCCUGUUUUCUGGCUCCCUUUACCUGGCUUGUCUCCUGACUAUUCUUAGCGUGCUUAGCCCGGCCACUCUAAGGUCCGGUACGGCACCUUUUCUGUGUGUGUGUGUGCCAGCGUGUUAGGUUCCACGAAUCGUGACAUCACCAGAGAUUUUCUAUGGGGUUCAAGUCAGGUGACUGUGAUGGCCAUUGUGGAAUUUUCCAGGACUUAUUUUGCAACCAUUCCUUGGUGGAAUUUGAGGUAUGCUUUGGACCAUUUUCUUGUUGGAAUGUCCAAUGAGGAAGCAUCAGCUUCCUCACAGGCUGUGGGGAUAUUUAUGGGGUGAUAAAUAUUAAAAUAAUAUUUUUCAUAAAAAUUAUUUUAAUUUUUAUUAUAUCAAAAUUGAAAUAAUGGCACUGUCCCCGAAUUUAAAAAUAUAAUAAAGCUGAUAAUUUCCCACUAUUUAAUUCUCUUAGAUCCUAGAAGCCGAUGAUCAGAGGAUUUUAUUCCACACCGUGAAUCACAAUUCUUUAUAAAAAUAUAAUUUAUUGUGACAAUAAUAAUAAAAUAUGUAACAUGCGUGAUAAUAAUCAGUGAAUAUUUAGGUAUAACAUAGGUAUACAAAGUAUGGCAAUGGUUUGAACACAAUAUAGCAGCUACAGCACCAACUGUCGUAACAAAAUUUAUGAUAGGUAAACAAUCUCACAGACCCAGAAAGCUCACAGCACAGCGAGAAGCCAUAAAAACUUUGGCUGACAGUUAGAGCACACUGAUUAACUCUUCCAAUGCUGGUUGCAAUCCUCCUAGUCAAUAUAUAUCCUAUUAUGUUGCAAUAUUCAAUAUAAAACAAUGUUCAUACCAGAUCAUUAACCAUUCCUGGAACCAUGCAAUGAGAAUAAUCUGCCAGAUUUUACAUUAGCCGAAUUUUAAUUUCCUUACAUAAGAUUCUCUAUCUUAUUUCAGAGCAAAUCAAUACACCUGGAUAAAAACAGCGGUAUGCUAAUCUGUUGAUAAAUAUUACAGUUAAUAUAUUGUUGUUCCACCUGCAGAAUGGAAUUUUUAUAACCAUAUAUUCUUUAGUUAACUAAAAUUUCUAAUUAUGAAAUCUGGCCGAUUUUAUCCAGGCAUAUAUUCCUGCUAUGUAAAAUUUCAAUUAAUUUAAAUUAAUUAAAUAAAACCAGCAUAAUUACCAGUUAUGUUGUAGAUGUUCUUAUCAGAUGAGCAGAUAGUCCCAGGAAAUAGUUUCUUAAGUUUUUUUUUAAGAGAGUUUGAAUGUGUUCAAAGAGUAUAAGUCCUUGAAUGUCAGAUUUGAGUGUCAAUCCCAGAGUGUCUCCUCAAUGUGUGUCCUGAAUGUGAGUGUCCCUCUCUUCCCUUUUGUUCUUACUUUUUAAAGGGCCAAACUCUCAGUACGUCAUUAGUUGAUCGGACGACUAGGAAGCAGUAGGUGUGUCUACCUUAUCUAGUAUUAUCUAGUUUUUGGUCAGUAGAUGGCGCCAUUACAUCACCAAAAUUUCUUGUCCAGGAAAGCGUUAACUUCAUUUGAUGAUGAUUUCGACGUCAUUCCUUUAUCUAUUUUAUGACUGCAUAACUCAAAUUUGCUGUCAAUGUCAAAGGUUCACACCAGACAAAGCAUCGGUAAUUCCUAUCGUAUUUCUAAAAUUGACACCUCCUAACCUGAAUUUCACCCCAUUUCUUACAAUGGGACCUUGUAAGAUUUAGAAAGUAAAUUAAUUACUUGGUGUUAUCUGUUAUUGGUGUCUGGCUUUCUGUUAUUCUUGUGUGAAGCUGUGUGUAAGAUUAAUCUAUUUCAUUAACAUUAAGAAGAGUAUCCAUCCCCCUUCUCUGUUAGAUUCAUUGCCUUGUUUACAUUACACACUCCUUAGCUCAGGCUUGAAUGGCUGGAGUUACAGAAAGCAAGAAAUUAUGUGUCUUUCUUAGCCUGAAGAUACCAAAAUGGAGUCAGCUUUGUUUUAAGUGUGACUGUCAGUAGACACUUUUAAUUUCUAUUUUAGCACAAAAUGUCUGCCGAUAUAAAUAUACUGACAAGACGGAAUGUUUUUUUCUCCUAGGAUUGCCUGGUACUUCAAUGAGUCAUUCUAGCCUUCCACACGCUGCCGGUUUCCAGUGCCAGUGGAUGCAAAGCCACCAACAUGCUUAACUGUAGGCAGUGUUCUUUUCAACAUAUGCUUCAUUCUUCUUCCCUCAGACAUACCACUGAUCCAUUGGCCCAAAAAGUUCCAGUUUUGUUUUAUUGCUCCACAGAACAGAAUCCACAAACUUCUGUGAAUUUUUUAUGAUUUUGAGCAUAUUAGAUCCGACUUUUCGUGUGAUUUUUGGAUUAGUAGUGAUGUACGUCUUGGAAUUCUGGCAUGGAAAUCUUCUGCAUUUAGUAUGCGCCUUACUAUGCUCACUAAAACCUCAGUUCCUGUUACCACCAAGUCUUGCUGCAGGUCUUUUGCAGUCACUUGAGGGUUUUUUACAACCUGCCUUCUCAGAAAUCUGGUUGCAGCCAUUGAUAGCUUCCUUACUUUGAACUUGCAAAGUAUGCUUCCAACGGUGUCUCUAGGAACAUGCAGUGCCUUCGACUAUAUUUUUGUAUCCUGUUCCUUGUUUGUGAAGGGAGAUGAUCUAUUCUCUUAAGUUUGUGGACCACUAUUUUGCCAUAUUUCUAACAUGCAGUCAAAUGUGUCACUCAAUAAACCCCUAGCCAGUUCAGGUAUUUCAAGUGUUCCAACUCAAGCACACCUGGUGCAACUAAUGAAUCCCUUGAUUAGUUGCAUCAGGUGUGCUUGAGACAAUACCUGUUUUGCAUAUUUUUAGUGUUUUGGGGGAUUCUAUUCAGGUGGUUGAAUAAUUUUGAGACUGGAGAAGUCAUAAGUUGCAUUUUCAGUUGAAUUUGAAGAAACAACUUGAAACUAUUUCAAUUGCUUUUGUUUGAUUUGUUCACUGCAAACAGCUGAAAGUCUGUACAUGUUCACAAAAAACCUGAUUUUCAAUGAGGGUUAAAUCAUUUUGAUUACAACUUUUUAUCAUGCCUCCGAAGUAUCACUGCUCAAUUCUGACAUUUAUGAAUUAAAUCACUUUGUUUAUAUAGCCCUAGUCACACCUUCCUGCAUGAGACUAACAGCCUUCCUAAACACUUCCUGUAAAGAGUCAUCUAAUGUUUACACUUCCUUUAUAGCACAUUCUGUAUAAUUUUGAAUGUAUUAUCCCCUGCUCUGUUAAUUGCUUGCUAGAUAAUCACAGGAGACUCUUGUGUGUGUGAUUUAAAGUUCAAUUUACAGAGGAGGAGAUGAAAAAAUAUCUAAAGUAAGUUAACAUUUUAUUGAAAAUUAAACCUUAUUUUCAUGCAGGCUGUGUCAGUCACAGCCAGGGGAGGUGUGGCUAGGACUACAUAUACAGAAACAAUAUUGAUUUAACUCCUAAAUGGCAGAUAAUUGCUCAGUGAGGCUACAGGAGCAUGAUCUAUACACCAAAACUGCUUCAUUGACUAAGAGCUUCUGUGUUCCCUCUAGUGUGAGCUGUCCCCACAGUUAUCUCCAGACAGCAGUCAGUCUGUCUAACUAUUUGGAUCAGAUGCAGCAUGAUGUGCACGGUUUAUAGGAAGAACGCUGACCUUCACUCAUUGACAAUAGGGUGAAGAGAGGGGAAUAAAAAAACUUCAAUAUUUUAUAAGUAUGUCUUUCUCCUUCUUUUAACAGACCAUAAAGAAAGAAUCAUUAAGAAAAAAUGAGAAAGGAACACAUGGAGUCAGCCAUAAAGGUAACGAAAUGUAUCAAUAACACUAAGUAAAUCUAGUGUGUGCACAUCCCAUGCAAAAUAGCCAUUUAUAUCACAAGGAAUACAUCAGUAACAAUCUGUGCAAAAUAGCCAUUUAUAUCACAAGGAAUACAUCAGUAACAAUCCGUGCAAAAUAACCAUUUAUCACAAGCAAUGUAUCAGUAACAAUCUGUGCAAAAUAGCCAUUUAUAUCACAAGUAAUACAUCAGUAACAAUCCGUGCAAAAUAGCCACUUAUAUCACAAUCGAUGUAUCAAUAACAAUCCCAUUCAAAAUAGCCAUUUAUAUCACAAGCAAUGUAUCAGUAACAAUCCGUGCAAAAUAGCCAUUUAUAUCACAAGGAAUGUAACUGAGAAGAGGAGCAGAGUAUCUUAUUCACACAAAUGAUCACCUAAACACAAUAAUUGCAGUGUGAGUACACAUUGCUGGGAGUUUCAUUGUAGAGGAAUUGAUUAUACACUAAUAUGUGCCAAGAAUGGUAAAAUAAUGGCCAAUUAGAAAGAACUUGUGUAUAAUGUACAUUCUGACAGCAAAUUAAAGGGAAAGAUCAGAGCGGUUUAUGAUAAAUGCUGAAAUGUUAUCAUCCUGCAUCAGUUAAUGCUUAUUUAGUUUGUUUCACUGGUUAUGCUGGAGAAAGUCCCAUUGGUAGAGAGCCUACAUUCUCCAGCAAAACCUCUGGAUCAAAAUAUCUGGAACUUUCUAUUUAUAGGUCCGUAAAUCUGUCUGUCUGUCUAUCUAUCUAUCCCUCUGUCUGUCUGUCUGUCUGUCACUCUGUCUGUCUAUCGCUAACUAUAUAGUGUGUGUUGUGUGUAGUGUGAGGCAGUUAAAUUAAUACAUGACUGUACGUGUAACUUGUUGCAAAUUGUCAACAAUUCUCACUCAGCGGACAUACACUAAGUGUAUCAACCCUCCCCAGCUAACUAAACUCAUUCUAAACAUACUAAAAUAAUAAUACAACUUAUACAUGCAUUAUUCCUCCAAUUCUGCGAAGGUUCUUAAUUAUUUUAAUAAUUAGUAAAGCUUCAGAGCCUUUUAACCUCACUCUAGGUAACAAUGCCCUUACAAGGGUGAUCUGCCCGUCACAUUCUACAGUUGGAUCACUUGCAAUCAGUGGGAGAUCUUCUGACGAAGCUAUUGUGAGAUGUGAAAUUUGUAGCAGUGAUGGCAUCAAGAAAAUCUAGUAGCCAACUUUAAAAUGGUGGAAAAGGGGGAGUCACAGAAAUGUUGGGAUAUAUUUUGCAAUGUGUCACUUUCAUUUCUGCUCAAGUUUCACUGCAGUAUGUUAUAUUCCUUAAUUACCAGACGAGCCAGGUACCAGCCAUUACAGAGGUUUUGUGAUAUAAGGGGGCUGACUAGAAGGCAGAUAAAAUGGCCGCAUACAUAAAGCACUUUCAGAUCAGUAAAUCACAAAAAAAAAUCCUUUACCUGACAAGAAAUGUACGUGUAUAUUUGAACUGUAUAAGAUUACCAUUUGCUUAAAAGCACAAAAUGCAAUUAAUUCCCUCAUGAUAUAUUCCCUUUAAGUUGUGAAAUGUGGAGUCAUAAAUCAUUUUGGCGAUGACUCCUUGAGUGAGCAUAUUUGGAAGAGGAAAUCUUCUGAGUUUAAUAUUAUUCAUGUGACAGUUAAAACCCAUGUAGGUUUGAGUAGUGAUGACAUCUGACCUGUUUUGUGAAAAUACUAAAUAUUCACAGAUGGUGUAAAUGGACAAAAUAGGGAUACAGCUGAAUGACUAAAAAACAUAAGAAUACAUAGUACAUAGUGAAGUAAUAUAUAGAGAAUAAUAAUAAUAAAAAAAAUUUUUUUAUACUUCACUGGCAUACUCCCACUUCUUUGAAGACAGAGCAACCUAUUCGUGGAGGGUGAAUAAGGCGCAUUAUCCAUCACUUAAAGGCGCAUUAUCCAUCACUAUUUUGUGAGUGCAAUCAUUGAAGUUUAUAUUUUAUCACUGUGACGGUACUUCACUAUGUACUAUGUAUUCUUAUGUUUUUUAGUCAUUCAGCUGUAUCCCUAUUUUGUCCAUUUACAUAUCUGCAUUUGAGGUUCGUUUGGGGGAAACCUCUUGGGAAGCUGCAUUCAUCUCAUACCAAGUUAAGUACUCGUGUAUAUUCCUACCACUGUGUUGGUUAGGUGCAUUUGUAUUUCUUGUGUUUGUAUUUUUUUCUUUUUCUUUCAACAUUCACAGAUGGUGUCUGUUUCGUGAAACUUAUAAAGUAGCCAAUGAGUCUUAACCUAUCCUAAACAAUGCACAGAGAAAGCAUUUCACUUGGUAUUCCUCAAAGAUAGAUGUCUUCAUGCUGUCUAGUUGCGGUGGAAUCUGUAUUUGAUGGGGUGCAAUAACUGAGAUUUGUAGCCACAGCAGGUGGUCUUCCAGAGGUGGCCUAGUCAUUCUGUUAACACAUAAUUAACAAUGUGUAAUUUGGAGAAUGGGACAGGAUUUAAUUGCAAUCAUCGAUGCUUUGACCGGGAUUCAAGAUCCCGGACCAUCUGUAUAGGACGUGGUGGAAAUCUUGAGAUACCUGCUACCUAGCUAGAGAGUUUCAUUGUUACAUGAAACAUAGUGUUAGCACAGGUACCGUUGGAAAACUUUUUUGUUCUAUGCCUCUGGCUGUUGAUCCCGGCUGAUAUGUGUUUAGAAUCAUAGAUGUCAACAAAUAAGAUAUAUAAUUGUUCUCUGGUUCUGUGGUUAAAUAGUUACGGAUAAAUCAAAAGAAAAAAACAAACUAAAGCUUUAAAAAAAAAAAAUGGAAUAAAAAAACCCUCAGCACUUAACCUUCAAAAAUAGAACAUCACAUUACUUCUGCAAAGAUAGUGUGUAAACGCCAAUACAUUGUGUAUAUAUCCUAAUAUAAUGUGACAUACCUAAAGUGUUACCGUCUGGGGACUUUGCAUAAUUUGCAAAGAGCCCUCGACGGUGACAUUGCCUCUGGGAGCCGGGGGAGGGGAAAGCAAAGAUGAGUUCUAUAUACCUGAACUUGUCCCUUGUGGGCGCUGCAAGCAUGAGAGUACAGCAUUAAGGUCUUUGGAUAGGUAAAAGCAAUUCCCUGAUGGCUAGGGGUACUUUCACUCCAAGACGGCAAUAGCUCCGUCCAGUGUCUAGAAGUGUCAGACAGAGGAAAUAUACAGAGACAGAGUAUAAAGAAUAUAAAUUCCAACAUAGACAAUAUGAGUAUUAUACAAAGACUCUAUCUUUAUAAAAUACUCAUUUUCUGGGGGGUAGGGAAGAAGGGGAAGGUAGGGGUUACAGUGCCGCUUUAAAAUAGUUUCUAAGUUUAGCCUGUCAAUAAAUUAUAUUAAAAAAAAUAUAUAAAAAAUACAAAUAUAAACAGCAUCGAUAUUCUGGAUUAUAUAAGUAGACAUGCUUAGCAGGCUUUAGAAUACAUUGGAAAUCCUUAAAAAAUGUGGAAAGAUAUAGGAUCAAUCAUUGAAAUAUUGCCAGAAAACGGCAAGUCUGGAUCGGAUUCUAAAUCUGAAAUAAUGUUAUAACCCAUCAUGUAAAUGGCAUAAAUCAAUAUAAUGAGUGCACCAUUAGGAACAGCAGAUAUAAAUAUGUCAGCUACGCUGAGAUAGGUCAAUUUCUGACAUUUUCCAGAUACUUUUUAAAAACACUGCACUAUUUACCAGCACAUCUCCGUGUCUGAACUAUUGGUUAAUCUAGAUACCUAGCAUGUAACUGACUUAACCCCUUAAGGACACAUGACAUGCGUGACAUGUCAUGAUUCCGUUUUAUUCCAGAAGUUUGGUCCUUAAGGGGUUAAACGGUUACUCCAACUCUUUCUGUAAAACAUUUUUCUUUGUUUAGUUUUCUAUUGUGCACGAUAAAAUGGGAUCCCCAGUCCCCUUUAAAACGUACCUGUAAUCCAGCGCCGAGCGAGGAUCUUCUACGCCCUGUCCCAAUGACAUGUCGCAUCUUUGGCCCUUUUAAAUGCUUCUCAUAGAAAAGCAUUUGAUUGGACUGUUUGACUGGCUCAAUGCACAUGCACCCUCUCUGAGCCGGUAAGGGGAGGGGGUGAGGUUGGACAGAGGAAGGGACGGUAGGGGAGACGUAGGGAGCGAAAGAGGGAGGUUAAAAAAAAAAACUGUUAAGGGUAUAGGCAAGCGGGAUUUCAAUUAAAGCAGAAGGAGGGGACAUACACACUUCCCCUUGCAGGCAGUGCAUGCAUGGGAGCUACAUAGGAGGGGACAUACACACUUCCCCUUGCAGGCAGUGCAUGCAUGGGAGCUACAUAGUACACCCAUUGGCAGAAAGCAGUGCAAAUAUCUGUGUGUACAGUAAUUCAGGAAGAAGUGGUCAUGGUGGUUGGAUUAACCCUUUAAUGGAGGAUGCUGAGGCAUGGCGCUGAGAAUAUUGCAAGUCAUUUUAAAAUCAUCGAAGUGAUUAUUGGGGCACUACCCAUGGUGCACUGAUUAUUGGGGUACUACACGUGGUGCACUGAUUAUUGGGGCACUAUCCAUGGUGCACUGAUUAUUGGGGUACAAUCCAUGGUGCACUGAUUAUUGGGGUACUAUUCAUGGUGCACUUAUUAUUGGGGCACUACCCAUGGUGCACUGAUUAUUGGGGCACUACCCAUGGUGCACAGAUAUUGGGGUACUACCCAUGGUGCACUGAUUAUUGGGGUACUAUUCAUGGUGCACUGAUUAUUGGGGCACUACCCAUGGUGCACUUAUUAUUGGGGCACUAGUCAAGAAGUCACUCUUAACAGGUUAACAGGUAUCCAUGCCUUUCCCCUAUAACUUAACCUAAAAAUGAUCUUGAAAAUUAUUUUUAGAGCAUUGCUCCAUGAAGUUAUCACUGGCAGGUUCCCACUGUACUCUUAGGACUCCUCUUCCUUCCAGUCAGGCUGCUCCCUCCAUUUUGAUGGCACUAAGAGAAUGAGUUCUGCCAGUAUAGUAGAUGAGUCUGGCCUCUAUUUUCUUCGUAGCACCCAGGAAAGCUUUAAAGGGACACUUGGCAAUUAUUUUUCUUUCAACCAGCAAGCAAACCUGUUUAAAUAGAUAUAUAGUAAAAAAGGGGGCGGGUGCGGGCGGCCAUGCCGACAGGCGACAGGCUCCAGGUCACUGGAGCUCCUGCGGAAUCAAGCUAAUUUUGGGGAAAAUACCCACCUUAUGCUGCAUGAGAGCUCUGGAGGUUCGGGGAACGGAGUCCUGGAUAGUCCCGGUGUAGCUGGAGCACCUGUUACCGGGUGACUCUAGGUCCUGGAGAGACAUUUUGGGGCUUGAGACCAGAGGCCUACCCAGGAGGAGAGCGGGGCGGACGGCCGCUGCCUCGCAUUCCAAUCUGGCUACUAUGAUAUGGCUGGCGUCCUCCCAGUCUCGUUCACCCCCCCUCUGGGGUUAUCCUGGCCCCCACCAGGCAUGAUGUCAUCAACACACAACUACAGGGUGACUAAACGCUGAAGGUAAAUGGCUCCCACAAUGCCUCCUUUAAAUGGCCGACGGCAGCUUAACAACUCCACCGGCCUAAACAUGGAGAACCCCCUAUGGCGCAUGGAAGCAGACUGCUCCGCCACAAUACGCCUAACCAGCGCUCCCUAUCACCGGGACCAGUGACCAACCAGGGGGGUACACCCAGAGAAGGCAUACCCAAGCAUCGACCCUAAUAUAACGCAGCCCGCACCUGAACACAGCGGCUUAAGUGGCACCGCGUUAACAAUCACCCACCAGACGACUGGGAGACCCGGCAAUCUGCAACCACGGUGCCCUCUGGCAAGACUUUGGGACUCAGAGGACCUUCUUAUAGGGACUAUCCCCAACCAUGGGAACAAACUGCCUUUAACAUCUCCUAUGCAACCAGAGCCGGAGGCAACCCCAACAUCCCACGAUGACUGGCACCUAAGGCACACACCACGGAACCUUCCGACAGCCUCAAAAGCGGUUACUGCGGCUGCAUUCUAUAAUUAAACAUACUGCAAUGUCAUUCAUGUUAUAAUCACCAUUAUAAGAAAUGCCAGUUAGUUUUUUAUGCCUAAUGCUGACGAUGACAUAGUCUGCCCUGCUUUGCCUGGUGGUAUAUUACUUUACUUUUACACUUCAUUUAGUUAAGCUUAUUACUUUAUUAUUUUCUAAUAUGUCAGUAAGUCAAUCUGUAUUUAAGCCUGUACUUAUAACCUUACCUGACACACAAGACUAAAGCUCAUAAAAGCGUAACUUAGCAUACAAACUACAACUUUUAAAAAUGUGCCGAUAUGUCUGUCACUAACGUACAAACGCUGUGUUUACAUCUCCUAACUCCGCCAUUGUGGCAUAGUCAAACGUUCUGUAAAUCUCAAGCAACGCUCACCCACUGUUUAUAUUUUCUCUUACAAAACUAAAAAUGUGCUGUAUACACAUAUACCACGUUAUGUUUCAACUGUUUGUUACAUUACUGCUUGUGACUGCUAUUGUGGCUGAACAAGCCUAUUGUUAUACCAUGCACAUCAAAAAUAAAUAAUAAAAAAAAAAAAUAGCAAAAAAAAGCUUUGGAAAGUAUGUAAUAAUUGUUUACAAAUUUGGUCAGAUUGCAUUGUUGGGCACGUCUCUCAUCUUGGACAGCUUCUUCCCCCUCCCCCAUUGCCCACCCAUCUCAGUUUCAGACCAGUCCACUAAUGACAUAAACAGGGCAUCAUUGCGCAGCAGCAGGAGAGAGAAACCCAAAGACAGAGCCUACUCUGCCGAUCACACUGACCAGGUUCCCUCUUUGUCCCCCUGUCAGGAUGUUGCAAGGUAAAGAGAUCUUCUAACUGUACGUGUGUUAAUCUGUCAGGCAUGCCCAAUUCACUUCCACAAUAUUCCUAGGCAUAAGACACUGGUGAAGGUGUCCCGCCGCAAUGGGUAUGAAAAGCAUAAAAUAGGAAGCAUGUAAAUAUGAAGAAAUCAAAAAUCAUAUUUAAAGGGACACUAUAGUCACCAGAACAACUACAGCUUAAUGUAUUUGUUCUGGUGUGUAUAGUAUGUCCCUGCAGACAUUUUACUCUAAGCACUGCAAUUUCAGAGAAAAGGCAGUGUUUACGUUACUGUCUAGUAAUACCUCUUGUGGCAGUCACUCACAUGGCCACUCUAGGCGCUUCCUGGGUCAGUGCUGCGCAAUGUGCAGCACUGAUGUUCAGCAUCUCCACAAUGUGCAUGGAGACACUGAACACUCCCCAAAAAGAUGCAUUAGUUCAAUGCAACUCUAUGAGGAGAUGCUAACUGGCGCAGAGUGGCGUUUUGCAGUUCAUGCACAAUAGCCUCCCAAUUCUUUCCUCUGGGAAAGCAUUGAAUUGGCUAAGCAUCCAUUUUGAUUAUCUCAGCCAAGGAGACUGAUCUAGGUGGAGCCAGCUGUGGCAGACCUGCGCGGCGCUGAAGUAAAGGUAAGUUUAUUUGUAUUCCAGUCACCAUAGUGUUCCUUUAAUGUACCUGCUUUUUUCAGCCUUUUGUGAGGGUACUGUCUCAUUCUCAGCUAAAGCUUUUGAAUAGGUCAGUUGUCUAAAAGUGUCACAUGUCCCUUUACAGAAUAUUCAGUGAUCCUAUAUUGAUCUGGGCAACAAACUGAGGUAAUACCAGGUCACGGUGCCCUACAUUUUUUCUCUUGCAGUUCUUGUCAUUUAGUGAUAAACCUAGCAUGCAUUGAUGCCCAACUGACACCCCUUUUCCAGGAAGGAACUCCUGUUAUUGGCACCAGCAAUGCCCUCCCACCCGGAGCUCCUGUGGGAGUUCAAACCAUUAAUGCCUGGUGUUUGUUCUAGUUAAUAAUAAUUUUGUUUUAAUUGUAAUGUGCUAGAAAAGGAGUUGCCGAUCAGUAAAGGUGUAUUCUGGAAUAUAUUAUAAGCAUGAGGCUGGCUGUAUGUGAGAAAACGUAUCUCAUGAACAGCUGAAACGUUACUCUAGCAUUGAUUUUCUUAGAGAAGCGACACAUGUAGCAAUAGGAUCACAGCACAGCACUGAGGGAAAACUAAGCCCAGUUAUUUACUAUUGUUUAUAGUCCUGGAACAAUGGCGAAUUACUGUAAGUAGCUCACCCAGGGCCAAAUUAAGAGCCCAUUAGGCCUGGUGCUCACUAUUAUGAUGGAACUAAUUACAGAAUCUUCUUGACAGAAAACAAACCUGUAAGUACGUAUCGAGUGUCCUGUAUCUGGUGGAGGUGAUGCUGCAGGAAUCUCAGAGUGCAGCUAUGAGAAAACACAUUCCCUCUGCUAAUCGCUCGCUUUCAUCUCUCAGCCUAAUUCAUUUCCCCCAAUUCUGGCGCCCUGUGAAGCUGGAUGUCUGUGGGUGGGGUAAACGGAGGUGGGCUAGUUACAUAGUUAUAUAGCUGAAAAGAGACUUGCGUCCAUCAAGUUCAGCCUUCCUCACAUUUGUUUUUUGCUGUUGAUACAAAAGAAGGCAAAAAAAAAACAGUUUGGAGCACAAUUUUGCAACAAGCUAGGAAAAAAAAUCCUUCUUGACCCCAGAAUGGCAGUCAGAUUUAUCCUUGGAUCAAGCAGUUAUUAUCCUACAUUGAAAGAUUAUAUCCUUGAAUAUUCUGUUUUUGCAAGUAUGCAUCUAGUAGCCGUUUGAACAUCUGUAUGGACUCUGAUAAAACCACUUUUUCAGGCAGAGAAUUCCACAUCCUGAUUGUUCUUACAGUAAAAAAACCACAAUAGGAGCAGACAUACCCAGAAAGGAUGCCGGUCAGCAUGAAGAAUUGGAAGGGAAGCCUAGCAUGAAUGCAUGACCGGAUGCCUGCCAAUCACACAGGCUGGCCGACUAAGCAGACAGCUCAGAUCUGUCUAAUGAUGCGCUCUCUAAGUUUUCUGGGGAAAGUUCCCUAAUGGCCCCUAGCACUCACUUGUCUCCUUUCCUUCUUACUAGCAGACAGAAGCUCCUGUUAUACCGUCUGGGACAGAGGAAAGGUGUAUGUAGUGAGUGUAGAAGAAAGGGAACACGCCACAGUGUUCGAGAGACUGAAGCAGCAAGAGCAACUAAUUUCAUUGUCAGCCAGUCCACACCAGUUUUGUUCCGGCCACAUCCCUCUUAGGUUUCCAUACUUAAUUUCCCCUGCACAAAGUAAGAGCAUGAGGAGUGUAGUAAAAAUUUUCUUUACAUAUAUAUUAUUUUAGCUCAAUGUGUCUAUUCCAUAGGCCUGGAGCUUCAGCUCCAUUCGCAUCUAUGUUAAUCUCGUUCUACAUUUAUUUAAUCAGUGGAUAAUGUGGUAAGACAAAAUUCCUGGUUGACAAUGGCUUUAGGCCCUAAUUUAUUUAUCCUAAAACACAUUAUUGUGGGCGUGAUGAGAAUGAGAAUAAAAUGUUUCGUAAUGAUAAAGGGAUUUCUUUUUUGGCUACUAAUUCAAAAACGUGUUAAAACAGGAACAGCCAAAAGGGAAACGCGCUUGUAUAUACUAGUUAGUACGACAAUAAUUUAGGUUUAUAUUUAGGUUCACAUCAUUACAUUUUGGAACUGAUGGCUUAAAAGCUUCCUGGCAUCUUAAAGUCUCCUUAAACCAGGGUUUUUUAUACCUUAGGACAUGUCCCCAUGGUAAUUUUGUGGGUACCUAAUGUUCAAAACAGGCACAUCCUAUUGAUCUAGGACCCAGGCAACUGCCUAAAAUAAACUGGUUACAGCAGUUAUUGCCUUCUCCAGAGAAAUGGAAUCGCUGCAAAGAGAGGGUCGUCAAGCUACUGUUAUGUAAAGUAUUUGGGUCCCUGCCUAAAAAAGAAACCAUGAUUUAAACUAGACUCAGAGAUUUGUUUCGGUCCGAACUGCAAUUUUUCCAAAUUGGGGCGAUUGGAGCUAGAUUGAUAAAGGGGAAACAAAAAAGUGGAGAAUAAAAAAAAAAAAAUCUCCUUUCACAUACAGUAUUUAUAUAUUAUGUAUUUACUAGAAAAUAUUUUACUAUUGAUUUUUUCUUACUGCUAACCCCGUUUUCUCUUUAUAGGUUAAAUAUUCUCUCUUGAUCUGUGAACCGAAUGGCAGGGAAAUGCUCCUAUCAGUAUAUAUUGUAUAUAUUUUGCAAUCCACUGGCCCAUUUCUGUGCCCUUAUGGUUUGUCUGAUUCGGUUCUUGAAUAAUCUUUUUGGUACUGAUUUUGGGUAAAAUUAUGGCAUCACGAAAAAAAAUUCUGUUUUUGGGGAAAAAUAGAUCAGCCAAGUCGAAUUUUCUCUAAUUUAAACUAACGAGUAAACAAGUUUGAUUGUAGAAUACACUGUAUCCCUUGAUUGUCAGGAACGGUGAACUAAUGUGGAACUUUGGACGGUUUGUGCAUUAUCUAGGUCACAAGACACCUGAAGGUAUAGUUUUAGUGGUAAAUUGUGUUCGCUGAAUAGUGUUUUUGUUGUAUGUGAAACAGGUGUCAGGAGCCCUGAGUCAAUACUGCAAUAGUUAUCGGGUCUGCAUGAGGAUACAGUUCAGACAUCGCUGAUAAGGCAUGCCAUAUAUUGCUUGAUAUGGACAUAUUACCUUAUUUAAAUAUACCAUAAAAAGUAAAUAGAGGGGACUGUAAAAUGUAACUUCUAUCAUCCCGAUAUGGGACAACAGCUCUUUUGUAAAAAAUAUGUUGUCCCAAACUGGAAUUUAAUGAACACCGUGAUUGCAUAUCAGGCUCCCCUGAUCUUUCUGGUCUCUCACAAAAAAAGUGAGUAUUUAAUAUAUUAUAAACAAUGGAGAGGAUGGUGAUACAAACAGGAUCUGUCCAUUUAAAUCGUAGCUAACAUGCUAUUUAACAUUCUUAUAGAGUGUCAAAAAAUACAAACAAUUUAAAUAGAAUAAUAUUUUAUGUAAGAGAGGUCUGUAAGGUGUUUCAGAGUGGGGGCGGCCAUCUUUGAAUUGUUUUACAAUUUUCGAAACCUUCAGUAACAGUUACAGAAAAAAAUACAAUUACAGUUCCAGACAGAGAUCAUUUCAUGUCAGCAGUCAAUCAGCUCCAAGCUCCCACUUUAUACUGAACAGUGAACACCAACAGGUACUAUGAAUGUUUAUGGUGCUCUGUGCAUUAACCCCUUAGGGACACAUGAUGGAAAUAUUCCGUCAUGAUUCCCUUUUAUUUCUUAAGUUGUGUCCUUAAGGGGUUAAUAUAAAUACAAAGGUUGGUUAGCAAAGAAAAAAAUAAACAACAAACAGUAAAACACAGUAAUUUAAUGUUAUCAGUAUGAAGUACAGACAGUUUGUAAACUCAUUUUAUGCAAUGGCCAAGUCUAUUUCAGUUGCUGUGGCAUGACCGGAGGAAAGCGAGUUUGGUUUUUUAUUUUUGAAACUUUAUGCUUUUCUUAAUAUGUAUUUUUAUUUUUCUAUUUGUAUAUCAAGAUUUUUCCUUUUUUUUUUUUUUUUUUUAAGAGGCAGACCAUGUAUUAUUAAUAUCAUUUUAAUAAUGGGUACCAUCAAUCUAAUAUAGUUACGGUACAAAUCGUUUUCAGAUCCCAUAUGUAGCUGUGAGUGAUGGUGUACCAUGUAUUAAAAACCAUGAUAUAGGGUGGACUGUGGCCAUGUGACUAAUACUGCAGACUGCAUUCCCCCAACCCCAUUAAUUCAGCUAUAUCCCCGUAGUAAUAUUUACCAAGAGAGGGGCUGGGGAGAAAGAGACACAGAGACUCUACAGGUGUCUUUUUUUCAUAGGUCCUCUACUGGCCUAUCACAUAUUAAACAAACUCUCUAGCAACAUAAAGCCCUUCAGCUUGCUGGAGUCUGUCAUAGUUGUGACAGCUAAUAAAAGUGCUGACUUCUGUAGUAUUCACCCAAGACGCCUCACCCGCCUGUCUGAUUGAGCUCCAUGGAGCUAAAGGUAGAGGCAGGUCCGCAGCUCAUUGAGAAGCAUGGGACCGCUAUGAUCAUGUGCGCCCAAGCGGCUCCAGCACAGAUCUUAUCAAUUCUCUAAUUAGAAUAUUCUCCAACAGAGACUCAAAGCCUUUGUCAUGGAAAGAGGCGAGAGCUUGCAAAGGCUGCAGACAGCAGAUCUGCGUUUUUUGCAGACUGUUUUUUUCCCUCUAUAGCCAUAAAGAAAACAUGCAUAAAAAAUAUAUGCAUCUUAUCUUUGGGGGUAUAUCAGGAAAAUAGUUUUUAAAGAAAUUAUUUUCAAUGGAAUGAUCCUUUAGCGGUGACAGCUACGAAGAGACAGUCCUGACGGUGAUGCAUAGAUGUAUAUCUCUAUUUCUAUUUUCGCCCUUUUGAUUAACCAUAGAACUAAACUUAGCAGUAUACACGUAAAUACACAAAUACUAAGGUUUUUUCAUUUUAUUAUUAGUAUCAAAUUUAGUGAAUUUAAAAAUCAAGGCAAAUAUGUUUAUAUGUUAAAAGUUAACAAAUUCAGUUUUCAGUUGACUGCAGGUCUGUGUUUAUUGAAAAAAACCCUGGCUCUUUAAUGUGAGAGGGUAAAUGUAUAAAUAGUAAGAGGAAAUAGAGAAAAAGAAGGAAUCUGGCCUAGGUACACCUGUCCUGAAACCUGGGGGGAUAAAGAUUAAAGUAGGAUGGUUAUCUGGCAAGAAAUGCCAAGUAAGGCAGAUUAGGAGGGGACGCAAGCAAAAUAUUCACACCAAUGACAGAGCACCCAAGGGCUGCAAAAUCUAGACUUCUCAAAUAUACCCUCUAAGAAUUUGUACAUAUGAGCAAUAAUAAGUGCAUGCUUACCAUACCAUAUCAAAAUUCUGGAGAGAGGUCUUUCCUUCGUACCAACUCCAAUUUUUGACACCUGUUUCUACACAAACUUGCCCUACACAAAUACCAUUUAAUUAAUAAAGAAAAGAGAGCAAAAUCCCUAGGCCUCUCAAAUAAAGAUUUAGAACUUGUCAACACUUUGGUGUCUCUCCUAGAAGAGAGUGAUGAGCAAAUACUGCCCCACUAUACCAACUUGAAACCAAAAGGUCGUUUCACCCCAAUUUCUCCACCUUUAGGAAUCUAGAUCUGUUCCUUGAGGCAGUGAAGAGUGAGAGCGAAGGCAUAGAGACUAAUGAUUUGACUGCUUUCCCAACGAUAAUCUCUCUAAAAAGGAACAAAUAGCCCUCAAAUCUCUGAAAGAGAAUGAUCAGCUGGUUAUCAAACCAGCUGAUAAAGGGGAGAAUAUAGUGGUCAUGAACAUAUUAGACUAUGAAGCUAUGGUACAAAAAGUUUUGGGGAAUAACGAUACCUAUAGGAUUAUGAAGUCAGAUCCAACUGUCUUUUUGACAAAACCUAAAGAGAUCCUGGUUGAGGGCUGCAGUGGAGGGUUGCUGUCCAAUGACAAAUAUGAAUUUUAUUCUUAACCGUCUUCCAAGGAUAGCAACCUUCUACUGCCUGCCAAAAAUCCACAAGGACCCACUAAAUCCUCCUGGCCAUCCUAUUGUAUCGGGGAUUGAGAGUGUAACUCAAAACAGUAGUCUUUAUAUUGAUAAAAUUUUAAGACCCUUCAUUGAGAAACUACCCUCUUACAUCAGAGAUACUAAACAAGCCCUAUUACUCCUCUCAAAUCUUCAAAUACCACCGACUGGAGGCCCUAUACUCCUCUAUCCCCCAUGAACGAGGUAUUGAACACACAAAAUAUUUUUUGGACCAAAGAGGACCUGAUCAUUCUCCCCAUACGACGUUUGUACUGAAACUGUUGCAUUUUGUUUUAUCCCACAAUUAUUUCCUUUUUCACAAUAGGUUCUACCACCAGGUGAGGGGGACGGCCAUGGGAACGGCAUGUGCACCCUCCUAUGCCAACCUCCACCUUGGUUGGUGAUGAAAUCCAGCUCUCUCUAGGUCUAUACACCGAUGAUACUGUCAUGGCAUCGUUAUAUAUAGACGAUAUCGUCAUUGUAUGGUUGGGGAAUAAGGAAGAAUUUACCAAGUUUGUCUGUCUGCUGAAUACUAACGAAGAGAAUCUUAGAUUUACAGCUGAAUUUGGAGGUCAGUCUCUGAAUUUUUUGGAUAUAACCAUCUCCAUCAGUGAGACCGGGUCUAUAAAAACAACUCUCUUCAAGAAGCCCACUGCCUCGAAUGCACUUUUAAAAUGGGACAGUUUCCACCCCAAGCCUUUAAAGCAAGGGAUACCUGUUGGGCAGUAUUUGAGGGUACGUAGGAACUGUACGGAUCUAACAGAAUUUAAAACUAAAGCCAAUCUGUUGAGACAACAGGUCUGAGAAAAGGGGUACCCGAACAAGUGCCUGAAAAAAGCAUAUAAAAGGGCCCUGGAGAUUAACAGGAAGGAUUUGAUCUUGGAGCAUCCAAGACAAGAUCCGCUUACCAACCAAAUCAUUCGGAUGGUUGGUACGUUUGACACAGGGUAGAAUUCUGUCAAGAGGUCAAUUGAGAAAUCCUGGCCGAUUCUUUUAAAAGAUGCCCACUUGAAAGAUGUCCUGACCCCUUGAGCAACUAUAACAGCACGGAGAGGGAAAAACCUCCACGAUAUGCUGGUCCCGAGUCAUUUUUCAUCUAAGGGUAACACGGGGACUACCUGGUUAGGAUGUAACAUCCCUCGGGGAUCAUAUGGAUGCGGCAGAUGUGUCGCUUGUAAAUAUAUUCUACGGGACUCUAAGUGGGUAAUGGAUAGUAAUGGAGAACAAAAGUAUGAGAUCACACAUUUCUUUAAUUGCAAUACUGCAAGACUUGUAUACCUCCUCACCUGCAGUUGCAGUCUAAUGUAUGUGGGGAAGACCUUUAGACCGUUCAAAGAACGGAUCAAGGAACAUGUGAGAUCUCCAAAGAACCGGCUGGAAGCUAUAAUUUCCAGACAUUUAAAAGAACAACAUGAAGUUAUAUCUAAGGAGAUCAGGUUCUGCGGCUUAGAAUUGAUCAAACGGGGCCAAAGACGGGGGGAUUUUGAUAAAAUAUUACGCCAAAAAGAAUGCAGGUGGAUAUAUAAACUUAAAACCCUUAACCCUAGGGGGCUUAAUGAGGGAUUUAUGUUCUCUCCAUUCAUCUAAAUUUCUAUGUAGGAGGAAGUGGGUUGUUUUUUUUUUUGUGUAUACUCUUUGUAUAUUUAAACUGAACUUAACUUUGAACUCUAAUCUGCCUGUUCGGGUUUCUUUAUAAACCUUUUGUAUAUAGUUUUUGACUAUUUUAUUUUGUUUAUAUGGUAUAUGCAACCGUAACCUGGUAUAAGUGAGGACAUAAAUUUAGGCAUAUCCUGAAGAGAUGUGAAUUGAGCACACUUAGAGGACAGGCAUGACAUAAUUCAUAGAAUACACCCAUUUAAAUAUGGUAAUAGUUGGUCAGCUAUGGGUCUGAAAUAGAUCCAUUAGGUGCACCUUGAUGAUACAUCUGGGUUGUGAUACUAUUAUGGCCACUAUAGAAUCCAAGGGAUAUAUAUAAGACUCAGGAUGUGAGUCCUAUAUAUACAGCAUGCAGAAUCUAAUCCUUCACAUGAACACGGAGUAUGUGAAUAAUACUUAUACUCUAGAUCUGCUAAAUUUCCAUUUAUGCAAACUAUAUGUGCUAUAUAUAAAAGGUACCACCCCCAGUGUAGAGAUAUAUAUAUAUUUACCAUAUUUUAACAUCUGCAAUAUUAUAGUAUGCUACCCUAAGAGUAAUAUUGAUAUCUGAUGACAAGCAGGGAAGUACUUAACUCCCGCUCUUAUAUGACUGAAGUUUUAGCCGGUAAUGAAAACCCCUGGAUCCUGUGAUUUAGGUUCUAUGGGACACUGGAUGACAAAUACGGGGCAAGUAUCGAGCAAUCAUAGCGCCCCACGCCCCCUGUGAAGUGAGACAUCGGGGUGAAGGGGGCAGUACAAAUCCACAAUUAUUCAAAGCCCCGCCCCAGUAUGCCAUGAUGGUCUCUGAUAGGCCAGGCGAAACUGGAGGCGGGGUUAUAUGUCGCUUAUAUCCGGUCCUAUCUUCCUAUGCCGGGAGCUCUCGAUAAAGGCGUGAUAGCACGCCGAAACGCGCGUCGAGCGUUUCUCGUGCCAAUUUGUUUUUUAAUGUUGGGGGACUCAUGGCUGAUUAUAUGAAGUGCUUUAUGGAGACUGGGGGGCUCUGGAGAAGCUAGUUUGAUAGACAGGCUGCCUUGAAGCAGCAGUGGGAGUUUAGACGGCUGUGAAUAUUCUGAGUUAAUAGGAGGUUUUUAGUUUAGGUGUAGCAGCACGGUCUCUUGAUUUGACAGAUGGGCGAUUUUUUUAUUUUUAAAUUUUUUUCUUUUUUUUUUAAUUGUAGGUGAUAUAAAUUUGAAGAUUCACCUCUUUUACUUUUUCUUUCUAUGACCACACAGUCCAGUGUCUCUAAUCUACCCUGAUAACCCUCCACUCAAAUACACAGGUUGCGUCUUCUCUUGUUCAUUUUGUCUAAUCCAUGAUAUUAAGACUCCCACUACAUUACCCUCUCUCCGGUGCACUCUGAGAUAAACAGGAGGUGUGCACAUGUGGAACUUGCAACAUUACUAACUUAAAUGUAGCAGAUUCACAAGUAAUCUAUUUUGUUAUCUUGUAACCUUAUACAGUAUCAAAUCUAGAAAAUUUUCUGUCUGAGAUAAAUACAUAACCUGCCCAGAGGCUAUGCCCUGGAUAGGAAUAGCAUCAUAUAGUGUGGUGGGGUUAUAUAGAUUUGAAACUCUAAGCCUCUUAUCCUGUAAAUAGAGUGAUCUCCAUUUAUAGCUUUGUUACUUAACAUUUUUUUUUUUUUUUUGCCACAUAAUAUGUUUGCCAAGUUUUGAAGUAUUACUAAGUAUUUGGAAACUGUGUAUUCCACAUAACUAUACUUCAGGCAUCCCUGUGGCCUUUCAUAACUUGGCCUACCCAACUUUUAAAGGUAUAUUACCACUUGUUUUUCACUAUAUAAUUUUCUCACAUUUAGAAGUUGUCACUUAUAGUUAGUUUGUGUGUGUGUGUGUGUGUGUGUGUAUAUAUGUAUAUAUGUGUAUGUGUGUGUAUGUAUAUGUGUGUGUGUGUAUAUAUAUAUAUAUAUAUAUAUAUAUAUAUAUAUAUAUAUAUAUAUAUAUAAAUAUGUGUGUGUUCUUGGCUUAAUAAAGGUUGUACCAUACAUAUGAAUUUAUACUUUUAAGAGAGAUCCCAUGGUGGAGUGGACAUCCACCCGCAUAUAACGGAGGGAGGAACCACCCCACUUUACCCUUAUUUCUUUUUCUGCAUGCUCCGUAAUAUCACUAUUGUAAGAAGCAGAGGAAUAUGGUUUUGGAAGAUCAGGGAUUGUGUGCGGAAUUUGGAAUGUUUUUUAUCAAUUUAAUUCAUGACACAAGUAGAAGGAGCAGGGAAAUGCAAGGACUCGAUUUAUAGAUUUGACGAAACUCUUGUUGAUGUGAGUUCGGCUCCGUGUUGAGUCUGGGAGGAGUAAGCUAAACAGUUGCACACAAACAGGACAGAAUUUGGCAAAACAAGUCAGAAUGGCAUAUAGCGUGUCUCGGCCUGAUCUGGGAGAUUUGCACAUUUUACCUCCUGGAAGCAGAUUUUGGCACUUGAGAAAACACCUCUAGUGCGUUACGCCAUUCCCUCCGUGACUGAAGAGGAGAAUACUCUGCAACGAGAGAUGUUAAAUGAUACAUAUCUGAGCGUGUGAUGCCUUUAAAGGGGUAGUGUCACCUCUCUGGAAAUUAAACCAUUAAAUAAAACUGUGAAUAUCAGCUAUAACCUGGGAAUGAACCUUUUCUAUUUUCUCUUAAAUUCAUAUGAAAGAUUUAGCAACCGAUAUCACAAUCUAGUUUAAUUUGCGUCCCCCGUGCUGAGCCUGGUCACACACUGCAUAUCAGAUGAAGAAUCAGGGACAAGGGACAGAGAAAUACAAUCACAUCUAAAACUUCCAUGACAUUCAGCUAUUAUACUUCUCUUUAUAGGUAAAGGAGGAGUCCUGAAAGUUCUCAAAAUUUAACCACCCAAAUGUUAAUUUGUUUAAAUUAUGUUUUAUACUUAAUAUGACUGUUAUUUUUCAUGACCAGCAAUGUGGAUUUAGGUCAUAGAUAGGUUUUACUUACCUGAAGAUAACCCUCGUGGCCACUGCCAUGUCCAUCCGGUGGGCUUUGUACAACUCAAGGUGCUUUAUCUGCCAGGAGCCUAUGUCAGUACUAUACUCUUGCGCAUGUGCAAAAUUACAAGUUUUUUCAAGUGGGAGAAAAAAAAGCAUGAUUUUAGUGAAAUUCCAACAGAUUUACAGAAUUCAUGGCUAAUUUGCAAAGUUACUUAGUGUGAAAAAAUAUCCUGUAUUUUCAGUCCGUCUGACCUGCGUGCUAUUUAUGAUGCUGAUAUGCUCAGCUCACUAUUUAGCAAAUAAAUCCUUUUGUAUGUAUAUGUUUUGUUCAAAGUAAGAAACUAUGAAAUCACAGCUCCAUCUGUCUAAGUUAAUAUUACCAUGUAUAAUCUGAACAGAGCUCUGUACAUCUGAAGAAAUUCAAUUAUCCACUUAAUAAGCGGGUUUUUUCUGCCAUGUGGCAGCUGGAAAUAAAAUACUCUUGAUGGUUUACUGAAUUCUGAACCAACGUGAAACCGUAGAACUGUAUUAAUGGAAAUACACAGAGAAAUUAUAAUUUAAUCAGCUGUAUUCAAUUCACAGGACGUGCUUGAGAUUUAACAAAAGGUAAUGCAUUCAUGUACGGUAAGAUAGCAUGAAAUAUUCACAGACCAAUUCUUCUAAAAGAACAAGAGUUUAAUUAACUUUAUAGUUUCUGUUGCCAUCAUUGAUGCAUGCACCGCUAGUUGUCCGACGCGUUUUGACAACUGGGAUUGAUUUUCUGAACUGGGGAUUGUAGAGAAUUAAAAAAACUGAUAAUUUUAGGCAAAAAUAUUAGAAUUGGAAAUAAUUCUCCUACUUAACUCUUUUCAAGCUCAGCUAGCUUUAUUUACAAUGUACAGUUCCUUUAUCUCUUCUUCAAAAAUACUAUUUUAGUGAAUAAGUCCUAGUAUGUAGCUUUACCUCGUCACAGCACUUACAGGUUAAUACUCUACUUUAUUACUUAUCAUACACUAAUACAAUCAGCCCCUCACCCACACAAUGAUGACUCAAUGUCUUUGAGCCUUCUCUCACAUCUGCCGGCCUUCAUUAUUCCUUAGUCCACCUUGUGUCUGUAUUUGCUGUAACAGCUCCUCACUUUCCUUUUCUCUCAAAUCCUGUCUAGUGUAUCUCAUAUCAAUAUCCACAAUAUGUCUCUAUAACCAAAUAUCAGAGGUGAUAUGACAACAUUGAACAAACAUAUUUGUGGCCGAUAAAAAACAUUAUCUGCAAAUCCGUUCAUAAACAGGACUUUACAUAGGACACAAGGUCCCACAUUUGGACUGGAGGAAAAUAUAUUUAGUCUAAGGAAAGGUUUCUUUUACAGUAAGAACACUAAGUAUGGGGAAUUCUCUGCCUGAAGAGGUGGCUUUAUCAGAGUCCAUACAGAUGUUUAAACAACAACUAGAUGAAUACUUGCAAAAACAUAAUAAUAAGGGAUAUCAUUUUGAAUUAAUGGCAUAAUAGAUUCUUGAUCCAAGAAAAGAUCUGACUGUCAUUCUAGGGUUGAGAAUGAGUUUUCUCUAGUUUUUAUGCAAAUUGGAAGUGCUUCAAUCUGGGAGAGGGAGGGGGUUGCCUUCUUUUGGAUCAACAGCAAAGACAAAUGUGAGACUGAACUUUACGGAUGUAUGUCUCUUUUCAGCUAUGUAACAAUGAAACUGAAGAUUUUCAUCUUUCUCCAUGUCCCUAAACCCUGUCUUUUGACGCUUAAAUUUUUAUUGUGUCGAUCAGCUCUUCUCCUGUAUAUUGGAGGCUGUACUACCACAGUGUCAUAUAUUCCUCCGGCUUUUCUCCUUACCCCUGCAGAUGAAUUCCUUCUAUUUCAGCACCUUUUAACCAAUAGCCAUAAUAUCUGCCACAUCAUCCAAGACUCACACAUCUGCUCGCUCACCUCCACAUUUUAGGUGGAUUCAUUCCCUUGGAAGGUAUUACCUUAUCCAAGCUGGAAGGGAAUGGUGGAAGAUACAGUCAAUUGUAUUUUGAGGGCACCUGAAACUAACAUGGAUUAUUGACUAGCCCUUUGUACCUUACCCCUCUCUCUAAUAACUACCUAAUCCUAACCUUGCUUACCCACCAUCCUACAUACUGCAAUUUUGGGGGAAAAUAGGAGGCACUUUACUCCACUUUAGAGAUAUAUAUAUAUAUAUAUAUAUAUAGUGGAAGCCCGUAAGAGAAAUCCAUCUCUUCCUGUAUGUCCAUCCAUUCAUCAAUCUGUCUGGCUUUAAUAUUGAAAUUAAUAUUGAGAUUAUCUUCUUUAAAUAAACGUUUAUGGAAUACUUUCAUACUAUAUCAUAGUCAUAUGUAAGCAAUAAAACUGAAAAGAAAUAAGAAACAUUCCUUAAUGCGUGAUGUAAGUAUUGGUAGAAGAACAGAGAUAGUUUUGUUUGAAUGUUUCCUAGAGCUUACAGGAUGCAGGAUAAAAUGUAAACGUCUUGUGAAGGGAGAGAAGUAAAUAAAAAUAAAGAAAGAGGAAGAAUUUAAGUUGUGAGAUAUCUGUUGCCAGGUAUUGUUACUGUCUAUGCAGACUAUAACUGAGGAAUAUUUGCAUAUCGAUCUUGAGUUCCAAAGUCUGACUAUGUCUUGUUUUAUCAGAUAAUUUCUGUUUCUGCUUCAAAAAAAUAGAAAUGUAUGCCAUAGGAGAGAGACUUUACAUUUUGAACUGUGCUGCUGCGUGAUACCUAGAAGUAAGGAGUGGGUGUUGUAAAAUGUGUUUCCAAGAUGCUCGCUUCCCUAAUAUUUGGUAAGCUGACUAAAGUGAGUAUAACCAGCCAAGAGACCCACUACAGCAGCAUACCUGCUUCAAAAAUAAUGCGACCUGUCUUCCUUGACCUAUCUAGAAUAUUUAUGGCGCAUGUCAUUUCAGCGUGAAGAAUGAUGUGAAACGCGCUAGCCAUACUUCAUUAUAUAGCCAAAAUGCCGCAAGUAUAGCACCAUUUUGUCGUGGCACAUAUAUGACAUUCUGGCGGCGUUGAGCCUAUAUAGAUUCAGGAAACCAGGAGAUCUGUUCCCAGUAGUGGUUUGUAGUAGACUGAGAGUGCAUUUUACAUAGUUCUCUCUAAUCCUAACCGUGACUUGAUGAUGAAUCUGCAUGUUAUAAUCUACAGGUUUGCAAAUAUUUACAUGGAGCAAAUAAGUGUGUUGUAUUUACUAUUUUAAUUUUUUUAUUUUGUAGUCUCGGAAAAAAAUCCAGGGAACAACACUCUGAAUGCUGUAUCCGCUCUAAAGGAAACCACUGCUUCAGACCAGAAUAAUGAUCCAAAUAAUCUACCGCAUGAUUUCAAAAGCAGGGCUCUUCCUCCUCCACCGAAACGUGACAUGCCCCUUGGUAGUGAACCAGCACAGGAGAUCCUUGAAGAUCCUUUGUAUGCUACAGUAACCCAGAGCCAACCAAAAGAGGUGGAAGUUAGCAGUCAAGUAGAACCAACAAAGGAAUCUCAGGAUAUAAUCGUUGGCAACAAAGGAGGGGAAACAACAAGGAAUGAAGAGAUCAAAGAUGUUAAAAUAGGAAGCCCAGACCCCCUUUAUUCUAAAGUUAACAGGAAGAAUAAACAGUCUGUAAAAAGACAGGAACAAAAGGAUCUAGAGAACAAUUUGGACAAGCCCAUCACAGAAGAGAUACCACAAGAAACAAUUAACACUAUGACAACCAAUAACCAAGAUGUUAAAGCAACCACGCAUAGCAGUCACAGUCCAACAGGUUUAGACAAGGUAUCAAUGAUGUACCAAAAGGCUAAAAAGAGAACUCCUAAUUUUUAUAAUAAUAAUAGUAUUACGUUAUCAUUGGCAUGUGAUCAACCACCACCACUUCCAGAGAAAAACUUUGAUUUAGAAGAAGCUGAACAACAGUAGCAAGAGGUAAUCACGGGUGCCUUGAUGAUAUUUUGAAAUAUUAAUAACAAAAAUGAUGAGGAAGCAGUUCAUUAGUUGGUCUCAGGCCCAUAUCUAGUUAGAGACAGAUAUAGGCACAGAAGGACCCUGCCAACAGGCACAUCGCUGAUGGGGGCUGCUCCUCUGCAUGUCCCCUUCCAAACUCCUUCCUGGUGUACACUGCUCCGCGACUCUAGAAUCACUGUAUUCAGUCUGAGGGAGCGGAUCUUUGUAUGGCCCCGCCCCCUCAGACUGAACACCGUGAUCUGUGCCUGGUCCCGCCCCCUCAGACUGAACACAGUGAUCUGUGUAUGACCCCGUCCCCUCAGACUGGAUACAGUGAUCUGUGCCUGACCCUGCCCCCUCAGACUGAACACAGUGAUCUGUGCCUGCCCCUGCCCCCUCAGACUGAACACAGUGAUCUGUGCCUGGCCCCGCCCCCUCAGACUGGAUACAGUGAUCUGUGUAUGAUCCCGCCCCCUCAGACUGAACACAGUGAUCUGUGCCUGGCCCCGCCCCCUCAGACUGGACACAGUGAUCUGUGCCUGGCCCCGCCCCCUCAGACUGGACACAGUGAUCUGUGUAUGAUCCCACCCCCUCAGACUGAACACAAUGAACUGUGCAUGGCCCCGCCCCCUCAGAAUGGACACAGUGAUCUGUGCAUGGCCACGCCCCCUCGGACUGAACACAGUGAUCUGUGUAUAACCCCGCCCCCUCAGACUGGACACAUUGAUCUGUGUAUGACCCCGCCCCCUCAGACUGAACACUGUGAUCUGUGUAUGACCCCGCCCCCUCAAACUGAACACAGUGAUCUGUGUAUAGCCCCACCCCCUCAGACUGAACACAGUGAUCUGCAGGAGGGAGAGGGCUGGCCAGGAGAAGGGAGAGGUCUUUGGCAGCUGGAACAACUCAGAAAUGACAGGAACACACACUAACACUGGUACUCACAUUGCUGGCCACACUGCGACACACACAUAUUGCUAUCCACACUGUCACACACAGACACACAGACACACACACACACAAACACACACAGACACACACACACACGCAGCCCUAAUGCCAUUUAAAUUAUUUUUCUGUUAUAAUUUUAGGGAAUUAAGGAGGGAGGUGCUGGGUGCUGGUGUGGCCACAUUGAGACUGCCGACAGACGGUACACAAAUGUAUGUGUGUCAGUUAGCCUGUCUGUGGUGAGCAUGUGUUUGUGUCAGUGAGCUUUUCAGUAGUGAGCUUCUGUGUGUAUAGCAAUGAUUAAAGGAUCACUAUAGGGUCAGGAACACAAACAUGUAUUCCUGACCCUAUAGUGUUAACACCACCAUCUGGCCCCCCUGGGCCCCUCAUGCCUCCAUAAAUAUAGUAAAAAUCUUACUGUAUUCAAGCCUGAAGCUGUAAAUCUGCAUGCUGUUAGACUCAGAAAAACAAGCAGUCUGCUGACAUGUGGUAGCCUGAUCCAAUCACAGUGCUUCCCCAUAGGAUUGGCUGAGACUGACAACGAGGCAGAUCAGAUGCAGAGCCAGCAUGAUUCAAACACUGCCCUGGCCAAUCAGCAUCUCCUCAUAGAGAUGAAUUGAAUCAAUUAAUCUCUAUGAGGAAAGUUCAGUGUCUGCAUGCAGAGAGAGGAGAUACUGAAUCACAGGAUGCUGUGCACAAUGCUGCCCUGUGCUCUGCUGACAGCAGAUCUGAGUGGGUGGAGGCAUAUUAUGCCUCCAUCAACUCCGAAGUCCCUCUGGUUCACUCUGAGUGACUGCAACUGGAGGCUUUCCUAGCUUUCAAUGUAAACACUGUAUUUUCUUAGAAAAUACAGUGUUUACAUGAGAGGCUGCAGGGAGCUAUAGUUCUCACUUGAACAACCUUAUUAAGCUGAAGUUGUUCAGGUGACUAUAGUGUCCCUUUAAGUCUGUAGUACGCUUGUUAGUGUCAGAAAGUGUGUCUGUACUAAGUCUGUCUGUGUGUGUGUGCUAGUAAGCUUGUCUGUGUGUCAGUAAUCUUGUGUGUCAUUGAGCUGAGUUGUGUGUAUCAGGGUCGGUGAGAUUGUCAGUGAGCUUUGUCAAUGAGAUUCUCUGUCUGUGAGCCUGUGCAUCAGUGAACUGGUGUGCUUGUGUCAGUAAGAUUGUCUGUGUAUAUGCUUACUGUAUAAUAUCAUCUGCACACUACGUGACACAAUGAAUUAUAGAGCUGGCAUAAAUUGUUUUCCCAGUCUGGUCCUACUCAUACUGCUGCACAUGCUGCUAUUAAUCAGCCAAAAUGUAAAGAACAAAAAUAAAUGAGGAGGAAGGGUAUGGCAUUACCCCAAGUUCAUAUAAAUUGAAUACUUAGUUUCUUAAUUAUGACAACUAUUUUGUCUUUCUGUUUCACUGAAGUAGACUGUCUGCCAUUAUGAUCAACCAUAAUGCAGUUUUCUUAUACUGAUAUAUUUAAACAAUGCAUCAAGAUACGAAUUGAACAAAUAAAUAGGAAAACUUAUAGGAUUUAUUUCAGUACAGAGCUGUCAUAAUUAAUUAGCUAAGCACUCAAUAUGCCCUUGAUUUAAUUUGUUUGGAUAAACUUUUCAAAGUAUGUAAUAUUUUGGAUAAACUUUGAAAUUAUUAUUUUUUUUUUUAAGAUUAAAAUAUUUUUUACAAAAAAUUAUUAAAUAUUCAAAUAUUAAAAAUAUAUCAUAUAUAUAUAUUAUCAAUUUAAAAAAAAUAUUUUAAACAUUUUAAACUAAUUUUAAAGGUUUAUACAAAAAUAUUGAAUCAUUUUAAAAGUGUAUCCAAAAAUAUUAGAUUAAGGCCUAUAUUCGGAAUAGUUAUAUUAUCUCAGCGGUGAUUCCAUUUCCUUCCGCCUCAUUUUCCUUUUUGAUUCAUGUUUGGACGAUUAUUAAUGACUUUGCGGAUUAUGUCUAGCAUUAUUUCAACAAGUUCGAAUCAACGCUACAUUCUGAUUGGAUGUUUGGUGUAUUUGCCCAGUUAAAUUUCAGCUAAUGUCCAAAUCACGGUCAGUGAACAAAACAAGGCAGAGAUGAAAAAAAAGAAAAUGGCAGCCCCCAUCUCCUUGAAAACAAACUUUACUCAAAGCAAUAAAAAUUAAAAUGGUCAGGUUCUAUAGCUUUAUAUAUAUCUUUCUUAUUGUCUCUGCUUGUGAAUUUUUAUAAGAACUGUUAUUAAGUUGCAACUUUUAACGUCCCUUUAACUAGCGGAAAGGGUCGGCAUCUCUAAAAUAACUUAUUCUAACGAGCAAUUUCUUUGAAAUUGUAAAUGCAAAUAGUGAACACGAAAAUGGAUUUGAUUAAAAUGAAAUUAGAAAAACAAGCUUUUAUUGUGCUUUGAAUAUGAAACUCAGUGGCUAUAUUAAUAAUAAUAAUGUGUAAGACAUUGAUCAAAGUUUACAUAAACGCAGAUUAAAAAUGUAUUUCUUUCUGUUAGCUAUUUUAAUGCAGUGAAGUGUGCAAUUUCACUAGGAUACGGAUUCUCGUUCCUAAAUUGUAUAUUCUUUCUGCAUCGCAGCAUUAACCCUGUUAGUUUAUUGACAACUCGCCAGUUCUGUGGCACAGAAUAUUUUAAGAGAUGUGCAGCCAAACAUUAGCCAGUCAAUCCAGGCGCUAAUAUGUGUUUGGCGCAAUAUGUAUGUUAUUUUGCAGUGAGUUACGCUGGCUGUUUAUUUUUUUUUUAUUUUGUUAGUCACAAAAAUAUUAACUGGUACUAGUUAGUUUUGCUCAGUAAGACCAUCCUUUCUGUCCCUUCCCCUGUAUCCUACAGUGUUUCCUGUUUUACUGCAAAACUAUUAAUAUGCGUAAAAAGGAUUCUGGGAGUUGCAGUUCAGACAAGACUGAAUUAAGAUUUUAGAUGCCUUUUUUUUAUAAAUAUGUAUAAAGACAUUUGCACACAUCAAUUUUUCCAGUGCUUUUUUAUGUAUUUACACAUAUUUUAAAGAAUAAAAAUAUGGCAAAAAUAAGUUCACUACCACUCCUUGUAUUAUCUCCAUUUACAGGUUCCUAGUCUCUGUACAAGGCCAUUGCUUACAUGAUUUCAACCCAUUCCUCAAUAUAUGCUGCCAGUCCCUUUAAUAACUUAUUUGUAUUUAUUAAGAAAUACAAGGUUGCAGUUGAAAAAUUAAAGUGGCAUUGUCACUCCCUUUUUGAAAAAUUAGCAUUUCAUAAAGAUCUUUAUGAAAUACAAAUUUUCACUGAAAUUCCAACCCAGUCAGGAGAUAUACAGAGACAGAGUAGGGACAGUCCCGCUUUAAUAGCUGUGGCACUGAGGGCCAGACAAGCACUAGAAGAGGGAGGUCCAUAGUGAUCAGGCCACAAAAAGUGUUUGACCAAGCCAUGAAUUAUAGGAGGAGGUAGCUCAUACAUACCCUGCAAAACUAGUUGUCUAACGGGGUCUAACAAAUGUGCCUGUAGGCAGCUGGGGCGCUGUGCUUGCUUUUUACAGCAGACAUCAGAAAAUUCCAUCUCCCACAAACCCUUGCUGUUGCCUUAAGUCCCUGCUUACAGGAAAGACUCCGUCAUACUAUAGAAAUUAUAUUGGUUCGUUCUGGUUUGGCGAGGGCUCAUUAAAAAUCCUGCGCAGCUUUCUAGCAAUCUUAGCAGCAUAUAAUAUGAUUAUAAUUGUUUUUUAUGUAAUCAAAGUGCACUGCAAAGCUUCAAUGAUAAAAUACAUGUAAUCCAGGUGAUGGAAAUAGCAGGCACAACAGGUUCAGUGAUGCAGGUCUGUGACCCAUUGAAUAAAAUAGAUGCAUUCAUAACCCGUCUUUAUCUGCUGUAGUCACUCAGCAGGUUAUUAGUUUAUUUAACUGGCUAAAUCUGACUGCUGACUGUGAGGUGUCUGCUGACUGUGGAGGAUAUAAUGCCAAGGAUAAAGCAAUCAAAUAUAUGUUCUGUGUUCCUCCAUCCUAGAAUGUAAGACUAAACAAAACUGCCUUCAACGUGAGCUUCUCACUCUGACAGCGCUAUGAACAGAUGUGUAAAAAAUGUACAAACCCAAAUAUUGAGCUAAGAGACUCAGUAGCGGGUGGAUAGUUCAUUUUAUUGACUUUAAUCCCUUAAGGACACAUUGCGGAAAUAUUCCGUCAUGAUUCCCUUUUAUUCCAGAAGUUUUGUCCUUAAGGGGUUAGAUCACUGAAGACGCUUUUAAAUCCAAAAUAAGUGUUACCUGCAUUAAUAUGCUCCUCUGUACAAAAAUGUAUUAAUUAUGAUAUCAGAUUUAACCCAUUUACCCUCUUACUUUCACUUUAUAAUAAAUCUCUAUGAAAUAUGUACACAUCAUUAGAUUAUUGCCUUGUGCUGUCAGAUUGACAGUAAGGAUACUGGUGGGGGGAGAGGUCUUGGUCUACGUGUUCUAUAACAGUCUCUUUGCAACGGUGACAUACAUCUCUCUGGAUCCAAAUUGUGCUCAGUCUAAAUUAUGAUGCUAUAGUCCAGCAACUUCUAACUUAAUCAAUGUCUGGCAAAUGAGAGUAGCUGAAAAAGAUCUGUGUAACUCGAGCUACAGAUGCCCGAACCCUUUACCAGAAAAAAUAUGAUGGGGGACUCUUAGUUAUAUUGCUAUCAAAGUAAUUUUCGGCAUUUAAAUUAUUUAUUGAGACACAUGACUUAACAAUAUGAUCUCUAUGCUUUCUGUUUUCUGCAGGACACAUAAGAAAAUUGACUUCAGUAGACCUCAUGUUCAACGCACGUUUUAUGGACAGAAUGGGCACCAUCCAGUGGGACUCUCCCGUGUUAGUCUUCCUGCCCAUCUAUUCAGUCCUUAUAACUACGUCAUCAGAAAAAGAACCCUCGUUGCAACUGGCCAGGUGUAUAAUAUCAUAUAAUAAUUCUCAAGGGGCUCUGCAGAGACCAUGAAAUACAUUUGUAUAUUUUGUAUUAUAUUCUUUGGAACUGAGAAGACUAUAAGUUCUGUAUAUAAAGUGUAAAUUAGACGGUUAUUGAAGUGAUUAAUCAAACAAAAAGCAAUAAUAUGCUUUCUCCCAAAUUCAUAAAUAAAUAGGUGAAAAUGUUACAUGUUUUUUUUUUUACUAAACAGCCCAGGGUAAAUAAAGUGAUAUAGACCCAGUAAAAUGUUCUUGUGGCCUGCGAGAGUGACCAAAUUCAAACGUAUUCUCAUUUCUUAGCUUGCAGUGGAAUGAGGGACAUGGGGCCUAAGGUUGACAGAUACCCUCAGGUCUCCAAAAAACGUACACAAUACUUUGCGAGUGGGAAAUAAGCAGUUUAAAAAGAUCAGAACCAUUUUCUUCUUCAAGAGAGCUUAAUGUGAAAUCUGGUGCCGAGAGUUGCCAUCUUAUUGAGCAAGGAUUUUUGAUUUCGAUCCAUAGAAGACAACACAUUAACAAUAGGACAAUCCAAGUGCCACCAAUCUAUUGCAGUCCCACUCCAAUGCAGCAUACCGCCAAGCAGAAGCUUAUUGUUGGAUAAAAUCCAAGACUGGUUUAUUGAAGCACACAAUGCAAUGUUUCGACUAACAAAAACCCGUUUGCAAACUAGAAACUUGCAAGUUGCACUUUAAUUCUGAUUUGGCUUACUGGGUUAUUUAUUCUUUCUCUCAGGUCCAACUGUUGUUCUUCUGUUCCAUACAUUAUGAUGUAAACAAUUAAAAACACUUACUACAAAAUAAAAAGUGCCACUACAUUUUGACCAACCAUGGUCCCAGCCUAUCUUGAAUGCCGGUUAUGCUUGACUCGUUUCUAUUUUUUCACUUUGUUUAUUUCUACAAUAUUUAGUGAGGGUUAUAAUUUGGUCGUAAUAUAAUAUAUAGUAUAAUGAUCAGAUCAUAAGUGUGUGUGCGCACAUGUACCCUCUUGCCAAACACAUUUUAGAUAACCCCUUACACACAGCAAACAAUAUUACAAAGUUGUCUCCCUCCCACACACAUAUAUUAUAUGGUUCCAACAACACAUAGCUGGGUAGCAUUUGUGAGCCCGAGGUUCCCUGCAGGGUCUGCCCUUGUUGGGCUGGCUAAAAUGAUUGGCAGGCAGCCUGGCUUGCAUUCACACUAGUCAGACCUGCCUGUGGGGAGGCCGAACCGACCCCUUGUGGGCGGUGUCCGCAUCACUAUAACGUCACUGGCACCCCCUGCCACCGGCGUUCCGAUUCUUGGACUGCCUUCGUUGGGAGGUAUUUAUAUCUGUUUAACAAUGUAUAUAGAAUUGAAUUGUAUAUGUCUACUAUUAUAUGUGAAGAGAGGAGAGAAAUAUUUUAUGAAUAAUAAAUAUAAACAUUUUUAAAUAUGAAAUGUGUGGAGAAGGUUAUCUUUAACCACGCCUGAUCUGCAGCUUAUCAAACAUUAUUGUCC